UGCUAACCCACCCUGGCAGAAAUCCCUUGGCUAGAACCUCGGAUAACAAAGGCAGAUUGAGAAUAGCAGUCAUCCCGGCAGCAUCUAAAGCUUGUACCAGUAGCAGCAAGGUAAGUGCUAAGUAGCUGCUUUAUAGAAAUCUUCAUGCUUUUAGAGAUUAAAUAAAACCCAUUCUGGCAAAGGGACAGUCUGUCAAAUCUAUGGCAUACUGCAUCUGCAAAAAUAUUUAAUCAACUAUUACUUAUUGUCCAAUACAUAUCUUAUUUAUUCAUUGGACUGAUGUCAGAUUCUUAUGCAGUAUUACAAUUUAAACAAAAUAUUUUCUAGCAGCUGUAAUUAUUUCCUAAUUAUUAAUUUAAUCUGCAUGCUGCAUUUAUUAUAAGGGGAUUAUAAUGUAGGAGGUGAAGAAUAGUGUCUUUUCUCUAGUGGUGAUAGAAUCUUUAGUAUUCAGGGAUGGAUUGGGUUAACUCUGUGAGUGCCAGGGGGAGGGGUGUGUGCUGUCUAUUGACAUUAGUGCAGCUCCUUCCAGCAACCAUAGGGUUAAUUUCUGCUGUUAAACAUGAUUCCUCCUUCCAGCAAGGUGACAGACAGCCAGUUGAUGAGUAUGUAAUCUCACAAAGAUUGGUUGUUAAGGUAACAGGGAGUAGGUACCAGUGUGCAAGUUUUUGGAUUUAACUGAAGAUAAUAAUGAAAGAUGAAGCAGAUACAACUCACCGUAUAGAGGGCAUUAACACUUUCAAUAAUGAUAUGCCUAUUACCACUUGGUUUAUUUCCCAUUUUCGAAUCUAGUGAUUUUUGUAUUUUUUUUUUAUUUAUAUAUACAGAUGUUCUGUCUUCUUCUUUUUUAUUUAUUUUUUUUAUUUUAUCUUUUUGUUUUAGUUCAUGUGCCUGCAAGGUUCCAUGUGGUUUGGGAAACCAGUAAUUAAAUGUUAAAGUGAACAUCAAACACAUGGAAAAUUGACACGAGAGGCACACCAGAAAAAAAAUAAAUAAAAGGGGAAAAAAAAUACAUGUUAUAUUUUUUUCUGAGAUGAAAGAGAAAGCUGGCUUUAUGUUAGGCAUGUGAUUGUGUUCUUAGACAAUGAAUGCUGCAUUGAAGAGGUGUGGACUGCUAUUGUUAAUGUCUCCAUACAAUAUUUUAAUAUAUCUGUCAGCGUGUUGCAGGGGGAGGUGAAAGGUGGUCAUCUUCACUACAUGCACUGGGAUAGAGAGAAAUCAUGCUAAAGGCGUAUUGUUUUCAGGAUUUAACCCCUUAGUAGCCAGUUAGCAAUACAACCUCUAUACUCAUAGGCCAUAUAUUCUUUCAUAUUGUAAUAGAAAAUAACUAAUCUACCAAUUAAAAUCCCCCUGGGACAAAAUGCUGGUAUAUCUCCCCCAUUUUUUAAAAAUUUAUUUAUUUAUUUAACCGGUUAUUUGUGACAAUACAUCAAGUGGAAUAUUUUAUGUUUCUCCCAUUUGCUGACUCCGGGCUUUGGUUUUAUGGUGGCCUGUCAGAUUCAUUAUGGAAAAUAUACCGGCAGAAUCAAAGCCUUUAUUUAAAUUUGACAUGUGGGUUCCCAGUGGAUUUUAUUCUAGUAUGCGUAGGUGUGAGUGCAUGGAGGCAUGAGAUGUCCAAUUGCUUAUUGAUUUAUUUUGUUAUUAGGGCAUGCCCAUGUAUGUGCUCAAACACAAUAAAAAAAAAAUAUGCUUUAAAGAGCAUUUCCCAAGUAUAGUUCCUGAAUCAGUUUAUAAUAUAGAUUUGUGUAGUAUAAUAGGUUUUUGAUGGUCAUUUGUAAGAGGAGGUGGCGCUAAAAUAAUUUUAUUAGUUAAAUGUGUUUGUGCGUGUAAAUGAUGUUGAUUAGAUAUAGUAGAUGUAUGUUUUUAUAUAUAUAUAUAUAUAUAUAUAUAUAUAUAUAUAUAAUCUCCAUCUACACAAAACUCUUGAUUACCCAUAGUUCCUCUAAAGCUGUAUUCUUAAUGUUCAUUACUCACUGAGAAUAUAUACAUAUACACCUUCUAAGACUUUGCAGAAUUCAAAACUCUAAAUAGACACACAAAGAAUAGUUGAGUGCAAGUUUUUUUUUUAUUUUACUUUUUCUUUUUUAGUAGACACAUAAAACCAUUUCCACAUGGUCGCUGUAGAAGUAAUAUAUGUGUGUGCAAAAUUAUUUUUUAGAAUUUGCUGUAGAACCAAAAAAAAGAGAAAAUUAUUUACAUUUUAUAUAUACAUUAUUUUUUUUAAAAAUUUUUUUUUUUUAUUCUACGACAUUCUUAAAAACAUGUAAAGGUUAAAAAUAAUGUAUGCACUUGGCUUUUACAGAAUCCUUAUUUUUAGGGUAUAUUUUAAAUGUAAUUUCCUCUGUCUGUCUUGACUUUAGUUGUAUUACUAGUGUGACAUGGCAUGCAAUAAUUGCCUUUCUUGUUGCAUCUUUAAACCAUGGCAACUGAUUCUUUUGUGUUGACCGAGGCUGCGGCAGAAUCAAAUAGAUGACAUCAUGCCACAUGUACGAGGAGUGUCUUUUAUAUUUAGGGAAUGUGCCAACUGACUCAUGAAGAUUACAGUUAUGUGAAAUGCAGGAAACUGAGCUUGCUUGGAACAUUGUUAUCAAAUCCAUGUACAGAGAGAUAGUGUUUUUCAAAUCCCAUAUACAAAAUGAUGUGUGAUUAAUGCACUUUCAAAAAUACCAUUUCAUUUUUUUAUUUUUUUUUUACACCGCGAAAAAGACCAUACUAAUUUUAUACCAUACAAAAUGGUCACUGUAGAAGGGUGGGACAUGUGGAGUCUGGCUGUUCAUCGGUGAAGCAUCCCUGCUAUUUUUCAAAAUUCUAUAAGAAGAGGAGUGUCUGCUGUAUGCAUCAGCUGCUGGUCUCUUUAUAGAGUUAUUUGAUGUGUAAGCACAGGGUGGGUUCAUCUGUUAUUCAGUCUAGAUCAAUAAAGGCAUUUGGCAUUCUAGCUAUUGUAAACUACAUUUCCCAAGAUACAUUGUUGGAAACAGUGUCAUAGGCUUGCCAUCACUGGCAUAGAGGCACAUAGGUAAAACGGGGGUGUGGCAGUAGAUACAGACACACUACAGUACUACUAUAUGCACAAUAUGCAGUAUUUGAAUUAUCUAUUCACUUGCUUUACUUUGCUUUACAUAUGUGUGUUUGUGUCAGUUUGGAGGAUUAUUUGAUGCCUACAUGUAGUAUAGAACACAGACGCCCACACACCCUAAAUAACUGUUACACCUUAAUUGUGUGUUUUCCUCAAUGGUUCUAUUUGGAUUCAUGAAUUAUUUUCUCAAGUCAUUCUGACUCUUUGUUUAUACAUCAUUUAAAUCUGCAACACUCAUUGAAUUCCAGUUCAGUUAACACAUCUCGUUAACUGUCAGCCUAUCUACAUGGCUGUGAAAGACGAGCAUGCCUUUUGCAUCCAUGUAUUGAUCACUGUGCAAAUAUUGAAAUUAUAUCUUACAAAGCCAUGGAGCAGUUUUUUUUUUGUAGUUCUUUUGCACAGGGAUUUUGUAAUCCUAUGAAAUACUAUUGUCAGUCGACAGCUGACAUAAGAUAAAGAAGUCACCUCUGCUUCUGUAAGAUUUGUUCGUUAAUCUUUGAAGUCCAAACCUCGUGGAUUUAUAUGGGAUCAGCUGUUGGUCUGUGGUUAUCAUACCCUGUUUGGCUCAAUUAACAAUCUGUGCACUUAACUAUGCUUCAGUGCAGUCACUUUUUGGUAUUAAUUAUUCACUCGCUUUGAGUAACAUGAGAAUGUGCUGGUAACAACUAAAAGGAAUUAUUAAUGUUACAAGGGGAUUGCUCUGUUUCUUGGUAUCUCUGGGUAUGAUUGCUAGGAAAAACAUUCUAAUCUCUGCAUGAACACCUCUUUCAGGCCUCUGAAGUCAGCAAGAAAUGGAGCUUGAUUUUGGUCACUUCGAUGAGAGGGAUAAGACUUCCAGGAAUGCACGAACAUCUCGAAUGAAUGGGUUGCCCAGUCCCACCCACAGUGCCCACUGCAGCUUCUACAGAACCCGUACUUUGCAGGCUCUGAGUAACGAGAAGAAAGCCAAAAAGGUCCGGUUCUACCGUAAUGGAGAUCGCUACUUCAAGGGAAUAGUGUAUGCUGUAUCCCCUGACCGCUUCAGAAGUUUCGAUGCACUGCUGGCUGAUUUGACCAGGUCACUUUCUGAUAAUAUUAACCUUCCUCAAGGCGUUCGCUAUAUCUACACCAUUGAUGGAAUAAACAAGAUUUGCAGCAUGGACGAGCUAGAAGAAGGUAACUAUGUAAUACAAACACAAUUUUACUAGAAUUGUUUUUUUCAGUGAUUCUCGAAAUAUCUAGUUUCUCCACUGUGAAUAGAACUAUGUAUGCUGUCUUGUUUCUUAGAGCAGUGGCUCACUAAUGACAAAAGGCUCAAUUUAAAAGCGAGUGAAUCACAAACAAGCUGAGUUUUGCUCAUGUGUAUUCUGUGAUUUUGCAAUACAGUAGGAAAUGUAAAAAAACUAGUUUACUCAGUUUGAUUGUGGUUUUGUACAAACUAUCGUAGCGGUCAUUUGAGGGCCUAAUCUGCAGAGUAGGUCUUCUGCAGCCUUCUUUUGAAAAGUAGAUGAGGCAUGGUUUCAGACCAUCUAUAGUCUUUUUUGAUUUACCUGUAGCAGAUGUGUAAGCUUUGAUUUUUAUAGAAUUCUAUUUGAAGAAUGAUGCUGGGUGCAAUAUGUAGGUGGGUAAACCCAGCAUGAAUCCCAAUAGGGAGAUUUGUUUGAAACUCACUUUGACUAUACUUUGAAUUCCUGAUCAUUCACACUUUAGUGAAUAACUGAGGGUGCACUCCCUACUGGCUAUGAAUUGGUUCAAGGUAUUAAACCUACUUAAAAGAAGAAAGGAAAAAGAAUGGAGCCAAAAAGUUACAGCACCUCCUUAUUGGCGGAUAAUCCCGGUGUAGAUAUAAGAGAAAAAGAAAGGAAUGGAGGAAGUAACUAGGACCUGAUGAAAAAUGCAAAAAUUAUGUGUAUUUAAAACCUAAUAUAGGCAAAAAAGUCCAAUUGGACAAAAAGAAACCAGAUAAGCCACACACAAAAAUACAAAUCGUACUUCCUAUAUAUAGUGAAAAAUUAAAACACAAACAAUAUUAAAUGAAAAAUACAUACAUAAAUGGCUAAAAUAGCCUACAUAAAGAGGUAUAGACUAGCACCUUAAUACACUAUAGUAAAAUACUAACCCUGCACCCUGACACCUUGCAGCAUUUGACUGUAUAUUGUCAUAUCAGAAUGGAAACAAUUGACUUGGGGAGGUGGGGUGGGGGCAAUAUAGAAUGCCAAUGAAUGUAAUGCAUACUAUGUUUGUGCACCUUACUAAAAACUCAAUAAAAAAUUAAACUUUUUUUUUUUUUCUAGCAAUAGUAUUUUAAUAGACUAAUAUUUUCUUAUUUCCUAAUAUUUUUAGUAGUCUAACCCUGACCCAUUUAUAAUCAACCUCUACUCUUGUUGCACCUAUUGUAAUAAAGUCAUAACAGUCUUUUAUUAAAACAUGCUACAGAACAAUUACUGGAGAAUAAAUACAUGUAUAAUAAAGAGCUACUAAGUGAUACAAAUGAUGAUGUGGGAGUGUGUGAAUUUACAAUGCAGAAUAGGAAGGCCUUGGGACUUGAGAUAAAUGCACAGAAUGCCUAAGGAUUUAGAAUAUUACAUCUUGGCUCAAAAUAGUUUUUUAAAUACUUUAGUUGGCUACAAAUGCACUUUAUAUUGUAAAUGAAAACCUGUAUUGAUUCAAAUUGUGGCCUUGCUAUUAUUUCAUUAUAUAUGCAAACAUACCAUGUUACCAUUGAGGAGUCAGGCUUGAAUUAUAGCUACAUAUAUUUAUUGAAGAGGAUGAAUUAAAGGUACAAAAAGUAUUUGUUUGCCCUGUAUAAGGGUUUAUUCACUAAACAGUUGUAGCAAGAUACAUAUAUUACAGCUCAUCUAUUUAGACUUUAAUUAAGUUAAUUUCAGGUCACCACAUCUCUCUGUUUAGUUAAUACAACCUGCAUUUGAAUAACAAAUGAAAGAUAAGAUUUCUCUAAAAACAAAAAGAAUAGCAAAAUUUUUACUAUUUAGAUUUUUAGAAUCACUAUAUAAAACAUUCAGGGCUAUUAACUAUUGUGAGAAUUCAAAGUGAAUGUUAAAUUUUAAGGCCACCGUAGCCAAACUGAAAUUAUAACGGACUUCGAGAAUUGUUCUUGUUGACCUUAAAUUUGAAAUUCACUUUGAGUUCACCCUGUUAAAAUCCCAAACCGUUCUAGUUAACCUUUCACGUCAGGGAGUUAUUGGCAUAAUCAAUAUCCAUCUUUCAUUGACAAGACAGUAGCAAGUUCACAGUGGAAUUUAUUCACUAAAUGGUGGAAUGUACUGAAUAAAAAAUAAAAAAAUAAAAAUAAAAAAUAAUUACAAAAUUCCGGUUCAAAUAGCAAGCCUAUGUUCAUAGCAGAGUUGAGAGCUUUUCCGAAGCAACUGCUAUGCCUUGGAUUUUUCAGGAUGGGCUUUGAUUUACUACAAUACACCGUUUAAUGAAUAAACCCUAAACUCUGUUUUGAAACCUUACUACUUUGGCUGUUUUUGCUACUCUUUAUUUUAGAGGCAUAUAAUCAUUGGUAUUAGAAUGCCACAGAUUCAUGCACCUCCCAAUAGUACAAGAUUUGUUGGGAAAGUCUUGGGUUCCUCUUCUACUGUCCCAGAUUGUAUCUUACUUGUAAUGUAACAAAAACUAGUUCUAAAUAAUCACUGUGAGUGCAUCAUUAGACUUGUUAACUUGGGAACAUAUUCCUGUUUUCAGGCAAACACAUCCAUUUUUUUUUUUGGUUGGACCUAUAAUUAUUUCUUCCUGGUCAUAGUACCUUCUGCUCAGGGACACUAAUAGAGAUUCAUUUGGGAAAGGAAAUCCUUGGCCACAAAAUGAGCCACUUGUCAAUGGACACAGGUGCACUUACUGAUCACAUAUGGCCAGGCACAGUGACCGGUAGAUACACACAUAUAGAUUGUCCCUUUGGCAGAUUGUAAGAGAAUCUCUGUCCAAACACGUAUAUAAUUAAUUCUUGAAAUUUACUAAAAUUUGCACAAAUACUUCCUACCUUCCAAACCUACGGACAUGGUCUCUGCAGCUAAAGAAGGUCCCACUUCUUUUUUGCCCAACCCUUACUUUCAUAUUCGUAGAGAAGCACUGACAACAAAUCCCCAAUUCAUAGAUUCUUAUAGAGAUGGUUUUAUUAAAAUCAUGGAGAUAUCUCUAUUCCUAUGUGGCUCAGCCAACCACUGGAUGAGGUUGAUUGGAGUUGUAUUCCAUAUGAGCUGUUUAGGCACUAUCCUGUCACAUCAGAUUUUAACUCCCAUCAGCCUCUGCCAGGGUCUUGAUGAGCAUGAUCAGAGUUGUUGUCCAGCAUGGGCAGAGAACAGUUUGCACUUAGUUUGAUAGAACAUAAAAGUCCUAUCUGAGUGGUCUGGGUUUUUUUUUGUUUUUUGGGGGGGUUUUUGUGACCUCUGCACCUUGGAAUGGUGGAGGUCAAAAACCUAGAACUGAUUUAAAUGUUCUCGCAGGGAGUUAGUUAAUUUGCAUUAGAGCCAAGUAGCAGGAGCGAUGACCCUGUGUGUGUGUGUGUAACUAACCCAGCCAUAGGGAGCCUGUACAAGGGAUCUGGGGUUAGUACGCUGUGUGCUGACAUCCUAUCUCCAGGAAGAGACUAUUCUCAGGAACGCAGCUCUACACGCAGAAAAAAAUUAUUUAAAUAAAGCCUGCAAGGACAGGGUCUUUGCACCAUAAUCACUUCAGUAAGAUCAAAUGGUUACCGUUCUAAGCGUGACCCUAUAAUUGAAAUGAAGUAUUUCCCCAUCUCCACUGCUUAGUUAUCCAGUAAUCACUUAUGGGAUUUAUUCAUCAAAGCAGGAAUUGUAGAGAAUGUGAAAAUAAAAUGUAAUUAUUAGGCAAAAAUGAGGCGGAUAGCAGUCUGUCAAUUUUGGAUUAAAACUUGCAAUUCCUUUCCCAAUUCUCCACAGUUCCUCAUAUGAUUUAUACGGUAUAUCACUUGCACUGUAUUUCUGUUCUGCUGUGUCAGCUAUUAAUAUUACAUCACAUUCUUUUGCUACUUGAAUGAAUUAAUGCUUUGAAUGAGACAAGUCUCCCCCCAGGCCAGUUUUUUUUACCAGAGUAGUUUUUUAUAAACUGUUGUCUAAGCCAUGGCGGAGAGAGUUUCAUUUUUGCUGUAAAUUACUUCAAAUCCAAACUAAGGUCUCUGUGUAGAAAAUGGCGUAGCCUUUAUUCUAGUCUUCUACCUGAUCUUGAUAAAGACUUUGAUGCAUUUUUUUUUUGCAUUUGCUAAAUUAAGUUCAUUUAUAAUUGUGCUAUUCUUGUGCAAACCCUUCAUUCUAAACCUUGCUUCUCAAUGGGCUUGAUUUUUGCUUUUGCAGGGUAAAGUGACUCAAAAAGAAGCCAAUUGCUUCAGCCUCCAGUGCUAGUCUUUUACUGGUGGAGAAACGAUUUUCCAUUGUCGUCAGUUUUAACACCCAUUAUGAAAUCGAUGUACUUGAUUAACAGGAAGAAGUACAAAAGUUCACCUCCUUUUUUUUUUUUUUUAUAGGUUCUACAUUCAGUGACCAAUUCGUUUGUUACAUCUUUCUUUGCUCCUUGAAGAGUCUUUUAGUGCUUACAUCAUUUCUUAGAGAUUCUGGUCCAAAAUGACAUGCAGUUGCUGUAGAUGUGUAGAAUAUUACAUUCUACCACAAUGCAGAUAUAACUAUGGGAAAUGUUAGGUAUACUGAACUUAUUGCCAUGUUCAUGGAAGUUUUGAUGGUAGCACUGCUGGCUGCAUUGACCAGCCGUUUUUUGAUAGCAUUUACCUUGUUCAACGUGUUUGCCAUUUCUAUGACAUACAUGGAUCAAACAUUAUUUGUAAAUAAAAACACAGAAAUAAGUAGAAUCGUACAUAGCAGAACAAUGUGGUUAGGGCUUUUUUUCCCCCUCCCUUUGAUUACUUAUGCUCACUCAAUCUGUGAACCAAAUGAUGAGAAAAUGCUCCUAACCAGGGCCGGUGCAAGGAUUUCUGUCUACUUAGGCAAAAUUUGUCUUCACCUGUCUGUCUAAUAUUCCCCCUUUGCCUCUCUCUUACCCAUUCUUUUGUGCAUCUUGCCACCUUUUUCUUUCUAGUUUUCCCUUUUUUGUAUAUCGUAUGCCCUGUUUGGCACUCUUUUUUCAUGUUUUUUUGUGUCUUCAUCCUAAUUUUGUGGUCUCUUUAACCCCUUGUGAGAGACACACCCACACACCCCUCCCUCCCCAGGUCCCGCAGGUUGCUGCACUGUAGUAGCUAUCCUCCACUCUCCAUAGCAGUUGGGCGCAGGGAUAUGAUGUCCUUGCUGCUCCAUUCCCCUCCCUCAGUGGCCAGCUGGGUAAAUUACUGCCAUGGGCAUUGUUGCAGAAAGUGGACAGCGAGUUCUCCAUGCUCCCGCCAGUCACUCGGACAUCUUUGCGCCCCUCAGGUUGGUGCGCCCCAAGGCGGCUGCUUGCGCUGUCUUAUCGUAGCACCAGCCCUGCUCCUGACAAUUUAUUGAAUAUAUAUAUAUAUAUAUAUAUAUAUAUAUAUAUAUAUAUAUAUAUAUAUAUAUAUAUAUAUAUAUAUAUAUAUAUAUAUAUAUAUAUAUAUUUAUUUAUUUAUUUUAUUUUUUUUAUUUUUUUUAUUAUAUAUUUUGCAGUACAAUGAUUGGCUUAUUUGUCCAAAACACUUUUCCUGAAUAAUUCAUACAAAUGAAAUAGGCACAUAGAUGCAAUUUUGGACAAACCAAACUUAUCAGGUGUGCAUAAGUCUGUCUCAAAGUAGCAAGAGAUUUGCAUUGAUGGUGACAGAUGAAAUAACUUUAAUGGCCAUUGCAGCAUAAAAAAAGUAUUAUCUAACUGCUUACUGAUUUGGGAAAAUAUGUAGGUGACGGUUUUGUUUAAGAUUUGUAGAUGAACCACAACUGGUAAAAGUUAAAUACAUUUUAAAAUUGUCAUAAGAAUGACAUUCCUUCAAUCGAGACAUAAACAUAUAAGCCAGUUUCUCUAUAUUCUCUAGUGCUAGGACAGCCAAUUUCUCAUUCAAAGGAACACUCCAAUUGCCAAUAUUAGAAAAAAAAGUAUAAAAUCCUUUUAGUAAAUACCCCCAAUGAAUACAUGUAAUUAUUGUGGGUGUAUCUUUUUUUUCAAGAAUUCGAUUUUGUCUCAUUAUGGGGGAAAUAGCCAAUCAAGCUUCUGAUUGAAGAGUCUCUGAAAGGUUUCCUCCAUGCACUCAAGGCGCAUCUACUGAUCUGAAGUCUAGUAAGUAGAGUGCCUGCCACUUCCUUUCAGCUCUAGGGGUUGCUAGCUGGAGCAGGCAGAAAAACCCUCCCCAUGACUGUUGGAUUGAUUAUUUUUAAUUAUUUAUAAAAGUGCCAUCUGUCAUUAUUACGGGAUGCUGUUCAUGGGUGUGGAGUGGAUCUUUAAAUGAGAGGGGAUAAAAUAAAUAUAGCAUGUAGCUAACGUUUAGUUAUGUUACAGUCCUGCUAUAAGCAAACAAGCAAAGCUACCUGAAAGUACAAAGGGGAUAUAAAUAAAUAAAAUGUAUAACAGAGCACUUCAUUUCUGCCAUGGGUUCCUGGUACACAAAUAGCAUAUGAAAGUUACACAAAAAAUCGCAUUCUUCAUACAGAACCUGUUAUUUAAGCAUGCACCUCCUACAAAAUAAAUGGACUAACUCCUGCAGAUGUUGGCCAUUGGGAAAUAAUGUAAAGCUUGAAUGAUUUUUAUACUGCAGAUGACAAACACAUUUUCUAAAACAUGCAAUUUUACUCAAUUUUUUUUUUUAAAAUUAAUUUAUUUUUAAUCGUGAAGGAAUGCAUAUUGUUGUUCUCCUCAAAUUAUUUCUGUAAUGAAUAAUCUCUUUUCAUUUCUCAGCAUGGGACCCAAAUCAUUAUGUGAUGGGAAGUUUAUCUGGUACUGAUCAAGGUCAAACUUCAAAAGCAAAUUAGAGUGAAAUCUGUGAGGGCCACAGAUAUUAGACUCUUUCACACAUUUAUUAGGGAGAAAGUGAGGUUUUGUAAAGUUUUUUCAAAAGAAAGGAUUGGAAUGUCAAGGGCAGUGAUAUUUCUCAAGAAGUUGUCAUCUACGCUUGAAAUUAAAAUAGCUUAAUUCAAAAUAAUAAAAGCAAUAAGUCAUGCAAGUAUAGCAAGACUAAGGAAAUUGCUGUAGAGAAUGUAAAAUAUGGAUGUUUUAGACUAGAGGAGAUGGUUUGAAAGCUAGCUGUUAUGUGGCUUUGACACAAAAUUAUAAAGUUUUACAGAAGUGAGCAGCAUGUUUUCCCAAGUAAGGUUAAUUAACCACCACUUAACCUGUUCCCUCCAAACCCUUUUAUAAACAGAGGAAGAUGUAUGCACCAGCACAGUGUAUUUUAUAACUUUCCUUUUAUUGUCAGCAAUUCCAAGAAAGUUAACUUUCUCUAUAACGAUUCCCUAUGCAACCCUUGUACCUUGAUUACAGUUGUUCCUUCUCACAUAAGUCUGCCUCUCUGUUUCAGGCAAGGAGCAUACAGGCUUAUUUAAUAAAGUGAGAAUUCAAAGUGAAUUUCACUUUACGGUCAAAAUAGCCAAAUCCGGGAAAAACUCCUAUAAUUCUCACUAGUAAAUAACUCUGUAAAUGUGACACUAUACAGGAGCCAAUAAUGCUUACACUUACAAUCAGCAAUAUAGGGGCUAAUGGAUCUGCAGCUCAGUCACAUGCUAAUGGAAUAGGCCCAUCGUUAAAUACUUCUUCUAUGAUGCAGAUGGAACUGCUGAGUACGUCCAAAUUAGGUGGGUAGGUCGGGAAAAAAACUUGUUUGGACUAGUUAGCUAUAAUACAGGAAAGAGAGGAGUGGACAGUUGAGCCCUGUGGAGGUAAGACUUAGAAUUCAUGACUAGUAAGAGAGUGGAGUUUAGAUACGGGGUUGUAAGAUGUAGACAGAUCAGAUGGUUUAAGUAAUGUAAGAGCCGAUUGUCCUAGUGUUUUCUGUCUUUGAAAUUCUGUAACUAGGUCCAUCUUAAAUCAGAUCAGGCCAGCAUUAGGCUCUUAAUCCUGCACUGCUUACAGUGCGGUACAAUGGCAUAGAGGGGUUAAGGAAGAAAGGACUUGGAGAAAUCAGUGCAGGUUGCAAUGGUACUUUCAUACAAAGUAGUUUCUUUUACACAUUAUAUAGCAUUAAUAUUGUAAAUGCUGCAGAAAAAAUGUAGAAGCUUUAUAAAUGCUAAUCAUAAUAAUAGUAAUAAUUCCAUAUAAGUUAAUUAUAUACAUUGUGCUUACGUUUGAAAUCUGUAUUAGUAGACCUUAGUUAUCUGUAUUAGUGUGUGUGUGUGUGUGUGUGUGUGUGUGUGUGUAUAUAUAUAUAUGUGUAUUGUAUGUAUGUAUGUAUGUAUGUGUGUAUAUAUAUAUAUAUAUAUAUAUAUAUAUAUAUAUAUAUAUAUAUAUAUAUAUUACACACACAUACAUAUUAUAUAUAAUAUGUGUGUGUAUAUAUAAUAUAUAUACGUUCCAUAUGUUAUAUUUUGAUUUGUGCACCCUCUCCCACCAAAAAAUAUAACAUUUUAAAGGAGCAAUAAAUACACUAUAAUUACAAAACUGUGCUGUAGUGGUUAUGGUGCCAAGGGGGCCUUGGCAUCCCCACACUGUAAGCAGUCACACACCGGGCUUUUCCUCCACUGAGAGCCAGAAGCUUGUGUUAGCUCAUCAGAGCUAAGUCCUGCCAUGCAGUAAGCAGUACUGAGUCUGAGAAUGCUGUGAGGCCUUGAGGGAAAGCUGUCUGGCAUGGUGUAAUUGCUGCAGGCAACAUCCGAAUCCUGAUGGCGUUUUUGUAUGUUGUAUGUGUCCGUGCUUCAGGCAGUCUUCACAUGCCCUGGGCAAUGUGUGCAAAUGCAUUGUAAAAUGUCCAAUGGCUACAGGCAAUCUGUGAAUCUGCAGGUAGUGUGCAAAUUCUCAGGGUAGGACGUGGAAUCGAUGUGACUAGUGUCAGGAUCUGUAAACAUACCAGUCAGAAAGCGGAUCCUCCGUGCCAUGGUAUAUCCGUACACCUGCCUCUGGACUGUGAGUUAGGUUCCCGAUGAUGGAUGAAGUUGAUGCCUAAAAAUGGCAGAUUAGACAUGUGUAGCUUGCUGUAAUGUUUUAUUGAAAAGCAGAUAUGGAGAACACUAGAAAUAGGACACUGGUACGUGAAGCUAAUUGCAAAUGCACAGAACGGGUUAAAUGAACUCUCCAAACACCAUUCUUGAAUGACUGAUUUCUUAGAACUCUCUAACUCUCCAGUGUUAAUGCUCAACAUGAAGUAAUGCUCGGCAGACACCUGGUAAGAAGUCAGAUGGUUUGACUACUUAAAAAAUGUUUUCUCUGAGCCAAUCACAAUGCUUUCCCAUAGGAUUAGCUGAAGCUGUCAAGAAGGCAGAUCGGGGGCAAAGCCACUACAAGUCAAACAUAGCUCUGGCCAAUCAGCUUCUCCUCAUAGAGGAAAGUUCAGUAUCUCCAUGCAGAGGGUGGCAAAAUUAAAUGGCACUGUGUAGCACUGCCCCCAGGAACCUCUAGUAGCCAUUUGAGUGGUCACUGGAGGUAACCCUAGGCUGUAAUGUAAACAUUACAUUUUCUCUCCGUGUUUACUGCAAAAAGCUUGAAGGGAAUGGUUAUACUCACUAGAACAAUUACAAUAAGAUGUAGUAGUUCUCGUGACUGUAGUGUUUCUUUAAUAAUGUUAUGGCAGUUCAUUAGCUAAUAUAUGAUGUAGAAUUGAUAUUGUAACAGGUAGCUAAAAGCUUACAUAGACCGGUAUCUGAAAGCUUACAUAGACUGGUUCAUGUACCCUUUAUUUUUUUUUAUUUUAAGGAAAAAAAAUGUCUGUACAAUAGUUCAUAGGCUGGUGAGAUGUGAUGCAGAGCUGAUAAAUACCAACUAAAAGAGCAACUACUACUAGAGAUGUCCUGCAGAGUCAUCCUAUUUACACAAGUUCAUGAGGAGAUGUGAUAUGUUGUAGCAGAUAGGAAUCUAAUUUCUGAGGGUUAGUAACACAUGGUGCAUAGGUUGUCUCUUAAAGGCAUGAAUUAUGAGACGACAACACAUAGUAAUGCAGUCAGUACGUGACCGUCUGUGAAGGUGGAGCACUGUAUAUAAAUGCUGUAAACCAUGUGAGAAUGCUGUGAAUCGUGUGUGCACAUUGUGGUUUGCCUACAAAUGCUAUAAUGUUAUUGUGAUUGCAGUAGACCAUGUCUAAGUGUUUUGUUUAGUGUGUGAAUGUGAUCAUAAAUUACAUAGUUACAUAGCUGAAAAGAGACUUGCGUCCAUCAAGUUCAGCCUUCCUCACAUAUUUUGCUGUUGAUAUAAAAAAAGGCAAAAAACCCAGUCUGAAGCCCUUCCAAGACUGAUAUGCAAACCAGUAUACUUUUCUUAGAAUGUCAAAGACUAGUUGGACACUAACUGUACAUCCUAGAUUUAGGUGGAAGACAACUCGUACUCUUGAAAUGGGAAGAAUUGCCACCACCAUGUCAUAUAACUCAAUAUACUGUAAUAUUACACUAAUAUGGAUUUGCACAGCAACCAGUUACAUGGUUUUAGACCCCUUUUAUUCCAUUUGGUAUACACAGAAAAAAAAAAAUCAAAUUUAUGCUGUAUUUCAUAGUGUUUUGACCAAUGAUAGCCAGAUGCCCAUUUUUCUAUUUACCCUGCAAUGGCCUCUGUUACGGGACAAAACGAUUACCAUUUAAGGAUUUUACAUAUUUUUGGCUGGUCAGGACACUCUAAUUUGUCUUUCAGUAAGGGCACUGCAUCAGAUGAAAAAAAUAGAAUACAUUUCUAUUAUUCAGUGCUUUUUAAAUAAGUAGCUGUGGUUUUAAUGACUUGCAGUAAACCUAUCUCUAGGGAUGGUGAUGGGGAUGGCAAAGAAAAGGAAAUGCAUCAGUUGAUAGAGUGGGGGAAGAUAGAAAGUGCUAAUGCAGGAAAAGAAAUGAUCUCCAUGGCAACCACGCAUUCUAUCUUCGAGCAUAGAACGUGACCUGGUGACUGCACCUUGCUAUACUGCUCUUAGUUGCUAGUUCGACACGUUGUUGGAAGAAUAGAUGUGGCUGUUGAACACUUGUAGCACAAACUAAAUAGUCAGAUGUACAAAAUGUAUCCUUCUUCCUGCUCCUGACUGCAGAUUCUUCAAGCCAUUCUUGAGAUCUUUGGGCAUUUUGAGGGCGGUUGCAAUGAUAACAUAGUGGACAGGCUCCCUGAGAGUUUAAUAGUGCGACAUUUGAAGAAAUGAUAAAGAACUGUGUGGAAUUUAACUUAAAUAUUAACAUUUUUCACACCACUUGGUCAUCAUUAUUCCAUAAUUCUUUGAGUGCCAGAGGGUUAUAUGGCAAUGCAGUAAAGGUUUAAUUGCAAGGGAGGUUUCUCUAGGGAUAAAAUGAAAACCUGACUGCAGAAAUAGCUGAUGGCAAGAGGCCUUUGAUGGCCCAAGGAACCUACACUUGUUGGUUUUUAACGUAACAAUCCAGGCUGACCUAUUUUAUAUAAGUGGCAAUUUCAAUCAGCAUUCUUAUAAAGCUCCUAAGUUGCUUCCUUCUGACCACCAAUCAGUAGCUGGGAGGGUGCUCUCUUGAUUACUUUGUGCCCCGCCAAUUUUAACAAUUUCAUCAGGACAGUAACCAUUUCAGAGUUUUGUUCCAUAGUCCUGACUUUCAUCCGUGGUGUCCCACUUUUGGAAUUCCCUCCAGGAAGUGUAACACAGGUACAUUAGAUGCGCUCUCUUCAUGGCCUUCAUUCACGCUAGGCUGACCUGCCCAUUUAUUAGUGGCCUGCCCACUUUCCCCCCUGUGGGUGGACAUCCAUUGUGGACACUUGGCAUCCCUGCCAUAAGUUGGAGGCUGCUCAGCAUAGUCUGUAUGCAUAUUCACCACAAUAAUGAGUCUUGCUCACUCUUUGAAGAUCCCGGGACCUCUGACACUAGGCUUCCGAAGCUAUAGCUUACUUAGCUAAAAAUCUUCCUUUCACACUGGCAUAGUCCUUACUCAAUUAUUCUGAGACAGCCCAGUAUCUUUCAGCAGCAUGGCCAGUGAGUGUACCAGCCAGGAGGGAGACCCAGUCAUCUGGGUGAAUUCCAUGUAAGGUAGACUGCAUGUACCCAUCAAGUCUUCCUCAUCCUCUAGUACUCAAAAUGCAUUGAAUGGUAGUUUCUUCCUUUCCCAGUAGAACAUUUUGAGGUUCCAGCGCCAACCCCCCCUUGUCUAUUUUGCAUCUCUGCUAGUUAAAAGGCUUAUUCCUUAUCUCAGUACUGGGUGUUGACUGGCAUUGGACUCGUAUAAGAACAGACAUUCCCUGACCACUGCAUAAAAGUUGCCCUUCCCAGAUACCACAGAGCUGUUGCUUUCCAUCAGAUCAGCUGCCAUUAAGCCUUUACUUUUGUUAAUGCCAACCUAUCCUCUUUAUCUCAGCAGAUCUUUCUCAGUUGCGCUCUUGAGGUAUGCUCCAUUCACUAUGUCCUUACAUCAGAUCAAAUGCAGUCUUCUAAUGGAAGCUAGAUCCAGGCAGUGGCUUGGACACUCAUAGAAAAGAAGGCACAUGCACAUACAGGAAGGUAUACAGUCUGGAACAGAGAAAAGGUAUGACUUGUGAGUGUAGAAAAAAAGUAACGUGCCAAAGUGUUAGAGAGACUGAAGCAGCAAGAGCAUUUGCAUAGUGCGCAAAGUCAGCUUUACCUUAACUAAAUUCAUUGUCAGCCAAUCAACACAAGUUUUGUUCCCCUAGAUCUCUCAAGUUUCCAUACUUAAGCAAGAGCAUGUGCAGAGUACUAAAAUCAAUGGCACUAUUUCAUGAGCAUGGGCCUGCAGCUGCAGCUCCAUCAGCCCCUAUGGUUAGGGGUUUGUAUUCCUAACGCUAUAGUGAUUCUUAAUGGAACACUUUGGGUACCAUACUGUGUCAUCUCAAGGGGAUAUGGUGACUGGACUCCUCCAUAGACCUUACUAUAAAUUAAACUUUUUUUUUACAUGCGUUUUUUAGAAAAAAAAUUGUUAUUCUGUCUCACUGUUAAAAUACACCUACCAUUAAAAUUAUAGGCUGAUCAUUUCUUUGCCGGUGGACAAACGUUCAAAAUCAGCAGAGGAUCAAAUAAUUUUUUCCCUCACUGUAAAUGGAACAAUGAGUUCAGAACAAGACUCUGAGGUAUACCCAAACCUGUUCUAUAACCCACUAAAAAAUCUAAACUCUGUGUUUUUUGUCUGCAUCGUGUUUUUUUCCUAGAGACCCCAAUCUGUGGAAAUUUCCAGCUGUGUAUUGCACACUGUCAGGAAAAAGGACUGAUUAGACUGCUGAUCAUCAGUUGUUUUUUGUUUGUAUUAUCUGACAUUCAUUUAAGUGAACUCUGGAAAAGUUUGGUCCUGAGCUAACCAUUGCAUUAUAACUGAAUAACAGAAUAAAUAAAAUGAGCAGAGGGACUGCUUAUAUUAAAAUGUGUUAUGCACUACACUGUAAUCCACCCGGAUUAGUGUAACCUGUAAAAAUUGUGUUAAUCAGUUGAACAAAGAUGAGCCCCUAGAUGUAGUUGAAACAAAAAGAAACACAGGAAUUCUGUAUAUUAAUGAUUGUUACUUGCAACAAAUGUUACAUGAAUCAUUAGUGUGAUUUUGCUCAUGGGAGCAAUCACACCCAGUGGCCCUUGCUCUGCAAGGAAUUCUACUUGACUGAUAAAUAAAAAACCUUAAAGAAACGCAAUUCCAUUAGGAAUACAAACCUGCAAUUCUAAUGCUCUAUCGUUCCUAACUUAAUAGGUUCACCCCUCCAUUCGACGAUUAAAGGGUUAAAAACCCAUGCAACUUACUUCUUUCCAGCACCGAGGCUCCCUCAAUGCUUGAAGGUCUCUCCCCACAAUGUCAUAGCAAUAGUGGAACCUAGCACAAAUGCGCGGUCACUGUCAAGUGCUAAUACAGUAUUUCUAUUAGAAAAAAACAUUUUAACUGUUUUAAAGGCAAUCUAAUUAAGCAACCAUUAUCAAGCUUGGAUCAAUAUGAGAGGCUCAACUUGAUGGAAGCAUGUCUCUUUAUAACCUAUGUAUCGUCCCCCUCUGUGUUACUGUCAUAGGCUCAAGCCUACAAAGCCUAUUGGUGACACAGUGCUUUUAAGACUUUUAUUCCAUAUUGGGACAGUCCAGCUGUAUUCUGGGAGACUGGGCAAUGUGAAUUUAAUAUGCUACACUGUGUUUAGUUUUUGUGGGGUGGGUGGGGGGAGGGAGGUGUCAAAACAUUUAAAAAUAUGCUUACAGAGUGCUCAAAAUUUGUGUAUUUUUUUUUUUCCCAAGAAAAUCUCCAUAUUCAAUUUAGCCUGAAAUUAAAUCCACCUAUCAGAAAUAGCACCCAUUUGUCAAGCAUUUCUUCACUCUGUAUGUGCAUACAAAAUAAACAUUUUAAAACCCCUGAGCACCAAUUCAGUCUAUUUGAAAUGCUAACUAUCAAAGCAACUGCCACUAGGGAAAAUGAGGAAUAACUUAACGGCCAAUUAGGAAAUGCACAUAAUUUAACUGCUGGCAUUAAUAUAUUACAAAAUCUGUCGAUCUGGUGCUAUGUAUAUUAUUGGUGGAGUUAGGUGACCGUGGAAUAACUUGUUGGCCUGAUCACCUUGCUGUUCUGUCUCUGCGCUGCCAAAGUGUCGUAGAUGUUCAUAUUACCAUCUGUCUUGCCCUGGAAGAAAGCCCUGCCUUCAAGAGAAGUGGAUUUUUCUUAUGUAAAGGCAGGUGUCAAUAUUUAAGAGACCAAGGGGCUAAAGAGCAUCUUCCAGGAUUGUAACAUAUUUUUUUGGAUAGUGAGUACUAAAUCUGCUUAAACCUCCUCCUGCCAACGCUAUCUGUCACAUUUAUAGCUUUGUAAAUUUAUUCUUGAAAUAAAAUAAAUACUUUUUUAUAGGAAAAGCAUCUUACAUCCAUUGUAGGUUGUCUCAUCAUUGCAUCUCACUAAUUAUUUUAUUCAGAAUAAUACAAUUUGCUAUUCUCAAAGAUAUAAUUCCAAGCACAAAAUCUCAACCCAGGAAUUCAAGUAGGAAGUAGUGAAAGUAGGCGUAAAGAACAGCUGUAAAUUUCACAUAAAGCCUAUGUUGCACUUUCUCCAUUCUACGGAGUCUGACGUGGCUUGUCAUUUCUUUCAAUAAUGAAAGGAGCAUUCUAAUCACCGUAACCACUGCAUAUUAUCAUCAUUGUGGCUAUGAUGCUGUAGAUCCUCAAAGUUCAUGUCAAACUGUUGUGGUGUGGCUUGACUGAAACCUCGCAUCUAUAGCUGGCCAUCUUUGCUCUUUCACUGUGAUACAGACCCUGGAAAUCACUGCUGAGGGCUCUGGUGGUAGGUUAACCCGGCACUCUCUCUGACUAUCAGGAUAUUACUUUGCUGCAAAGAGAUUUGGAUAGAUUGGGGGACUGGGCACUAAAAUGGCAGAUGAAAUUUAACAUAGAGAAAUGCAAAUUUAUGCACUUCGGGGUUAAGAAUGCACAAGCAAUUUACACCAUAAAUGGUAGUGAAUUAUGGAUUACCACACACGAGAAGGAUUUGGGAAUUGUAAUAGAAGACAAAUUAGGCAGCAAUAUGCAAUGUCAAUCUGCAGUUGCUAAGGCCAGUAAUGUUUUGUCAUGUAUAAAUAGGGGCAUAAAUUCUCGAGAUGAAAAUAUAAUUUUGCCUCUUUUUAAAUCGCUGGUAAGACCACACCUUGAAUGUGCUAUGCAAUUUUAGGCACCUGUACUAAAGAAGGAUAUCAUGACACUAGACAAAGUGCAGAGACGAGCUACAAAAUUGAUCAAAGGAAUGGAGCAUUUUAGUUACGAAGAAAGGUUAAUUUUACAUUUCUUUAGUUUGGAAAAACCGCGCCUCAGAGGGGAUAUGAUAACAUUAUAAAAAUAUGUAUUCUGGGCCAGUACAAACCAUUAUCUGCAAAUCUACUCAUAAACAGGGCUAUACAUAGGACACGAGGUCACACAUUUAGGCAGAAAGAAAGGAGAUUUAAUCUAAGGCAAAGAAAAGGUUCCUUUACAGUAAAAGUAAUAAGGAUAAGAAAUUCUCUGCCUGAAGAGGUGGUUUUAUCAGAGUCCAUACAGAUGUGUAAACUGAAAUUGGAUAAAUACUUCCAAAAACAUAACAUACAGGGAUAUAAUUUCCAAUUAGUGGGAUAAUAGCUGCUUAAUCCAAGGAGACAUCUGACUGCUAUAUUGAAUUCAAGAAGGAUUUUUCUCCUAAUUUGUUGCAAAAUUGGAAGUGCUUUAGACUAGGUUUUUUUUCCUUCUUUUGGAUCAACAGCAAAAACUUGUGAGGAAGGCUGAACUUGAUGGAUGCAAGUCUCUUUUCAGCUAUGUAACUAUCCAUGACAUCUCUUUUGAAUGGACUCAUUUCAAUGGUAUCAGUGCAGUUGAGUGGACUAUGGUUGCUGGGUCAAGCCCUAAUUUUUGUCAAAUCUCGUAGUCUACAGCCUGGAGGCUUAUAACACCAUAAACUCUACAACAGAUACAAUAGAUAACCUCUGUAAAUAGAUACAAGACAGACCUUUAGAGAGAAAAAUAAAGCAAAGAGAAUUAAUUAAGAUUAAAAGAUAACGUGGCACAAAAAAGAGUAAGGGAGGCAUGAAGAAAACCAAAUGAAAAGGAAAAUAAUAUAGAACAGGCCCUGAUAUGUAGAAAAUAAAAUAAUUCUCUGUUAAUUCUGAGAGAGAGACAGACCCAGGAAGAGAGUGAUAAGAGGGAAAAACAUAUUCUACUCAAACUGGCACAGCUUCUUGGAGAGUAAUAUAAGAUAAGAUAUUCAACAAUGAUUCAAAAACAGACCCUGAGAGAAAUUGGGAAAAAAUAAUGUGCUAGAUUCUAAACAACCGUGAACGCAUAGAAUCAGUGCAUACCUCCAAAGUCCUAAUUUUUGGCUCAUAUACCGCUGUCCCUCGUUUUCUCUCCUAAUGUCCUUUCCUAGGAGCCUCUUGUUGUGGGUGUGUCUGAAUGUAUACAUGAGCACCGUAACAAAUAGUACUUACAGUAAUGUGUUUUUAAAAUUAAUGUGUUUAGAAAUCAGUCUGUGUAGAUAAGAUAAUUGUCCGUAUUCUAAAUUGCACUCUAUUUGCAUAAAUUGUUAUUAGUAGGUCACUUUAAAUUUCUCAGAGCAGCUCUGCCCCUGACCACACCCCCGCUCACACACCUAUGGAAUUGUGGUCAAUGGGAUGCUGAUCUGUCUGUCUAUCUCAGAAUUAAUAAUGAAUAGACAAAUGGGGCUCUCCUGCUAGACGAGGGUCACCAGCUUGCAUUUGGAGUCAUCCUUUUAAAGAUUUUGACAUUCUGCUACAGAUUGUGAGCUAAAUAGAUCUUAAGAUUAAUCCCCCUACCCUGGCCUGGGACACAUGUAAUUAUCAUCAAACAGCUGCAGCGAUUCAUUAUUGACUGGUUUGCUAUCCAAUUCAUCUUCAAAAGCUUUCUUUAACAAACUAUGGAAAAUACUACUAACAUAACCGCAAACCUCUACAGAAUCAUUCAACCUCUGAAAGUGAUAACCUAUUCCACACAAAUAUCUAAAGGGGAAAAAAAAUCUUCCAAUAAUCACAUUAAAUUGGAACAUUGCCCUUAGCUGCUCCGUGCUUGCUCUUUCUGUGAAAUCAUCCAACUAACCCACUUUACUCCUGUACUUAUCUGACAAACUAGUUGGCCCAGUCAGUGCCAAGAAUUAGAAUGGCUAUAUGAAAUAAAUCUAGAGUCUUCACGUCUCCUACCUCUGUUCCAUCCCAUGUUUGGAGAGGACUUGGCCAAUAAAAGAACUUGUACACCUUAUAAAAAGGCAUCAAUUGAACUGAAGGGCAAACGCCUAAUAAAGGUCAUACAUAUAUCUUUAGUCUUCCACAAAAGUAUCAUCUUAUUUUCUUGUACCAAUACACUAGAGGGUUGUGGGUGGGUUUUUUUAUAUAUUUAUUUUUUAUUUUUUUAUGCGUAUGUGAUUGUUUUAUUUAUGAACUUUGUGUCUGAUAUCAAGAUGUGCUUUUCACCAAUAUUAAUGUGAUGGCUAGAGAUUUAAUGUAUCUUGAUUUUAAUUGCAUUACAAUUUCUACUAACCACAAAUUUUAAUUGAAGGAUUUUAUUUUUUUUAUUUUUUUUCUAGCAAGAAAAGCAUUUUAGGGUUGCUUCAUGAAUAUAAAAAAAAAAAAAGAAAAUUAUUUACAAUUCUUGUUUUUUAAACCAAAGCAAUUAUAUAUGCAAAUAAACACAUGUUUACUUUUGAAUGCAACUUUAAUUUUAUAUUGUCAAAUUAUUGAUCUUCGAAAAGAAAUAUAAAUUAUAGAGGAAAGAACUGUCUGGGAAGGUUUAAAAAUACAUUUAGCAUAGAUAUUUGUAAAUGAAACCAGAAGGACGUAUUUGAAAUUUCAAGACAAGCAUUCAGCAUAGAUUUUAUAAUAGGAUACAGACUGCUGGAAUGAAGGCAUUUUUAAAUAAGCAUGUGCUCUUUCUCAGCUAGACAAACCCGUUCCAAUUAAUUUGCAAAUCCCAUUGAGGCUCAGAAGCUGAAAUAAAUUAAAAUGGAUGAGUAGGAGAUGUGUUUAGAGGGACUGGCAAGCAAUGCUAAUCUUAUAAGCAGUCUAAAGUCUUUCCAUGCUUCCAGGAAUAUACAACAUUGGGGAGUCUUCUAACAGCUCUACCGCAGGUACCGACAAGGGUUAAUCUUGCAGAUUCUGACUGCAUCUUUACAUACCUGUAAAUAAAUAAAUAUUACACCAAAUAAAAUAAAUAUGCGAAGUGUUUUUACAUUUUCAGGAUUUUCAUCUCCGAAAUACAACGAUUUGUAUUGAGAGAAUUGCAGAUCUUUCAACCUUGGCUUGCAGCUGCAGGCUUUUUCACGAAACCAGUCUAUUGUGGACCACCGCUUUGAGACUGCAUUGUUUCUAUGGCAACCACUUGAUGCCUACCUUACUCUGUUUCAACACAAUGCCUGCUUUUUACAGCACAGUUUUCCUACUAUAGGAAUUAAUUUAGAAGCUAAUGUCACCCUGGGUAGGCGGAUCUGUCAAGCCAGACUUUUAAAUUAUCCAGAUAGCAUUUUUCUGAAGGUUGAAUACUGUACAUGUUGAAAAACAUACAGUAAAUUGCCUGUUUGCCUCACUUUCUUAUAAAUAGGGUUACCACUUUACCUGAAGGUGGAUUGAAAUGUGAUUGCUUUAGGGUCAACAACAAUUGCUCUGAAAUGGAAUAUAGCACACCGUGAUCCAUGUCUGUAAGAAAUUUACAGUAGUAUUGUUGUGACCAUACAUGAUAAAACAUUAACCAUAAUAGUUAUUUUAUUUUAUUUGCACAGCUCCUAAUAGAUGCUGGAAUUCUGUUUAAAAAAAAAAAAAAAAAACAUACUUCCCACUUAGUGGCACUUCCAAUAAUCAGUCAUGGUUAAAUUCAUUGAAUUUAAAAACAUUUUUUUUUUUUUUUUUGCUUAAAAAAAAUACAGGGAGUGCAGAAUUAUUAGGCAAAUGAGUAUUUUGACCACAUCAUCCUCUUUAUGCAUGUUGUCUUACUCCAAGCUGUAUAGGCUCUAAAGCCUACUACCAAUUAAGCAUAUUAGGUGAUGUGCAUCUCUGUAAUGAGAAUGGGUGUGGUCUAAUGACAUCAACACCCUAUAUCAGGUGUGCAUAAUUAUUAGGCAACUUCCUUUCCUUUGGCAAAUUGGGUCAAAAGAAGGACUUGACAGGCUCAGAAAAGUCAAAAAUAGUGAGAUAUCUUGCAGAGGAAUGCAGCACUCUUAAAAUUGCAAAGCUUCUGAAGCGUGAUCAUCGAACAAUCAAGCGUUUCAUUCAAAUAGUCAACAGGGUCGCAAGAAGCGUGUGGAAAAACCAAGGCGCAAAAUAACUGCCCAUGAACUGAGAAAAGUCAAGCGUGCAGCUGCCACGAUGCCACUUGCCACCAGUUUGGCCAUAUUUCAGAGCUGCAACAUCACUGAGUGCCCAAAAGCACAAGGUGUGCAAUACUCAGAGACAUGGCCAAGGUAAGAAAGGCUGAAAGACGACCACCACUGAACAAGACACACAAGCUGAAACGCCAAGACUGGGCCAAGAAAUAUCUCAAGACUGAUUUUUCUAAGGUUUUAUGGACUGAUGAAAUGAGAGUGAGUCUUGAUGGGCGGAUGGAUGGGCCCGUGGCUGGAUUGGUAAAGGGCAGAGAGCUCCAGUCCGACUCAGACGCCAGCAAGGUGGAGGUGGAGUACUGGUUUGGGCUGGUAUCAUCAAAGAUGAGCUUGUGGGGCCUUUUCGGGUUGAGGAUGGUGUCAAGCUCAACUCCCAGUCCUACAGCCAGUUCCUGGAAGACACCUUCUUCAAGCAGUGGUACAGGAAGAAGUCUGCAUCCUUCAAGAAAAACAUGAUUUUCAUGCAGGACAAUGCUCCAUCACACGCGUCCAAGUACUCCACAGCGUGGCUGGCAAGAAAGGGUAUAAAGAAGAAAAUCUAAUGACAUGGCCUCCUUGUUCACCUGAUCUGAACCCCAUUGAGAACCUGUGGUCCAUCAUCAAAUGUGAGAUUUACAAGGAGGGAAAACAGUACACCUCUCUGAACAGUGUCUGGGAGGCUGUGGUUGCUGCUGCACGCAAUGUUGAUGGUGAACAGAUCAAAACACUGACAGAAUCCAUGGAUGGCAGGAUUUUGAGUGUCCUUGCAAAGAAAGGUGGCUAUAUUGGUCACUGAUUUGUUUUUGUUUUGAUUUGAAUGUCAGAAAUGUAUAUUUGUGAAUGUUGAGAUGUUAUAUUGGUUUCACUGGUAAUAAUAAAUAAUUGAAAUGGGUAUAUAUUUGUUUUUUGUUAAGUUGCCUAAUAAUUAUGCACAGUAAUAGCCACCUGCACACACAGAUAUCCCCCUAACAUAGCUAAAACUAAAAACAAACUAAAAACUACUUCCAAAAAUAUUCAGCUUUGAUAUUAAUGAGUUUUUUGGGUUCAUUGAGAACAUGGUUGUUGUUCAAUAGUAAAAAUAAUCCUCAAAAAUACAACUUGCCUAAUAAUUCUGCACUCCCUGUACAAUGGUGUAAAUUCCAUGCACCAUCUAUUUACAAGCAAUCAACAAUCUUUUCAAUCGUUAAAAAAUGAAGUAAGCAAUGCUCUCCCAUACUUUCAUAUUAACCCCUUAGGGACACAAUUUCUGGAAUAAAAGGGAAUCAUAACAGAAUAUUUCUGUCAUGUGUCCUUAAGGGGUUAACCGGGCGUAACCAAAGCCCAAAAUGGUAAUUUCUACUCCCUAACAACAUUGACAAUGUGAGGGUAAAAAGUAUAGCAUGUGGGCAGCCCUACAGCUCACACCGCCAUACUGUGGAAGGUGGGAUUCUCCCUGUCUUUUACAGUUACCCAAUUUUCCACAGGAGAGGUUUUAAUAAUACCCCUGAGUUUUAUAUGGAUUGAGUAUCAGUCUAAUUCAGUUAUUAAUUCAGGGGUCCAGAAGACAGCUAUGUAUUAGUGGAGGGCCUGCUCAAUUUUGCUCCCCUUCCCAUCACUCAUAAUUCAAUCAGUGAUGAGUUAAGGUAUAGUAGAAACCUAGAAAAAUGGAAUGUGAUGGCAGAUAGGAACCAUUACCCAACUUUCUAAAUCCUUUCAUUGGUCCCUGGCCUUAUCUUAAUAAUGGGGGUUCCUAUGAUCCAUCUAUCCAUGGUGCCUUUAGCUUCUUCAAUACCAUGCCCAGCUGCCAAACAUGAAUGUUUAAUAACCCCUAAAACUAGAUGUAAAGAGAUCUAAAGGCCCCUGGCAUAAUAAUCGCCCCAUUGCCAAUUCUCAUAGUGUCAAGGAAUAUCAGGUCAUCAUGGCACUAUUAAAAUGUCCCUGACCUAACCCUAAAAUAUAUCAGCAUAGGGGCAUUUUUCCAUACCUUUUACUGGUGUUUUUGUAGAUUUAGAUUUCCAUAUUAUAAUAAUAAUAAUAAUAAUAAUAAUGGUGCCUAACUCUUUUUUGGACAUUUUGCCUUGCACACAAAUUCUGCAAAUACUAUAUGCUCCUAGCUGACAAUAAAUUCACUCCUGUAUAUUAAGUUAUGUUAUUAUGGAGAAAUAUACAAAUGUUUCUUUCCCAUAGAAUUGAGCCACUUUAUAUAAAUAACACUAGACCAUAGUUAUAUAGCCUUCUUUCAAAAAGUGACAUUGUGAACUGCAAUACCAGGAAAUGAUGUGUAACAGUGAUGAAUGUCAUCAUGCCAAGAUGAGCAAUGUAAAAAAUUAUGUUCUGAAAUCUAGAGAAGUAGGAUUGAGAAUUCAUAAAAACUAGCUUGUUUAAAAACUUCUGGGGUGUGUUUUUGUUUUUUGUUUUUUGUUUUUUUUAAUUUUACAGUCAAAAUUUAUGUUUAGGAGACUCAAUGAAGUGCAGCUGCACAAAACACGUUGGCUGUCGACCUCUCUCUUCCCUCGGUUUAAUUUUGCCAUGUGUGAGCUAAGGGCUUGUUCCGAUCAAGGGAACCAACAAAACGUGUGUGUGUGUGUGUGUGUAUGUGUGUUUUUUUUUAAUUUUAUUUAUUUAUUAUUAUUUUUUUCUCUAUUGCAUCAUGAUUGACAGAUUCUAGUUACUGAUUUAAUCUGCUGAGAAAAUGUAAUAUUACCAUCCAAGAAAAAUUAGAUUUUCUGACUACCGUAGUUCAUUUUGCUAUGCUAAGAAUUAGAGUAACGUUAUCAUUGUUUGUAUUUUUUCUACUAUUGUUUUAUUUGACAGAAAUGAAGACGGUGGUACUAGACAAAUGAUAAAAUGAUGCAGUAUGUCAGUAAAUAUGAUCAUUUUUACCAUUCGUGUUGAAUGCAAAAGUGAUAUAAUUAACUAAAAAAACAAAACAUCUAAAACUUUUUCACUUUAUUGCUGUUAAGAGAAUUUACAUUUUUGCAAUUUCUAAUUUUAGGUGAAAGCUAUGUUUGCUCUUCUGACAACUUUUUCAAGAAGCUUGAAUACACCAAGAAUGUAAAUCCCAACUGGUCUGUCAACGUGAAGACCUCAGCAGCUCUAAAAAGCCCACAGUCCCUCGGGAGCUGUAACAACCAAUCCAGGGAGAACAAAGACUUUGUGCGUCCCAAGUUGGUAACAAUUAUCCGCAGUGGAGUGAAACCCCGCAAAGCUGUGCGUGUUCUCCUGAACAAGAAGACAGCCCAUUCCUUUGAACAAGUCCUCACUGACAUCACAGAUGCUAUUAAACUGGAGACAGGAGUGGUCAAAAAGCUGUAUACCCUGGAUGGGAAACAGGUAGGGUCAAGUUUGUUGUGCAGUGUAUGUCUUCCAUUAGAUAACCAUGCUUAACAAUGUAGCUCAACCUCUUUGCAAAGUUGGGUGAGUCUGAUCUACUUCACAAACUCCGUAUUACUGAAAUCUAGCAGUAAUAGGCAGGCAUUUUCUUAAAUUAUCUGAAUAUUUGGAGAGAAAUUUAGAAAACAUUAAACCAAAAAGUUUAUUUUUUGUAUGUGUGUAGACCUUGUGUUGGUCUCUUGCAAUUUCUUAUUCCAAGUAUAAUUCUGGUUCUAUGUGUGCAGAAACCAUAAGCAGCCUGGUUUAGAACAUGUAGUAAAUCUAUUUUUUGCAUGGGAAAAAAAUUUUUUAACACGUUAUUUAAUUUAAAUUGAUUUUGAAUUUACCACAUCCCAGCAAUAUGCAAGAGAAAUUAUAUUGUAAUUUUUCGUAUAUGUACUUUGAGCAAAAGAUUAGCAAGACUCCCAAAAAACCGGGGAAGAUCUCCAUACAUUUUUUACAAUGCAAAAAAGUGAACAAAACCAGUGUAAAUCCCAGACAUUGAUCAAUGUACACUUACUAAGCAGCAAGGAUACAGAAACCAUUACCUGCAUGAUUUAUGACAUUGAGAAUGAGCUCCAUGCACACACGACUAUCCACACUGAUAACGCUGUUCUGUGUUUUGCAUUUAUGCUGGGAGCAAAAACUCUGCAUUUCUCAUGCUAAAAACAUGGACAUUGUGAGCAAAACCCUACGGAAAUGUUCAAGGCAUGAGCCAGCCAAUCUCAUGUCAAAGACAUUGCACGCACAAUUUUCUCCCUUUAAGAAAAUGAAUCAAAUUUCUUGCGUUUUAAUUGCGUAAUUUAACUUACAAAUAGAAAUAACAAGAAACAUUAGUGAUAAUACAGCGUAAAGUAAAAAAAUACACAAAGUGAACAUGACAAAGCUGCUAACAGUUGGACUAUCAGUAUACAUUUUAUACAUACUUAUUGACUAAUCUCAUUUAUUACAUAUUUUGCAAAUCAUAAAUCUUUUCAACAAAUAUUGCUACUUAUGUCACACUAGUACAGGCAUAGGCAACCUUCGUGCACUCCAGAUGUUUUGGACUACACCUGCCAUGAUGCUUUGCCAGCAUUAUUGGUGUAGGAGCAUUAUGGGUGAUGUAGUCCAAAGCAUCUGGAGUGCCAAUGGUUGCCUAUCCCUGCACUAGUACAUGCGGUGAUAUUAAGUAAAUCCUUUCUGCUCCAGCAAUCACUCAUCUUAAGCUAGAAAGCAGCAACCAAUAAACUAGAUCCUAGAUUUGUUCAGGGGCAAUGUUCAGUAAAGGGGGUUACUCAAAGCCAACGAUGAAGAUUGUAAAUGGGAAAAAAAGCACAGAGUUGUCUCUCUGGUCUGGCUGAGCAAUCCAUCUUCAUCACUAAAAACAUAAUCUGAAUUAAGGCCUCUUUUGGUUUUAUAGGAUUGCAUGAAAAAUGAUAUACUGGAUGGGAUGUAGUUUCCUAUUCCAGAAUUUGAAAAUGAGCAAUCGUAAUAUAGCUAGAAGCCCUGUCUGGAUGAUCUAAUUAAGGGUCAACAAAUGUUCAUCAGCAGAAGCAUAUUGUCGAUUGUAAAAAAAAUCAAAAAAAAAAAAAAAAAUCUUGAGGUCCAGUUUCAUUCAGACUAUUAUGUGUCUCCAUGGGGAAAACAUUGCACAAAUAGUUUUAACCGUCUUGUUUUUAGCAACGUUUACAACCGAUUUAUUUAAUACAUAUGUGAAGUCUAACCCAUCAAAAUAUUUUAAUCUCUUUGCACAAUUAUAAUAUACAUACAAGAAAAAAUAUAGUGAUCAGGUUACAUAACAGAAAACAUGCAAUUUAUGAAGGAGACAUAGAGGUCACAUACUGUCAAACUGACUCAUAGUCACAGAGAUCUGUAGACAGAAUCAAUAUUCAAACUGUUAGUAUGUCUGCAUAUUUUCAACCAAAAUCCUAUCUUUGUUUCCUAUUAUAUAAGAGAUUCUAUUUUUUGCAUUGUUUAAUACGUGAUAUAUAGAAGUAAGGUAUGUAUAAAUGCAUUUGUACAUCUGCAAUAAUUCUGUAACCAUAACUACAAAAUUUUGAUACACAUUUUAAACUAAUAAAAGACAAACGUGAAAAGACUCUCAAAGUGAAGAUACAAUUUUAAAUGACACAUUGUAUUUUUAUUUAUCAGUAGUGGAGGACUAGAUUGUAAAUUUGUGAACAAAGUAUACAGGGUAAAAGUAUAAUUAAUUUUUUAAAUUAUUAUUUUUUUUUUUUAUGUGUAUCCAGCACCAAACCUUAAACAAUAAAUGAUAAUGCUAAAUCCCAAACUUGGGGUAGAGUAAGCUAGUCACCCCUGGGGGAACAAGCGACACUGUGUCAGGGACAACCUGCAUGGAUUAACCCUCACUCGUGUGCGGUAAACAAGAAAAAAAUGGCCCCUAGAGCAAGCAGCCCUGGGGGGUCAAGAUAUAGGAAGUCCCUGGGGAACCGUGUGAGUUUAAAUUAAAACCUAACCUUUAAUGAUAAACUUCAAGUAAAAACUGUGAAAAUUGUAAAGCUUGUAAGAGACAAACAACAAGAUAAGAAGAAAGAAUGACUGGCUGGAGAGCCAGUCCUAAAAUAAAGGGGUGCCCAAAUUGGCCCUUUAAGAGCAUCCCAUAUAUUAAAAGGGUAUCCCCUAUCCAAGCAUCUGUAGCUCCUAGUGAGAGACCGUGGCAGAUUGGACUGGAGCCGUCAUUAUGCCUCUGACGAAGGCGCUGUAGCAGCUCCGAAACGCGUCAGGCGUAUGCAUAGACAGGCUUAGUUUCCUCUCUGUAGCCAUUCAGUACGUUUUUUUGUUUGUUUUUUUUUUGGAUCUGGUUUCUAGGGAAUGAUGGGGGGCAGGUAUGCGGGUUCGCCGCCAUAGAUCGUACCGCUGUAUGAUUUAUUUAUUUCUCCCCAUUUGUUACCCAGACACGCUGAGAAGUCAACUUAGACCUUGGAGACUUUUUUUCUUUUCUUUUUUAUGUAUGUCUACGUGAUUUGACCUACUCUCUGGGAUAAUGAGUUAUCUGGUUUCUACUCUGUUGCACGUUUAGACUAGCGUGGUUUCUCCCUUAGGUGAAGAUCAGCCUGCGAUUUGGAUAGUACAUCUGGCACGCUGGUCUCUCAUUUAGCAGCUAGACAGCCUGAGGCUGCUCUCGUAUCACAUUCCAGCAUUGAGACUACAACGUAGUGGGCGACGGCUUUUGCCACAAGUAUUAUUAGCGAUUAGAUACAAUGUAUCACGAAUUUAGCCGGCACUAGAUAUAUAGUUAUUGGAUACAGUGUAUCCCUGAUUUAGCUGGCACUUGAUUUUUGUCUACCCGUAAUAGCAUCAAUUCAAGUCACUUCUAUGAGUGGCACAGUCACUACGUGGCUCUCUUUAUUACAGCCAACCAGUAUUACUAUAUAUAAUAGUAAUGAGAUUUACACCGUAGGCACCCAGAUGUUUUGUCAGAUUUUAAUUUGAUACACUAGGACUUAGUCACUGGCUUCAGGGGCUCCAGUCCAAUCUGCCACGGUCUCUUACUAGGAGCUACAGACGCUUGGAUAGGGGAUACCCUUUUAAUACAUGGGACGCUUUACUUUAAUACUGGCUUAACGUCUCUCCAGCAUGUCAUUAUUCUCUCUUUAUCUUAUUGUUUGUCUCUUACAGUGUGGUUUCCCAAAGAGUUUCUUAUUCAUACAACUUGAAUUCAACAUUGGACCUAUUUGGUCAAAUUUACAACAGUUAAAGCGGUUUGUCAAAAGCUGAUUGUACCAAGUUUUUUUUUACAUGAUUAUUACCCAGGUUGACUCUGACUCUGACUCUUACUCUGGCCAAGGUUUUGGUUUGUAGAUUAAUACAAGUGUUUAGAAGGUCACAUUGUCUGUCACGGUCUGUGUUCCUACCAACAUUUAAGUUGCUGCCCAGUGCACAAUGGUUCGUGGUAGUGUGCUACAAAUUAUGGUGACAUCAGCUUUCUGUUAACUGGCAGACAUUAUGUAAUGUAUGAGAGAAUAAGGAGGCCACAUGUACAAUUUCUGGUGAGGUCAUUCGAGUGACAUCAUAAAUCAAGGUGCAUUUGCAGUUGUCUCAUUUUUAUGUUUUCAUGCUCCAGGGAAUCCUAAUAAAGGUUGAAGCCAGCCAUAACAAUGGAGAUUUAAUACAGCCUGUCUGCAGAAUACAAGCAGUGUAGCUACUUUCGAGACAAAGGAAAUCGAUUCCUAAUAAUGUAAAUUCAUUAUAGCAGCCUCAGUGUUGGCUUCUUAUUUUUUUUUUUGUAAUAAUAAGUUUUAUGGACACAAGCUUGCUCUGGUGUCAUGUUUAAUAGUACUUUUCUUUCAGAGAUCCAAGUGUAAAACAUCAGACUUACACAACUAGCUUGAAUCAAGGAUAAAGUCCAUAUCCAUGAUUACAACAAUUUAUAGAAACUUGCGGAUUCCUUACACGCUGCCACUUUUUUAAAUUAAAGUUUAUUGAUGUUUAUAAUACACAACAAACCAAACAUCAGAUAUUUAUAGAUUUGGUAUCCGAGGCAUAACUAGAAACUUCCGGGCCCUGGUGCAAAAUUGCCCUGGGCCCAUCAUGUGUGUAACCCCCAUUUCCCAAGCCAGACUCGGUUUCAUUCUUCCUCCAGCCUCUCAAUGUGUCAAAUUUUCAAUUCCAGCCCCUCAAUGUGUCUCAUUCCACCCCCCAGCCCUCCAUGUGUCUCACCCCCAGCCCCUCCAUGCCCCAGCCCUCCAUGUGUCUCAUUCCAGCCUCCAUGUGUUCCCAUUCCGCCUCCAUGUCUCACUCCAUGUGUCUCAUUCCCUCCAUGUGUCUCAUUCCUUUCUCCAUGUCUCAUUCCCCCAGUCCAUCCAUGUGUCUCAUUCUCAGCUUCUCCAUGUAUCUUAUCCCCCAGCUUCUCAUGUAUCUUAUCCCCCAGCUUCUCCAUGUAUCUUAUCCCCAGCCUCCAUGUGUCUUAUCCCCAGCUCCUCCAUGUGUCUUAUCCCCCCAGCUCCUCCAUGUGUCUUAUCCCCCCAGCUCCUCCAUGUGUCUUAUCCCCAGCUCCUCCCAUGUGUCUUAUCCCCCAGCUCCUCCAUGUGUCUUAUCCCCCCAGCUCCUCCAUGUGUCUUAUCCCCCCAGCUCCUCCAUGUCUGUAUCCCCCCAGCUUCUCCAUGUGUCUUAUCCCCCCAGCUUCCCAUGUGUCUAUCCCCCCAGCUUCUCCAUGUGUCUUCCCCCCCAGCUCCUCCAUGUGUCUCAUCCCACCAGCCCCUUUAUAGUAUCAUGGUCUCCCCAGCCCCACCAUGUGUCACAGCGCUGUAUUGAGCGCUCCCUUCCUGUCACCCAGAGACCGCGCAAGCCGGUGCUGUGUACCGGUCCUGAAGUUAUACCAGCCCAUAGGUCCUUGUGCGUUGGCAGGGAUCAACAGGGUAGCCAGGCCUCCUGCUGUGAUGGGCCCAGUCACAGCUGCGACCUCUGUCACUGUGGUAGUUCUGCCACGGCAUGAUAUAGCUUCUAUAAAACUUACUACACAGAGAAUGAAGCAAAACUGAUAUAAAAGAAUACAUUACAUAAAUGAAUCAUAAUAAAGUAACAAAUUGGUGCAUCUUGUAUCAGUUAUCAAGGAGUGAACAUCUGAUAACCUGUUAGGAACUUCUAACAAAGUAGGAGUCUGUGGAACCACUCUACACUAUGGUUCCUAAAUAUGGGAAAUUGUAGUUUUCUGGUCCGGUGUAAGGGCAGUUGCUAGUUCAUAAGUAUAAUUGGCUCAGCGUUUCUCUACCAGCAAUACCUUCAUAGGGCAUAUAGAUCCUUUCCAAUUUAAAACAAUGAUAUACAUAGCGGCCAAAGGAAUAUGAGAUGCCAAAGCCUUUUCAUAGAAUGACAGGCGUUCAGGGAAGUCCAAUGCUGCUACUUUUUAAACAUUCAACCUAGUCAGUAGCUCAAGUGCUAUCAAUUUAUAAUCAGAUGACUAGUUAAUGUGCAACAAAAUGCAUUUUUAAAGACCCAUUCCUAAAUUAAGAGUAUGCAAGUUUUACAUAUUACACACGCACUGUGUGCACGAAUAUUAACAGAUGUAGAGAUGCAUUUUCCUCCUUAGACAGAACAUAAUGCAACAGUAAUCCCCAUCAUACUUGAUCCGCUUAGAGCUGGGCAGUCUAGGAUGGAUAACCCCCGACUGAGCACUUGCUUUCAUAGGCCUGUGAUUAGCUAACAUAGCUAAUUCCAUUUUAAAUAGAGAGUAAAUAAUACAUGCAAUUUAUUCUCGUGAUGAACAUCAUCUGUGGUGGUGGCACUUGUUUGGAUAUCACCCUAUGUUGAGGUUAUCAUUAGAUUUGUGUGCUGUACUAUUUUUCAUAGACUAAUUUGACUAAUAAAAAUAACUUGUGCAAUAAAGGCUUUAUAGAUAUUUAUUUUUCUACUUUUAGCUUGUGUCAAUGCAAUAUCAUUGGAAUUUAAACAUCAUUUAUGUUUUGGGCCCCCAAACAGGAUGUCUGCAACCAUGUGUUUUUUUUUUUUUUUUUUGCUUUUGAAAUUAAUUUACCUAUUCCCAUGAACUUUCUUUCCUAGGUUUUUAUUACACUGGUCUCAGUAAACAUUGGACAAGCGUUUUAGUUCUUUACUUGAUACUUUCUUAUUAGUUGGUAAAGGUUCAAGUACAGAGCUCAGCGCUUAAUCCACUAUAUCUGCAUCCUGAUCUUUUUGAAUAGCAUCUAAGCCAUUGAUGUCAUACUUUUUCAGAAUUUAGAUUGUGAAUUUUUGCUUGUUGGAUACAAAUAAACAAUGAUAUAAUCUAUAAACUGAAUGCAAAUCUUAAAAGCUUCAUGAAGGCCACUCCAAUAACUGAAUUGUAUCAAUGUUUAAAAUGGAACUGUCAUGCAAAAAUAAACUUUACAUCAGGAAUCUACAUGGUUUUAGUGGAUUCAUUCUUGACCAUAGCAGUCAAGGCAAGUGAUUGGGAAACAGUACUUCUAUUUGUUAUUACUUUUAUUUAUUUGGGGGAAAGGGUCCGUUGUUGGAUUAGAGUACUAUUGAACUUGUUUUACAAUGGGGGGCAAAAAAGUAACUCCCACCAUACACUUACAUUUAGGGUCAUUGGUUUAGCACGGUCUGUUUUUACUGUUCUUUUAAUUUCUAGGGUUUCACACCCCCAAUAAACAGAUUUAAUGUUUUAGAACUGUAUUUAGGCUAUACAGAAUACAGGGGUAAUUAAUUUAAGUGCGAUCCAUGUUUGUAGCACUUUAUUAAACCUUAUAUAUAUAAUUUUAUUCCUAGUUCGCACAAGGAUUUUGUUUAUUUUUAAGAAAAUAUGACAUUACAAUUUUAAAAAAUUAAAACAUAUGGAUCUUUUAUAUAGAUGAUUAAAAUGCUAAAUAACCACAUGCAAAAUAUAAAGAUUUUUUUUAUUUAUUUUUUUUUUUAUUUAUGUAUGUAGUUUUUUGGGGUUUUUUGUGUUUACAUUCAUUUCUAUGCUGUUCAUAGUUAAAAAAAAAAAAAAAAUCAGUUGAAAUGUAUUUAUGCACAUCCUUUUGCCCAGAAAUUCGAAACUUAAUCCAAAAAUAUGUAAUGUGAUAUACACAUUUCUAAUAUUCUAAUCUAUGCAUUUUGGGGUGAUUACACCAAUAUGGCAUAUAAAAUAAAUAUGAACUCUUAUCUGACGCUGACUUUGUCACCCAUGUUUAGUAGAUGAAAGGUCCAAUUGAUUGAUCACACAACACCUUCAUCAGUAAACUGUCACAGAUUUUGAUUAUAUUGGUUCGGGAAUAAUUUGUGCUGUGUCGACAUUCUCCAGACUACACUGGCAUAAUUUAUCUCUGUACGGAUUAAGAAUAAAUUGGCAUGGUUAUGGAUUGCUAAAAAAAUUUUUUUUUUUUAAAUCUCAUUUUAUUUUAGAGAAAAUUCCCAUGAAGAUGGUUUUAGGUUUUAUCUCCCUGUAUUCUCUUCAUUAUAGCUGCAGCAUUAGGUAAUGCUACAAAUUGAUGCAGCUAUAAUGAGGAGAAUUGGUGAUGUCACAUAGGGAAAUCUUGUAUUUCAAUGCCAGUACAAAUUCUUGUACUUUGUGUAAACAAAAAAUGUCUUCAUAUUUUUUCUCAGCCUGUAGAACAGCUUCCUUUAUAACCCAUACACUAAGCUACUCCUCAAACUAACAGAUCCUGAUUAACAAGCUUAGCGUUGAUUUAUGGGAUCUGCACAUUACUCUCUGAAACACAUUGAUAAUAAUGAAUAGCAUUGGUUGAGAAUUCACAGCUGUUUACUAUUUCAGGCAGAAACUGUAGAUUUACAUCCAACAAAACAAAUUCUUCACAAUAUGGACUUGUUCAAUUUCAAGUGUGAUUUUUCAAAUUUUUAAAAAGUCUUUAAAUUAUGUAAUGGCAUGCAUGGGAUCAGGCUAUAAAACUGAUAACUGACUCAUUACUGAUAACCAUGGCUUGAUAAUACUACUAGGGAUUUCCAUUUACAUAAGAUAACAUCCAGCAUGCCUUGCUGUAUUCUGUUUCUAGAACUGAAUAUUGAAUAAGGAUUAGUGUUUCACACUGAGUUGAAGAUUUUGUUCGAAAUUUCCAAAAUUACAGAUCACAAUGGUAACAUCAAGUAUUAUAAUCAAAUGGGGUCACUAUCUGCAAACACACAUACAGACUGUAUGCUUAUUGCUUAAUGUUUAUAAUUAACAUUGUGCAGCACAGCAUUUUUCUUUUUGUCACUGAUAAUAUAUUGGUCUUAUUAUGACAUUUAUAAAAUUAUUCAAAAUUCCACUAUUAUCAUUAGAAUUUGCAUUGAACAUCCAAUGUAGAACAGAGAUUCUAAUAUGACAAAUUGGUCUUCAAUUGUAAAAUUGAGAUAAAGAUGUAAUUCGCAUGGGAGAAAAUUGGAUCAUCAUUCACUUUAUCCAUGUUAUGUACCAGCAGAGGGAUUGUGACAACUUUAUAAAUAUUACAUUGUGUGUGGAUUGUGGAUGUUGUUUUAUGCAUGCUGGUUUUUCAAGUACCAAAUGUCACACAGAUCUCUUGAUGCGUUUGUGAUCAAGAGAUUCUAAAUUCUCCUAAUUCUUGGUGGAUGUAAAACACCAGGGAUGUUUUGUAAGAUUGAAUUCAUAUGUUUCUGUAACUGAACAUGGAGUGAAAUAUUAUGUAACUAUUGUUUUUCAUCUUAAUAAUGAAUUACGCUAAUGGCAUAAAACGUAACUGGGCUCUUAUAGCAUUUUUUUUUUUUUAACAAGUUGGUGUAAAAGAUUGGUAUAGGUAUGUUUUAUUAAGUAGGAUUACUUUUUUGACAAGUAUUGAAGGAAGCAAUCUCUGAUUGGCUAAUGAUGUGUAAAUGCAUGCUUUUUGUAAUGCUCUGUGUUUUUUUUGUGGGGAUUCAAAUAAUCAUGUACUACAUGCAUUUUAACUUUCCAAACGUACUUACAAUAAAAAUACAACUGGAGGAUGUAGUCUUUUUAGAAAGGAAGAAUGCAUUUCUACUUACACUAUAUCGACUACAUGAUUCUCUUUGAGUAGAAAAGCAUCCUAAAGGGUCAACAAUCUAAAAUGUCAAAAUGCACAUUAGCCAGUGAUGAUGUAUGCAGGUUAAUAGGCUUGUGCUGCCUAGUUUUCAGAUCAGUGGGCAGAGAUGACAAAGGGCAAAUGACUGGAGGACGCAUUUGAUUUUUAAAACGUCGGCCAUUAAAUACAGACCUGGAUUUAUUUUUCUUUGUUAUUCUAUAGUUUAUGAAAUGUCACUGUGAUACUUUGAAGAUAAGCAGAAAAAGGGGGCGGGGGUGGGGGAAGCAGAAAAACCUUUUUAUUUAAAAAAUAAAAUAAAAAAUAAAAUAUGAGCCACUUGUAUUUAACAUUUACCAUAGCUUUUGUUUAAAUGGUAUAUUGUAUUAUUUCAUUGUUUAACAUAAUUUGAAAAUUCUGUGGCUAAAAAGAGAAUUAGAAACUAUUAUGAGAUGCCUCCAAAAUUUAAAAGUACAUGGUAAAUACCCUGUUUUUCACGAACAAGUUAAAUGUCCUGAAAAUUAAUUAAAAACAUUUAACAGUAAAUCCAAGUUAUUAAUAGGCUAACUCAAAGCACAGCUCUGAUGUUGGCAGCCAUAUGAAAAUCGACAGUUGACAUAUUAAUACUGGAAGCCUGAAAAUUGUAUAAAAAGAUUAGUAUGAGAAGCCAAUAGUAAAAAAAGCUGAGUUAACGAAACACUUAGAAUAAUCUUUGUACUAAAACCACUGGCAUCAAUUUCUACAUAUCUUACACCUUAUCAACUGCUGCAGGCUUAGGGAUUACAUAUAAAUUAGACAUGCCAGACACUUUCAUUAGACAGCUGACACACGAUCUCUAAAGAAUCUCAGUAAAAUUAGAUACCCCUCUCACUGAUUUAGACACAGAGGCCUACAUUCUUAAAUAUUACAAGGAAGACUUUAAUGCCAAUUUAUAUAACUAUAAUUAAAUGCUGAUACUUAAGCAUUCCAUUGGACAGACGAAAAUGCACCCAACUGAUUAGCUAGGAUUGGAAUUGAAAGAGGGUAAAAAUAUAAUGAUCAUAUUGCAAAUUGUACAUUGAGUCUGCACAUGAAAAUUCUAAGCGUGAUUAAGUAAAUUGUGAAUUAUCAGGAAUUUUAGGGGAACAUACCUGCCAAUCUUCCCUACCCACCUUCUGGGACGGAGUUGGGCAGUAAAGAGAGCAGACCCACCCAUCAAGAGGGUGGUCCCACUCACCUGUCCUUAAAGAGAGUGGCCAGGAUGAUUAACACCCUACCCUCUCAAGCAGACCAUGCUCGGAGCACUGCUCGAACACUCAAGGCAUAGUGCCCAGUCCCCUUCAUUUGAAAUCUGCUGUGAGGUUUCAAAAUGCAGGACAGGUUCCCUGUAAUUAUAUUUGCUGGUACAGUACCCCAAAAUAAAGGUUUGUCCCAGCAAAUCCAGGACUGCUGGCACCUGUGAAUGAAAACAAAGCAAAUUUAAACUUUAGGCCACAAUAUUGGAAUAGGAAAGUCUAAAAUUUUAAAUUAACUCUGAAUUCAUGACACUCGCCACUUUAGAGAGUAGUUCUGAAUGUCUUUAUUGCAUUGUUUGCCAAAUAGACUGAGAUUUCCAUAUAACUGACGACAUGUGAAAUAUAUAGGUUGAAAUAAAUAAAUGAACACAACUUUAUUAUUGACACAGAACACCCCGUCUUAAAAAGGAACAGAAUCUCUCUUAGAAACAAUGAGAUAUUAAUAUCUCAUGGUGAAUGUAAUUUGAUGAAUGUGAAACAAUACUCCACAGAGCAACUCCCUCUUGCCUGCUACUACUUGUAUCAUGGCCUCAUAAGAAUGAUAUAGGAUUUUCAUUAUCUUCUGCCCAAACCAACAGUAGCUGCUGUUGUCAUGCAGAAAGGGGGAUGGGUAUGAUGCACACUAAUACAGGACAGGGGUAGGCAACUUUGGCACACCACACGUGGACUAUAUCUCCCCUGAUGCUUUGUAAGCAUUAUGAAUGUAUGAGCAUUAUGGGAGAUGAAGUGCACAACAUCUGGAGUGCCCGAGAUUGCCCAACCCUGCUAUAGGAGGUACAAUAAGGGAAGAAGAUGCCAAAGAGGCAAAAGGGUUAUAAGUAAGGGGGGAGGGGGGGAAGGUGGGUAUGCUACGCAUAAGGAGGGUAAGCGAUACAAAAAGGGGGUAAGAUAUGCAAAACGAGGUUAAAAGACAGAAAAUGAGAAACACAAGAGUGGCAAGAUGGGGUAAAAUACCCAAAAGGGGGGUGGGGGGGUGCUGUGCGCUUCCCUUCUGACGGUUAAUCAAAUCUGGCACUCCCCGGUUCGGUGCGCCCUAAGUCGCCUAUAGGACGCGCCGGCCCUGAUUACAUUCUAUGCAUUGUUGCAGAGUAAUAUAGGUUGAAAAAAAGACUCAAGCUCACCAUAUUCAGCCUCCAGCCUUGUCUUUUUUGGUGGUUAUUUUAUUUUUUUCUGGACAAUCUGUAUUCCUUGGUUCAACACUAGUUAACUCUACUGAAAUACCAUUGUUUUUCCCAAAAAAAUAAACCAGACCUUUUUUAUAUAAAACUGCAUCUUUAGAAAGAGAAUUCAGUAUCCAUAUUGUUCCUUCUGUUAAGAUCUUUCAUCUGCUGUAGGUGAAGCAUAGACACAUAUUGAGGGAACACGAUGGAAGAUUGUACGUCCUCCUCAUAAACUUACUUUGGGAAUAUAAAACAUUUGUUAGGACAUGUGGACAUAUGCCAGUGUACAUGUCAACCUUUAGACCUGUCUUGUAUUCCCUGGUUAUUGACUAUUUUUGUAUUUGCCCAAAACUAAUUUAAAAUAAAUGCUAGAUUUGCUUCCCUAACAUCAAGUGAACAGGAAAAAUGUGUAUGUACCUAUGAAGCAUGCACACAUUUCUAAAUCUAAUCACUUUUGAACGCAGCAGCUGAACAACCUGUAGGGGAAAUAGUGCUUUAAAAAAAUUUAAAAGGUAGGCUAGAAAUCUGUAUAUAAAUAUAACUAGUUUUAUCCAUUAUUUAUUUUGUGACCGUUAUUUCUAUUUGAACAGGUAAUGUAACAAUAAACAACCUACUGUAAGAACAUUUUAUGAACUCCCUUUAAACCCACAUAUGAAUCAGACUGACAUCCGUUAACAACAAAUGUAAAACAUAGUACAUGUGUGUUUGACGAAAUAUAACAAAUGAGCGAACAACUUUAAAAAGUUGAGUUAACAAUCUUUCAUUAAGUGUAAUGGUUGAUAGUAAACAAAUUGAUAAUAUUUAAAUGAUAAAGAAAUAUAACAAUAUAUUAUGAUCGUUAUAAAAUGGCAUAAUUCGCACAAAUCAAUUCCCAACUCUUUAUUAAAUCAUUCACUAUCGGCAACAAUUCUACAUAAGUGGACUUUUGUUUCUCAUUGCAAUGAAAUGCAGAUAAAAACUUUAGCCCAAAAAGCCACACUGGCCUCAUUCUUUAUUCAGGAAUUAAAGGGACACAAACAUGUAUUCCUAACACUGUAGUAACCUGCUCAAUGUUUAAGAUACACACCCCACCCUCUCUGUGCUACCAGUGCAUCUAGUUUUGUUCAUCUUAUGCUUAAAAGAAAAAGUAUUUAGUGUAGAGGGGGUAAAAUACUCCAUUUGAACUCCUGUUAAAAUAAGUAAAAUUGUUAUAUUGCUAUUUGUAUAAUUCUAAGGUUAGAACCACAAUGGUAAUAAUUUCAGUGAGCAAAUUAAAUGUCCAAAAUGUCCUCUCUGUUAUAAUUGCAUUUGAAUUGCAGAUUUGCAAAAAAAGACUAAAAUAAAAUUGUGAGAAUGUAUGUUUGUUUGUUUGUUUACUAUUCACAUUUAUCAAUUCAGUGGUGAAUAGCUGGUGAGACAGAUAUCGAUCUCCCAUCAUAUCUUCCAUUACAAUGCUAAUGCAGUUAAAUACUUGCAGCUUUAUUCAAACAGGGUCAUGUUUGUCUAGGCUCUAGAGAGAUGGCUCAGAGAAUAUAUAUAUAUUAUUUUUUUUUUAUUUUUUUUUUUUAGCAAAAUGUGAACUUUGUGUAUUCACUAAUAUUUUGAAGGUCGAACUUGACCAAACACAUGGAGAGCAUAUUGGGUUAUCUGAUCAUCUUUGACCUUGCUAUGCUUAAAGCAAUAGGCACUAAGCUUUACUUGAGAUGAUUAUUGACCACUAUAAAUUUUAUUUUUCACACCUGCAUUUCUAGUAGCAUUCUGAUGGGGUUUCAUUUUUUUUUUUUUUUGUAUAACGAGAGCAUGCAAGGCACAGGGGAUAUACUAUGAUCUAGAGAUUUUAUUGAUGCCAAAAUUGUUGAAUUAGAAAAAUCAACUUAUCCAUAUUUAAUAUAUAUAUAUAUAUAUAUAUAUAUAUAUAUAUAUAUAUAUAUAUAUAUAUAUAUAUAUAUAUAUAUAUAUAUAUAUAUAUAUAUAUAUAUAUAUAUAUGUGUGUGUGUGUGUGUAUAUGAAACCAAGAGGUUUAAUUUUAAUUUUUUUAUUUAAGGGAACACUCCCACCCACUUCACAUCUUCAUCUCAAUUAAGCUAUCCAGGGGGCGGGGGUGUCUAUUUGCCAUUUAUAUCACUGGCGAGCCACUUACUAUUGAGAGUAUACACAGUACUAUUAGUCUCAAUGCUCUGACAGUGACACAGUAAUGCCUGCUGCUCAGCAAACCUUCUAGUUCACUGUGGGGGAUGGGAAGAACCAAGACAAGAGGCAGAGGUGCCAUGCACCGGGAGCAAACUUUAGGGUUAAACAUUUGGAAAGCUGAUUAACCUCUGAAGGUAAGGCUGCACCCAGGCACUCUUGCCCCAAUAACUGCUUCUUUAAUCUGAUUUUUUUGGGAAUGGACGUGUUCUCUUUUCGCUUUGGUUGCACAUUUGUUUUGUUUGUUAGUGUGUUUGCAGUCCAACCUAAUAAUAUUUCCUUUUAAUGUUUUUCUUCUUAAUGAUCUAGAACUGGUGAUUUAAAAUGUCUAACCUAAAAAUGCUCUUUCUCUGUGCCCUUAUAGAACAGUGUUUCCUAUAAAAUGUUAAGCUACACUAGUUAUUUAAUAUUUAUUAUAUGUACUUAAAUUAUAAGCUCCUUUUGGAAUACUCUGUUUUAGAUCCAUGAAUUACAAAGCACAGUUGUCAGUAAAUGCUGCACAAAUGGACAGGUCAUACCUUUUUCUUGGUGGUUCUAGGGUUAAAAUCAAAUAAAUGGUAUGCAUUAUUUAUCAAGCAAUAAAAACAAUGUGCAUGUAAUAGACUACACAACUGGCAGGAAUUGAUUGUUAUUCUGUCAUGACUAGCAGUGACCUAUCGGCUUCUCCUGCAUGCAUAGUGGUCAGAACAAGGGAAGGUUUUAAAGUCUGCAGAUUGAAUUGGCUGCAAAUUAAUUUUAUAAACAACAUUUGGAGAUGCCUUGGAGUAAUGUACAUUAUUAUUUAUGCCCUAUUCUUAAUGACGGAAUACUAUCUAUCCUGAGAUCUGUUGUCCCUGUUCUGGACACACCUCGUAAGCCUGUAUAGGCAACUCUGAAGCUGUUUACAUAGAGCUUGAUAUGGCUCUACUAAGAGAGUCCCACUCUUUUUUUAUAUUUCGCGUAGUUCCUUAUUUUACUGAAAGCACUGUGUAUUUGUUCUUAUCUUUUCCAGAUGUGAUAAUUAUUCCUGUACUCCAGUGCUAAUGUAUAUAAUGUGUGUUCACUGUGGGUGUGAUUAUUUUGUGUUCAUUGUAUGUAUCUCUAAGGUGAUAGGGCAAUACACCUUUAUUACACCCAUUGGUUAUUUACGGUUUGGAUUGGAAGCUCCAAUACAACAAUUUACUUUGAUUUUAAAUUUUCAAAAUUUUCCUGCUUCAAUGUGUUACGUGAGUGGUUAAAGGAACACUACAUACAAACAUGUAUUCCUGACACUAUAGCUCUAAGAUCUCCGAUUAGGCCCCCACUUUCCUUUCCCCCCAGUUAAAGUGAUUUUACUCACCUUAAUCCAGCACCAUGUGGGUCUUCUCGUGGGUCUUCCCUUGGCUGAGAUCCGCAAACUUGAUUAUCUCAGCCAUUCCAAAACGUUCCCAUAGGAAAGCAUUGGGAGGCUACUGCGCAUGCGAUGCAAAACACCACGCUGCGCAAAUCAUCAUGUCGUCAUGGAGAUGCAUUAAAUCAAUGCAUCUCUAUAGGCAGCGUUCAGUGUCUCCAUGGAGACACUGAAUGCACCUUUAGUGGCCAUCUGAGUGACUGUUGCUAGAGGUUUUCCUAGACAGCAAUGUUUAUGUUAAAAAGCCUGUAGGGCAAAGCUGUAGACACCAUAACAACUACAUUGUUCUGGUGAAUAUAGUGUUUAAAUAUAGACAUGUGCCACUUCUCAGCCUGCUUUUUACACAUAUGAUAAAUACCCAAUUGCUGUGUUCUAUAUUUAAUUAUAUUAAAGUUCUAUGUAGCUUUCCUUGGGUUAUUAAACAAAAGAAUAUUGCCUUUGUUUUUCUAAAGUAGGCUAUUUAAUUUAUUGACUGUUUAACAACUAUUUAAUGUUACUCCUAAAUCAGAGAGAUUAAAUCAAUCACCAUUAAAUAAUAUAGUUAAUGUGAAGUUUUAUCAGUUUCCAAUGAUGAGAUAUAAUGUGUAUUCACAAUUUGCUUCUCUUAAAUUAUUCCAUGUACCAACUGUAUUUUUGAAUUUUACAAUUUUGUUUAUUUUCUACAAACAUGUUUAAUAUGAAAACUCAUAAUCCGACAAAAUAGUUUUUCCCCAAGAUUGUAAUAUCUACUAUAUAAAAAUUAAAAUUAUAUAUGUUGAAUAUAUAUAAUAUAAUACAGAACAUUUGUCUUCAGCAUGCUUUGGGAGGCCUGAGAUAUUUCUAAACUUGCAGAUUCAACCAUUAUAUUUUACAUGUGCCUUUUUUUUUUUUUUUCGAUCAGUCAUAGUUUUGCUUUUUCUAGUCUGGCAGCUUCAAAUUCUGGUUGCUAGGAAACAGCCUCAGCAGCACAAAGGGCUCUCAGCUGGAGGGGUCACAUCUCUCAGCCCCAAAACAGCUGGGCAGCAAUUUUUUCUUUGCAUCUCUACUGUUGUUGCAACUGCCAAAAAAUUGGCUGGUACAUGGCUUUACUCAGUGACUAAAUUAGAAUCUUGGAAUAUUCACAACUAUUCUCACUGGGGAUGUGUUGUGGAUUUGAUUUAAGCGGUUUGAUGGUCUGAUGAAGCAUUUCUGAGGCAAGCACAUAAGCAUACAUUCACACCAGUAGUGAGCAAGUAGGUCCUGGCAUUAAAAAUGACAUUUAUUUCAUGUUGUAUGUUUGGUUUUUUUUUUGGUUCACCCUGUAGGAUAAAAAGUGAAAUGUUCUAAAAAAAAAAAGAAAAUAUUUUUUUUUUUUUUUAAGAGGUUCUUCAAUUGCUUGUUGUGCCUCUAUAUUUUCAUUUAAAUACUAUUGGGCACAUUACUUUUGCUGUUUUGUGCAUUGGGGAUGUAUGUAUAUUCCGUGCCAAACUAUAAAUAAUUUAAAAAUAAAAAAAGAAGGUACAUAUUCUGCAAUGAAGCCAUAAAGGAAAUUGAUUAUCUAACUGGGUGUAAAAUCACAAAUAGAAAAAAAAUAUAUAUCACUUUUGAUAAGUUGCUAUUUGUGUUUUAACAAGGGCUUUUCUAUUUAACUAGUGUCGAUUAUCACUUAUAAUGGCCUUGUAAUAAAGAUUUACCGUUGAUGAAACAAUGUUACACAUGAUUUUAUAUUGCUUCUGGUGUUCCUGUGUCUAUUAUACCCAUGGCUGUGCCAUCACAUUUACAUUUCUUGGCCAAUUAAAACCACACAAGUGCAAAUUCAAGCAUAAGGUUCUCAAGUGGAAAAAUCCACACUGCUUAAAUGGAUGCUAUAGUGCUAGGUAUGCAAAGUUAUAUGCCAGCACUAUGGCUCCCUUGUUAACAAUAUCUGGAUUUUACAGUCUGAUUGACCCCAUUUGCAGCUGAAUGAUUUUGCCUCAUUCAGUACAGAGCCAUUCUGAGUUUAGUGAAUAGUGUGUGUAGCCAUUUCUUUACUCGAUAAGAUCAGAAGUUGGUGUUUGUAAGCUGUGAUACAACUCCAUGCUUGAGUAUAAAACCUGGGUACAUAGAAGCAAGCAGUUGCUAAGAGAACCCAAGGAAAUGUGGGUUGUAAUCCAAAAGUGAGACUGCAUGCACAUUUGUAUAUUGUCACAUUGCAUGCUGGGAGACAUAUCACACUUUUCUAAUUUUUUUGGAAUUUGUAAAUCAUGCAUGCCAAUAUAUUUUAGGCUGUAUCUCAGAAAAAGAUUGACAUGCCCCAUAAGGCAAAAAUAACUGUAACAUGUUGCUAUUUUUGAAUAACAGAAUCUGUCAGUCAUGCUACAAUGGAUAUAUGUUGCCCGGGAGCAAUCAGGUUCUUUUUCUAGCGAAUAAGAAUUUAGAGGGAUUUUUGAUUGAUGAAUUGAUUUAUUUUCAGAAUUAAUAAAGUUUCAGUAAUUUUAUUCUAGGAGGCUAGCAUGUAGCAAGGAAACUAAAACAAACACAUCUUCUAUGAAAAAGAGUGUUUAGUGUAAAUAUUUGCAUACAACUCUUCAUAUCUUCAAAUAAAAUAUUAUAUCUUGUAAUACCCCUGGAUAUACACUUUGUUGACUGACUCCUGGGUACCUUGUGUACACCUCAAGAAAGUACAUAUAUCACCUUCAGUAACAUAUAUUUGAAAUAUGAAAAUUUAUAUGCACAUCAUUUUUUUUUUUGUACUGUUUAAAUUAAAAUAAAGCCCACUUCCGUUCUACUUAAAUUAAUUCCUAACCCACCAAAGUGACAAAAAAAUUUCACUGUGAGAGCUCCCGUCAGGUCUUCUCCCUCUUGCACAUAGAAUGUAAAUGUCAUCAUCUGUUUCCCACAGGCAUAGUACAAGAGCUUGCAGAGAUCACUGUACUCUGGAAUUUGGAACAAGAUCUGGGGGAAGUGGUGGGGUGGCUUUGUAUACAAUAUGAGAGCCUCCAAUGUCACUUGAAAUGGAGAUGCUUUGUGAAAUUAAAUAAUAAUAUUCUGGUGAUGGUUUUUGGGAAUUCCAUUCCCAAAACUCAACAAAAUCCUCAAUGAAGGAUAUGUGAUUAUUGUAUAAUUUUAUCUUUCUACAAUAGGGUACAAAAAUUAUAUUUAAGUCACUUUUUAAUAUUUCAGAACAUUAAAAAACUUGUAUACUUUAUAAUUGCUAAUAUGUCAGAACCAGGAACUUGACAGUAAAGUCGGUUUAUAUCAAGAUAUAUAUAUUUACAGAUGUGUUUGUGAUACUGUUUCUCACAGGAGCUGUCUAGGGUCCUGAAAUGUCACCUUUUUUCCUUUUUAACAACAUGGGAAAAAAAUGAGUAAUUACAGUCACCAAAAUAGGGAUACUAUUACCUUUUUUUUUUUGUACAUCUUAAUUAGAUGUUUCUUGUAAGUAUGAUUAUGUUUCUUUGUAACUUCUAUGUAUAUUAUAUCAUGAGGAUUGAGGUUUUGCAAUAUUGCACAAAUAAAAGGUUGUUUUUAUAGCAAUGACAAACCUUAUGAAUGAUAAUUAAAUAUUUUUGUCCUUGAAGAAACUUUUUUUUUAUAUAUAUAUUAUGUCCCUAGCUCAUCCAAUUAUUGUGUUUUUUGUUGAUAAACUAAUGAAUUCGGUAAGAAUAUUUACAAUUUGCAGUCAACUUUUUCAAGAGCUAUGAGUGCUUAAAAGGAACACUGUAGGGUCAGUAACACAAAAAUGUAUUCCUGACCCUAUGGUGUUAAAAACAAAAACUAUUUAGGUGGCUGGCCCUAAUUUUCCUCCUUUAAAAAACUUACCUUUUAUUCCAGUGCAGACCAAAUGCACCAUGUGUGCCUAGUCAUACCAUAAUGCAGUUCAAGCAACAGCUCUUAUGUUUAAAAAUUAGCCCACAGGGGAUCAAAAAGGUUAUGUAGAAGUGUCUAUUGACAUUUGUGUGUAGAUGUCUGCUUGUAUACAUGUCACACUCUGUGUGCAUGUGUAUGUUUUGUGUAGGUUGUAGUCACAGAGAAAAGGAAAAAGUUCCAGGCAUUGAAAGGCAACUUUAUUGGAACUACAGUGUCCAGCAACAACGUAAUGACCAAAAUGUCUUUCAAGUUUGAAAAAGACCUUGUAGUUGAAACAUUGCUGCUGAACACUGUAAUCCAAUAAGCUUGCCUAUCUAAGCCAUGCAUGGACCUUUUUCUCUUCUCUGUGACUACAAACUACUUCUUGGGACUUGGUGCUGGCUCAAAGGUUUUUUUGCACCCAGGCUUGUAUUUAUGGAUUGAGUGCAGUUCCUUUUUGGUUUUCGGUAUGUUUGUUGUAGUUGUCUUACUAAGUGUCUGUGUAGAACAUGACUAAGUAGCUGUCAAAUAAGUGACAUUAUGUGUGCAUGUGUCUUACACAUGGGGUGGGAGCAGCAAUGAAACACUCACUGUGUAGAUCACAUAGUACACAUUAUUCUAAAGAAGUAAAACUGCAAGUUUAAUAAUGCUUUAUGAAUAUACAAUAUACAAAAGUUGUAGGAUUUGUCUUGUAUAUAUUUUUAUGAGUUACUUUCAUCUAAAAAUAUAAAGUGACAAUGCUGUCAUUUUGAUCCAAUAUAAUUGAACUAUUUUUCAAUAUUUAUUUCAUGAAGCAUCAAGCUGGUGUACAUUUAUGAGUUUCUUAACUUAAACAUGUAUUGUCAGAUCGCUUGUGUAAAGCAUAUAAUUUAUUCUGAACGAAACUGACAGAUUAAACAGCUAGGAUGUCUGUAGUUAAAUAAUGCAAAUGCCAAGUUCAAACAUUGCUUGAAUACACAGUGUCCUUUCCUGGAUUAUAAUAAUACAUUUUAUUAGCUUAAAGCAGCAUGUAUAGGGCAGAAAUAUCCUCCUCACUUAAGGACUUAAUUCCAAAGCGUGAUAUAGGGGGGCGUGAUAUAAUUCUAAGGGAUAGAUAUUUUCCUAUAGCAGGCAUGUAAUAUUGUGAAAAUGGUCAGUAGUGUUUUAACUGGUUUUAUGUGUUUGUUUUGAAAUAAAAGUUAGGUAAUUUAGCAUCAGGCUUUUGUUAGUUUGUUUAAUCUUAAAAAAAAAAAAAAAUACACAUUUAAUCCAAAUUGUAAUGUUUUAUCAUAAGAAAUAUAUUAUAUAUGAGCAUAAUAUACGUCUCAGCUUAUAACAUCAAUUUUAACAAUUCAUUAUUGUUAUUGAAUUAUUAUUCAAUUAUGUGUUAAAGGAACAUUCCAAACAUCGUUACCACUACAGUGAUGGUCCUCCUUAGUAAAUGUUGGUGGUUACUAAGGAGCGUCAGUAGCCACAUGGUUACAGACAGAUUUUUCUAUAGUAGUGUAUAAAUCAGAUUUGUGCGGGAGCAUAACACACCAUGGGAAAAAAUGAGAAUACCAUCCGCAUGAUAGCCAAAGGCUGUAUCCAUUAUAAUUAAAACUGUUUAAUUCCAGUUAAUCUUCAUUAACAACAGCAUCUUAUUAUGGAUGAUUCAAUGCGAUUUCACACUCGCUAUUAGAAAUUUUUCACUGAAAACUGGACUGAGGACAUAUAUUGUUGAACAAGAUAUAUACAUCCGAUGCUCAGUUUAUUAGGCACACUUCUCUAAUACUUGGUAGUAGUCUCCCCUACUUUGUCAUCAGAACUCUUUGAAUUCUAGCAUGAAUUAAACAAGUUGCUUGAAACUUUUCCAAGAGUUCCUGCAGAAUGCCAACAUUUUCACUUCUAUCAUUAAAAUUAUAGGUGGGGGGUGGGGUAAGGUUGGGGUGGGGGGGUGGGGGGGAUUGACACCCAGAUGACUUAAUUAAGAUGAAGUAGUCUAUGUGCCUAUAGUGUCCCUUUAACAAGAAGCUUUUGCAUUUAUACCUGGAACUCACUGGAUGACUUUUCUCUGGAAGGAGGAGGGGGAGCUUAUGAGGAUGGUUGCACCAUUCGCUCCAAACUGUCGAUAUUUAGGGGAUCGGCAGAUAUUCAAAACCUCACUUUAGGCACCAACAAUCUCUCCAUGGUCAAAGUUCCUUAUAUCACAUUUCUUCCCCAUUUUGAUGAUUCUGAUUGGCACAAGCCUCUUCACCAUGUCUGCAGGCUUGUAUACAUUAAAAUGCUGUCAUAGAUAUUGGAUUAGAUAUCUGCGCUACAAAGCAUGCGUACCUCCAUAUUCCAUAGAGAGAAAUAGCUAAAGAAUGCCUAACCCUGGAUCUUAAGUUCUGCAAAUAUGCUGCUCAUGCCCCCGUUUGCUAUAAACAAGCCUGAAAAUAAGGUGUUGCAACAUUAAGAUCAAGUAAAUCAAAUUAUGAAACUGGGGAGAUAAAUUCAUUUUUUUUUCUUUGUAUAAGAGCACAUCAAACCUUGGGUCGCAACAAACACAGUAUGCCAGCCCCAGCCACUUUGGACAAGCCGACAAUGACGGAGUGAGUUACAUUUCCAGCUUUCAGGCAAUAUACCUGUGUAACUACGUGGCUGAGUCUGGUGGUAGAUAAAAUAUAGAUCUGAUUUAACUGGAUAGUGAAGCAGCCACUUGCUAACAUUUGGUCAACUCCUAAAACAAACAAAUAGUGAGGUCCACUAAAAGGCUGCUGUACCUAAAACUUCAUUAUAUUAGUAUUGGUAGAACAUAAACUUAGAAUAAAAUUAGAGGGGUAUGCCAAAUAGCCAAAGGCACAUGCCUAUGUGAUAUGUCAUGCAUUAAAUCUAUCAGUGGCUAUGUGAAAUUUCCUCCCCCUUUCUCCAUCCAACAAAGCAUGAAAUAAAGGUUUUACAAAACAUGGGAUUCUAUUGUUUUUUUUUUUUUUUUUUACAAUUCUUAAAGGGACACUAUAGUCACCCAGACCACUUCAGCUCAAUGAAGUGGUCUGGGUGCCAGGUUCCUCAGGUUUUAACCCUUCAUAUGUAAACAUAGCAGGGUUAAUCCAAACUCUAGUGACUGUCUUCCUGACAGCUGCUAGAGACGCUUCUGUGACGCUGGAUGCGAUUUUUGUAUCCAGCGUACAGGGCGUCCAUAGGAAAGCAUUGAGAAAUGAUUUCCUAUGGACUGUUUGAAUGCGCGCACGGCACUUGCCGCGCAUUCCGCUCUACUCGGAAGCUGACUGCGGGGGAGGAGAGAAGUGGCUGAAGGGGUUUUAUCCCUAAGGGCGCUAUAGUGUGAGGAAAAUGAGUUUGUGUUUCCUGACACUAUAGUGAUCUUUUAACCCAUUGAAUUGGGGGCUAUAUGGCUGCCCAUAGUCUUGUCCAAUCUCCUGUCUGGUGAGUUGGGUGAAAUAAAAGAAUUUUGUGGCCAACUAAACGUGCCAUCCAAACACUAAGUACAGAGCCAGAGGCAGCUGUGCUAUAUCAUGCAUGCAUCUUUUGAUGGGGGUUUUAGGACUUCACACAUGUACUUUAUGGUUAAUCUGUUUAAUCUGGCAAGUAUCAAGUUAAUGGGCAGUGAGUGUGCAGGGAACGUAUGUUCAGAUUUCUUUGUUCUACAAUUGCAGAAAAAAUAAUCCCAACGCUAAGAGCACAUUACUCAAAAGGUUGUUGUGAUAAACUUGUCAGCUCUGACACGGCUGCACAUCACCAGAUUUAAAUCUCCAUUUAUAAACAUCAAGAUCACAAGUUAAAAGUACUCCCUUGUUAUCACAUUUCAAAAUAAAUGAUCACUUUACACAGAGAUCUCUCUGCAGGAUAACUCCCUGUUUUGUGGUUUGUUUGUUUUUAGUGUUCUUUUAACAGAGCAGUGAUACUAAAGGGACUCUCUAGACCCCUAAAGCACUAUAACUUGCUAGAAUGCUUUCUGUAUGUCGAGUGUGUCUAUUUUCAUUUUAUAGAAAGUGCAGAUUUUUAUAUAAAUUGGCACUUUUAUGAAUUAACCAUAUUACACCUCCCUGGCUGUCAGACAACCGGUCCUGUUACUUUCUGGUUGCUUAGCUCAGUGGAGGUAAACUCAAGAGGCAGCAAUUGCAUAGAGCACUUGCUUUGCAAAGACUUCUCAUUGAGCUGAUUUGUGAAGUCUGUGAUUGGACAGCCACAGAAAGUCUGGGCAAGGUUAGCAGAGGAGGGCUUACAAAGAGCUUACAUGCAUGAUUAAGGCUCUAUGAAGUUGAAAUGUUGCACUGCUGAGGUUACUUCCCUCUAAUAAACGGUGACCACUUGUAUUCUGGAGUGCUGCCCAUUUUUAUAUUCUUCUAGAAAGAAAGUGUCUCAAUACCACAUGAUAUGCAAACAUAACAGUAACGUUUCAACACACACUGUGUCUUUGACAAGCCUGAUAUCCCAUUAACACCAUACCACUUAAAUACCCAAUUAAGUAUAUCAAUCAGUGUAUAAACUACCCCUAGGCUGAGUCAGUAAGUUAACUCUUUAUACCAUCAAAAAGAGCAUAACCUACAAAAUAUCAAUAUAGAUAACCACGCAUAUAAAAUAAUACUUUCACGGUAACUACCGUGAGAAAAAGAAAAUGUGUCAUAAAUUUAUCAUGACCAAAAUUACUUCCCUUAGAAAGAAAAUACAAAUGUAGCCUAAUCAAGUGAGAUUCAGGUCCGUAUAGUUAAGACACACUUAUAACACAAGGAAUAAACGUAUAGAUAAAUGUUGAUAUCAGUAAUGGUGUACAUAGUGCAACAUAAUUGCAACAUAGUGAUAUCACUAACCGUGUACGUAAUGCAACAUAAUUACCACAUGAAAAUAUGAGCGUAUAUAGAAAGCAGGGCAAUAGUAAAUAUCCUAUGUUGGAAUGGUGGUCUAGAAAAUAAAAAAGUUAAAUAUUAACAAAAUAAUUAUUAUAAGCAAUUGUUACAACCAAAAAGACCUAUAGUAAUGCAAAGUUAUAUCUCCUCAAAACAAGGAAAGGUUAAAGUCAGGAUUGAGUCCUUUGGGCUCCAGACAAUCCCAAGCAUUUUAAAUAUGUCCAUACUUUUAAUGACAAAUUACUUUAUUUGUAAAAUCAGGGAUGUCUUGGUACAAGGGUGCCCAAAAGGUAGAUCUCCAGACAUUUUAAAACUACAGCUUCUAUGAACCUUUGUCGUUCUUAGGGCAUUUUAAAGCAUCAUGGGAAUUGUAGUUCUAAAAUCUAUGGGGAUCUACCUUUUGGGCAUCCCUGCUUUAAUAUCUACAGAGAAGAUCGAACACCAUAGCAUCUACAGACCGCUAUAGAACAAGUCUCUCACACGCUUUCAAAUUCCAAAGAUUAUUUUUGAGAAUUGCAAUGUGGAGGUUCUCUGCAGAAAUUUGCAUGUUGACAGUAGUGGUUACCAAAGUGGUGAAAUAUGCAUCCUUCCUCUAAACCGCUCUUUGAAAUGUGAAAUGUUUCAGAAGCUGUGUCACUUGUCAAAACAUGUCAAGGAAGUCAUGCAGGAAACAUGAGUGGGCCAUUACACUGAUGAGCAAAGUGAAAGUAGCUGUGUUUUGUCCUAUUGUCUCAUGAGCUGCUGUCAGGAUUUCAUUUGGCUAAUUCUUUUAUUGUUUUUUGGCCCAAAUUCAGAUGCAUAUUUCCAUUUAUCUGCCAUUCAUGUAAAGUGUUAUCUAAGUAAUGUGUAGAAGAGGAUAAAAUACAUUUGACAGAUAUAAUCAUGAUUAUGGUUCUGGUUCUUUGGACAAAUGAAGAUGGUCACAAAUGCAUUUUACAAUCCCUAAACAGGACCUGAUCAUGAAUUGUUAGGAUGAAAUAAUGCUCAUUGCAAAAUAUAUGUAUAUGUUAAUCAAAUCAAUUGAACUAUAUUUAUAUUAUUUUACACAAAAUGAAUAUUACAUUAUUGAGAUUAUUUAAUUUAAAAUUAAAAUAACGUAAGCAACAUUUUAAUUUUUUUAUUUCGUUUUGUUUGGCAGCUAGGUUGUACGGUACGCAUGUCUAAUUUUAUUCCUGGACUUUUUCAAACUUGUUUAUGAAAUGCCACUCAGCAUUGGGAAGUAUGAAUUCGAUACAGUGGCACCACCAGUGUAAACAUUGUCCGUGAUGAUUACUAAAAUUGUCAGACCUGCCUGGGAAUGGGGCAUGGUCAUACAAGGAGCAUGUUAGCUUAGUGUUAGUGAAUACCAGGCUGACUGAGUCUUUCUGGUGGCCCCAAACAGGGCAGACCGCUCGCAGAGCAAUGAUUUAGUUCUCUGUAUAACCCUUGGGCCCUUAACACGAUUUGAUCUAAUGAUGCACUUGUAGUGUGCUUCCUAUGGACAAACCAAGGACAGCAAGACAGGAGUCCAAAAAGGGAUAGUCUUACCAGAUCCGGGACUGGUGGGAGUCUGUGAAUUAUACUAUGUGACUGCUUGUCUAUCUGUCUGUCUACUUAUCUAAAUUUUAUAGACGUAAGCAGCACAUUACAUUAUGGGCGCACACUAUGCACACAGAGAAAAGUACCACAUAGCGCUUACUUGCAGCGUUACUCCAACCAAAAAAAGUAGUGUUUUAAGAAAACUCAGCUUUUUGAUGGAGUAACCCUUCCUAGUGUGGACUGCUCCCCUCUCCUCAAAACCGAAAAAAAAAAUUAUAUAUAUUACAGUGAGGGGGGGAAAAAUUAUUUGACCCCUGCUGAUUUUGACUGUCUGCCGACUGACCUAUAAAUGAUCAGUCUAUAAUUUUAAUGGUAUGUGUAUUUUAACAGUGAAAGACAGAAUUACAAAAAAAAAUUAAAGAAAAAUGCAUGUCAAAAAAGUAAUAAAUUGAUUUGCAUGUCAAUGAAUGAAAUAAGUAUUUGAUCCCCUAUCAAUCAGCAUGAUUUCUGGCUCCCAGGUGUCUUUUUUUUUAUACAGGUAACGAGCUGAGAUUAGGAGCACUCUUUUAAAGGUAGUGCUCCUAAUCUCAGCUCAUUACCUGUAUAAAAGACACCUGUCCACAGAAGCAAUCAGAUUCCAAACUCUCCACCAUGGCCAAGACCAAAGAGCUGUCCAAGGAUGACGGGCACAAGAUUGUAGACCUACACAAGGCUGGAAUGGGCUACAAGACCAUCGCCAAGCAGCGUGGUGAGAAGGUGACAGCUGGUGCGACUAUUCACAAAUGGAAGAAAUCCAAAAUAACGGUCAGUGUCCUGGUGGCCAACUACAAGAAACGUUUCACCUCUGUGAUUGCCAACAAGGAUUGCCAACAAGGAUUUUGCCACCAAGUACUAAGUCGAAGGGGUCAAAUACUUAUUUCACUCAGUGACAUGCAAAUCAAUUACCAUAUUGCUGUAUAUAACAUUCAAAGUCAGCAGGGGAUCAAAUACUUUUUUCCCUCACUGUAUGUGUAUGUAUGUAUUAUAUAGUGAAAUACCAUGCACUCUUGCCAAAUGUUACUUUGUGUCAGGUGUCAGAUAUCGACCUUUAGAUACAAUGUAAAAUGCUAUAUCCGCAUUCACUGUCACAAUAUAGGCAACCAUACCACUUCAGCUCAUUGGAGUGGUCUGGGUGCAGUGUCCCUAUUGCACUUAGUGUUUACAUUGCAACACUAAGUCUGCGUAAGAAGCAUUAAAGGUAAAGUCCUCCUUCAAUUAUAGUAUAAUUUAAUUUUUAUAGUCUUGUGAAUAAUGAGAAAUACAGGUGAUACUCGAAAAAUUUGAAUAUCGUGCAAAAGUUCAUUUAUUUCAGUAAUGCAACAUAAAAGGGGAAACUAAUAUAUGAGAGAGACGCAUUACAUGAGCUGUGAGCCAUAAUCAUCGCACUUAUGACCAAUCACGGCUUGAACUAUCUUGCUUUGCAUGUAAUGCGUCUAUCUCAUAUAUUAGUUUCCCCUUUUAUGUUGCAUUACUGAAAUAAAUGAACUUUUUGCACGAUAUUCUAAUUUUUCGAGUAUCACCUUUAGACAAUAAACUUUCAGUCAUUCACUAAAGUGAGAAUUCAAAGUGAAUUUCACAUUUAAGGCCAGAAUAGCCAAACUUGAAAUAUUCGCUAAGUCAGAUAUGCUUUCAAUAUGGUUCAGUUUAGUCUAAUUAGCCAACUCUUGCUUUGGGCUAGCUAAUGUGAAUUCGAUGCAUAUUUAGCAUCAGUGGUCAGCACACACCGCAUGCUGGGGACAAACGGUUAAUGGCAGCAUGGCCCCACCCCCUGUGCUGACUUUUUCUUCCCCUUAGCCAAUCCUUCCUUACAUUCCUCACCCUUGAGCUAGGAAAAGUGACAGCAGUGAAGAAGGAUUGGGCUGGGGGAGAACUUGACCUCCGCAUUGGAAUGGAAGGGGAGUUUUACCUUUUCAACACACAUACACACACACACACACACACACACACCACCAUUUAUUUUGGAGAGGGAACUAGGAUAGGAAGCUUUAUUCUAACCAAAAACCAUUAAAACGACCAUUUACAUUCAGUAAGUUAACUGCUACGUUGAUUUUCUUCCUGAAUGUAAUCAAAUGAAUGAUCCAUUAAUCUAUUGGGGAAAAAAAGUCAAUGUAUUUUUUUUUAAGCACUGGAUUUUUAUUUCAAUAACAAACUGUAGCAGUUAAACAUGCUGCAAUUCCUGGCAGAGAUGCAAUUUGCUCAUAUCCACAUAUGUCAUGUCUGCACUAGCUGGAGAAUUUGCAGUGUUUCUGCAUCAUAAUGUGAACUGUGCCUUUAAAAAUCCCUAGAGUUGAAUGGGAUGCUGUUCAAAUGAAAUCUGCCGGCUUCACAACCGGCAGUGGACGUGAGGGGACUGUCAAGCAAUGUUAUUUCUCACAGCAUAAGAGCUUUAAUUCACUGCAGUCAAUUAUGCAGUUUGCCAUUUUACACAUUACACAUCACACCCUUACUGCGCUAGGUAAGAAGUACUGCAUAGAGACACUGAACCAAAAUGGAAUAGACUAGAGCUGCAUUGUGCUUAGUUUGAUGUAAAACCAUCAAUUCAAAAUAAUUAUUUCACAACUACACAAAGGACAAUGUCAGUCUCCAUGAAACGACCACAAACUUUCCUGUAAUGAUUAUACAAUCUCCCACUUGAUUAUGAAUUUAGAAAUUCUUUGUACAGUAAUUGAAUAAAGUUGAAACUCUAACAUAAUGCAUAGCAAUGUCGAUACAGUGUUGUUUCAUUCCUUAUGUAAAGAAAAUGUAUUCUGACAGAGCAAAAAGCUUUGCCAUCACAGCGACACCCUUGGCAUUUGCAGUUUCCUCUGAUCCACAUUUUACAAUUUAAUUACAUUGUAAUGCAGGGAAUGAAAGGCAUACAGGAGAAUAAGAAACAAAAAUGGAGGGGUGUUAAGAAAAAUGCUGGAUCCUAGAAUACCUGUAUUUUAACCCUUAAGCCAUUAAAGGGAUCAUUCUAAAACAAAAGGAUAGGAUUUUAUUUUACAUCAUCUGUAAACAGAUUGCUUGCUGUUACUAUUUUUUACAAAUUACGUAAAAAUGUUUUAAUACUAUUUUUUAUUCAUAACAAUCACAUCUCUUAAUAUACCACCAUAACAUCUAAUGAUUUCACCUCAGUACAGACUAUUCUAGCUGUAAGAGGUUACAGUUUGGGCAUGAAAUUGCUCUGUUGAUUGGGUCUCACUAACAGCAUAUUUUUGUUUUUUUAUUAAGUAGUUUGACAUGGGUUUUCAUGCAGCAACAAUAUCUAUUUAUAGGCUGUGAGAAAUAACCAGCACCACUUCAUUUCUCGCUUCUUAAAGCAGGCAUUCCAGGUGUUGUGGACUAAAAAGUAUCGGGGAGAUUUGGUCCACCAAAUCUGGAGUGUUGAAGGUUGUUAACCCAGCUCUAAAAAGAUUUGCAUCAGGAGAACUUCCAGACAGUUUUUUUUCACACCAUUUUUUUAAGUAAUCUCAUGCAAGACCAUUAAAGCCAUGAACCAAAAAUCAGAUCCCUAUUUUAAAAGUUGCGGGAGCAAUCAUAGCUGGGAAUUUUAAUGUAUGUUAACUGAUGCUUUAGAAAAAAAACUUUGUUUAAAAUAUAUUUUUUGGGAUUGUAUGAUUGCUCCACUUUUAAUAAUUUGUUACAUUAUCCAUCAUUUUGGAUACACUGAGAUGUGCAGUUACUAGCUGUCAUGCCCAAAGUUCCGGUACAAAUUCCUGUCAUUCUGUCUGAACUCAUUCUUAUUAAAACUGAUUCAACAGCUUUAGCAGUUUUCCUUCCCAGCCUACAGUGGUAACUAAAGUAUCCAAAGGGCCCAGAGCUUAUAAAAGUUUGAAAAAGUAAAACAAAUUUGAAAAAAAUGUGGUCAAUUAUAAACAAAUUAGGAGUAAAAAGCUUACAUACAUGAAGUUUAAGCAUUAAGAAUCCAACUGAUCAGUUUUCGCACCGAGGACCCCUGGGUUGUGUGUACGCCACUGCCACAACAUAUAAGUAUAUCUUUAGACUGGGUUGAAAUUUCAGGGAAAUUCCAACCUGUCAAUGUGAGUAUUUCAUAAAGACUUUGGAUGUUUUCCAGGACACCUAUAAUUUUAUACAAAUUGAUGGACAACAUACAAAAAGUGCUGCCCUGCAGUAUGUAGAAGUCAAAUGCUGCAGGUAGUAAAUCAGGAAUCCUGCAGCAAACUCAUCCAUAAUACAGGGCAGUAUUUUCAUUUGCUGCAAAUCAACAUGAUGACAUUAUGUGUGUCCAGGAUGAAAACAUUGUGGAUACCACAACCCUGUCUGUACUCCAAAAUUAAUUCAUUAAGCUAAAGUUGUUUUGGUCCCUUUAAUAAUGUAAAGGAAAAUGAGUGAUGGAUAUUAAGUGCUGCUGGGACCACUGCAGUUAAUAUAAUAACCAGCGCUACAACAUGGGUAGGCUUUGGCCUGGAUGACUAACAACUGAGACUAAUUGAAGUUGGACGAUUAUUCUACACUCGUCAGUGUGGUCAUGAUAGUGCACAACAGAGGAAAAAGUUUAUAACUUGCCUUUUAAGUUCAAGAAUUGAUUUCUAAUUGCAUUAACAUUUACUGCAGCCAUUAGCCAAUUUAUGAGAAGAUUUUUACCCACAAUCCAGACUGCUACUUAGCUUUGAUCCAUUGUAAAAAUAUUACGUAGGUUUUUGAUCCUGCAUUUUACAAGCAUACAAUCUUUGCUUUAUUGUCAAUAAACGUUAUUAAAUGGCUCUAUACUUUGUCUGGAGAUGUGUACAACGGAAACUAACUAAACACUGUUGUAUAUUUAUGAUACAAUAAAACUUAAAGUGCCUAUUAUUAUGGAUCAGUUGUGUCUGGCAGGUUGAAUUAAACAUAGCAUGCAUCUGAGAUACAUACAGAUACAUUUGUACUUUUCCAGUUCCACAAAGAUCCUUGGGUCGUGUAAAGACCUGAUGGAAGUGAAAACCAGUCUGGGAAAUAUUCUCACAUUUCCACUGAUGGGAAUAGGGAGGUCGUUAAUGAAGUGUGUAAGGUCACACGCUACAGUUACUUCAAUUUGAUUUGAUUUUUUUGAGGCAUUUACAGGGUAACAGUUUCUGAAAUGUUUGCUAGUUUUAUCUAUUUGUGUGAAAACAGAAACACAAAACAAAGCCCAAGACACUGUCAAAAAUACAUUCACAGUCUACUGAUCAGGGCAAAUUUAUAUCUUGAUGGCCUGUAGGCUCUGGACGUUCUGUAACCUGAAUUUUAGUGCCUUAGGUGUGUGUAAAGAAAGAUAAAGAUAGAAGAAAGCUCCUUAAUACAUAAAAACUUAAAACCAUAUACAAAAAGCAUAGCUGAAUAGUAUCAACAUAAAAUGAAAAUUGUAAAAAAAUUAAAUGAAAAAUGGAAGUGUCUUUUAAAUUAUUUUUUUUAAACGUUCCUUCCACCAAAAUUCUUCCACUCUAAAUAAUUGAUCAAAUAAAAUAUGGCUUGUAGGGAUUUUAAUUGUUUUAGGCUUCACUUAAAAAUAUCUUAAGAAAUUAUAUUUGGAAAAAUCUAAACAUGCACAUUGCCUGCCUUUGUAGAAAUGGAAGCUAUGUUGCAAAGGAUUGAUUAUAUCUGCUCAUUUCAGCACCAACAUUGACACCAGUUGUUCUGCCAGUUUCCCUGGCAGUGUGUAAUUACUGACAGCAGGGCGAACAACAUAGAGUAUGAUUAUUAAGUACACAGCAGAUAAGGAUAACUUGUGAUGACUCCUGAACCAGCAAGGUUGUACUUAAGAAACUGUCUUUAUUUUUAUGUGGGCCAUCAGUCUCGAGACCAUAGAUCAGCUACUACUGUUUAUUAUCUACAUACACUAUACAUGAUGCAUGGGGUCUCAUGGAUAAGAGGAAUAAAGCAUCCAGCUUCAUGCUAUAUACAAAGUAUCUUCACAGGAACCUCCAACUGUGGCAUGAAGAUCUUGCCUGAGCUUUUAAAUGUGCAAAUAGUAGGGAAGAUAAAUGGAGACCAUUUUAUUGUAUUCUGAGAUUUGGCAUAAAAUCAUCAUUGCAUUAGUUUUUUUUAUUUAAAACAUUAUAAUGUUAAAGUAUUGAAUACUUUUUAUUUUUCCCAAGGUUGCACCAUACCCUUAUAAAGUCCUUAAUCACAGGCAAGAUAUUUUAUUUUUAUUUUUUAUUUUCUUUCUUAAAAACAAACAUUGUCAGGGGUAUUGCUAGGUAGCAACAUACAAGGGGUUUCAGCCCAAUGAUCAGUUUAAUAGUCACUCCUGCAGUUUACCUUAAGCCCACCCAAUCUCCACCUAAUGAACCACCCAAUGACCCACCCAUGGCUCCACCGCUGACCAACUGACACACACAUACACUCACACACAAAAUGUUACUCCUAUACAUACACUGUUGUACAUAUACACAUUUAAAUACUCAGAUACACACAAACGAACAAUAUUCUAUAAAGAAAUAGGUUAUGUCUAUCAGUAUUGUGAGCUACAUUAUUGAAAUAAAACGUAGUCUUUUUAUUAAUACUAUUAUCCAUAAACAUAGACUUGUGUUUUUAGUAGAUAUGAAUGAAGAUGCGGUCCAUGGGUGUUUUUUAAUUUUUUUUAUAUAUAUAUAUAUAUAUAUAUAUAUAUAUAUAUAUAUAUAUAUAUAUAUAUAUAUAUAUAUAUAUUUAAAAACACCCAUGGACGCAUCUUCAUUCAUAUCUACUAAAAAUAUAUAUAUAUAUAUAUAUAUAUAUAUAUAUAUCCAUUUAUGUAAUUCAUUUAUAAAUUAUUUAAUAUUGAAAGAGGGUCCUUUGCAACCUAUAACCUAGCUUCCGCAUUAGCCUGAGCAACGAUGGCGGGCGCCACUGACCGGCAAACAGCACUGCCAGUUUCUGUCUAUCACUGCCACCCAUAGAUUGUUUUAAUUGGUAUGGAUACUGGUAUUGGUAUUGGUAUGGGGUGUAAUCUCUACCUUAGCCUUAGCACCAGGUUGCAGGUACCUGGUGUGUAAAACCAUUCGAAAAUAGUGCGUUCCUUAAUUGUAUUAGAUUACUAGGUCUUUCCUUUUACAUUUAAAAUUUAACAUACAUAUAUUUCAUUGACGGGGCAGUCUCCUCUUCGCAGCUCCACCACAUUAUGUGACCUCUAGAUUGUAAACUCAUUUGAGAAGGGUGUUCCUCAACCUAUUGUUAAUGUAACAUUUUUUAAAUUGUGUUCUUUAUUGUUAAAUUUCACUCUUUAUAGUUAAAUUUCACUCUUUAUAAUAUUGGAAUAAGACGGCGAUAUAUAAAUGCCGAAAUAAUAAUCAUCAUCAUUGCUGCACUUUUAUAUAAUUGUUUCAUUUUGAUUGACAAGAAGAUAUUUCACAGUUGAUUGAAAAGAGACUACUAUUUAGAACUAAGGAAUAGCACUUCUUAUUUUUUAUUUUUUUUUGAGACCAAUAGAAUUUUUUUUUUUUAAUUUUUUUUUUUCCAAAAAGAAAAGAACCACCUCUUCUAUGAGAGGCUAGAAUAUGUAAUUAACAAUAAUUAGCCAGUGAUUGUCCCACUGGCACAGAUGGAUAACAGUGUGUGCCGUGUUUGUCGGGGGGGGGGCGUUCAUUUACAAGCCAGUAAAAAAAAAAAAGGGGGGGGGUCAACUUAAAAAGGUGAAAUAUUGGAAAUCUUGUUUGUGGUUAAAAACCUAAUCACAUUAAAAACAGUUUUGAGCAUAGAACAAAAAAAAAAAGUCGUACAUGUGUCUACAGAAGCCUUUCUGAAUAUAUUCAUACAAAAGAACUGACCUGAUCCCUAAAACUGUGAAACCUUUUACUAGUAGGUCAUGUAGGUGUAACUGUCUUAACAAUGUUUGAUGGCUAAAGAUGCCCACAUCGUUUCUAUGCUUGCUGGUUAUUGGAAGCUCAUGACAGGACCAGAUGGGAGAGGUGAAGAACAAUAGAAGAGGUGUGGCAUUUCUCCUAAUAAUUGCUCUGCCAUUGUUUGUGACAGCCCUGCUGUGAGGGGAGGUCUCCUAUCCAGCCUGUCUUUGUUUUCCUAACUCAGACAAAAUGUGCAAUUGCAGAUUUCCAUUGCCUCUAGGCUUCUGGAUAUGUUACUAUAAAUACACAGUAUAAUGAGCUGGUAAAAUGUGAUUCAAAUUAGUAGCUUGCUUCCCCUAGCAGUAAUCUGUUAUCUGCUCUCUUCCCAGCUCCUUCAGACAUUUCUCCCUAGAAGCUCAACUAAGCAUUUAAGAUUAUUAACUCAUCAAAUGCUGGUUGGGAAGGGGCAUCUACUCUGCUUGUUAUCUCGAGUGAAAAUUUUUACUGAUAUUCUAGAAUUGCAAAAAAAAUAGGAUGCUGACAACUAAAAGAAAUGUCACAUUGGAAAUGAAAAAAAAAAAAAAAAUAGAUAUGUAUUUUUUACUUCCAAGAUGCUGACAUUGUUUCUGGGGUUUUAUAUAUAAUGUAUGAUUUGUGUCUAAGGGUCUUGUCCGUACACUUUGAUUUUCAAAGAAAUGCAAAGUCACCUUAAGUUGAGUAUCCAAUCCUUUGUUUUCAAUUGGGGUAACUUCCAAGGCACUUGUUACUGGGUUUCUCACCUUUUUAAAGGGUUACGCCGACCACCAUGACCAUUUCAGUGAUUUUACCUGGUCAUGGUGGAAGGAGUGUGUUUGUGCAAUGUUUCAGCUUGAAACCCUCCUUCACUGUAGCUUUCCCACCUCACUAUCCCAACCGAAAUUGUAUUUUACCCCCACCCUCCCUCUUCACCUCCCGGCUCAGAGUGCACGCAUCAAAGAUUUGGACAAAUCAAAGACUUCUCUAUGAGAAACCCUUGAUUGGACGGCUCCUGUGACAUUAGUCGGAGAGCAUCAGUUGCUCCGCUCGGCGCUGGAUUAAGGUGAGUAAUGUCUGCAUUUAGAAAUCUUUUCAAGCUUAUGGGGGUUAGGGGGUGAUGUGGAGACCAUGGUGAACAGUGUCAAUAGGGCAUUUUUUAAAAUAAGUCUUGUAGAAACCCUUUAACAGAAGUGUGUGUAGCUGUAUGAAAUGAAUGAAUAUGCGAGAUGGUUAUUCUUAAAAAUGUUGUAUUGAAUUACAUGUUUAUGUUAAAAAAAAAAAAAUCAAUAAAGGUUCAUCAAUAUGUUAUCACUGUGGAAUAAUAUUUCUGCGCCAUGGAGUGACUUUAGAUUGUCAUCAGCGCAAGCUUGGGUGAAUGAUUUAAAUGCUGCAGGUAUUCUGAAGAAAACAAAAAGGGCUGAUACUAAAGCAGAGAAUCAGAAUGUAGAUUUGAUAUCAAACACUUGACUUUUAUAGGUCACUUUUUUUUUUCCUAGUCUUUGAAAAUGUCUUGCACUGUCAGUUAAUUUUUUUUAAAUAAAUGCCUUUUUGUAACCGUGAAUGCAGAACAUACAAAUCCACCAAGUUUGUGUAUUACCAAUGUGUUGAUGGGAAAAAAUGGAAUGCAGGAAAAUACGGAGAAUGGACAACAGCUCACAUAGCUUGCACUUUUACUGGAUUCCCACUCAGAACUGGUUUAACUCCUCUUGUGCCAUUAAAAGAGAAUCUAGUUAAUUUGCAUAUCAAACUGAACCCAUCCAAAAUGGUGGUUCAGAUCUGAAAUGCAGAUCGACUCUCAAAAUAGAUUCACGUAUCAGUCCUGAUUGCUAAAUGCUUGAUACGUCUAGGAUCUAAGCAUAUUUUUGGUUAAUGCAACCUCCCAAAACCAAUUCCAACCUUAUCCUUACAACUACGCUUGCACCAACUCUGUGUACCUGCCAUAACCUUACCAUAUCCUUAAAUGUCCUACACCAUUCGUAAACCUUACACAGCAAUAACCCUAACCCAGCAUUAGUCAUUACCUUAUCCUAACACUUACCCUACACCUAUACCUACCUCUACCCCAUAUAAAGGAUUUUCUCUGCUAAUAUCAGUACUCCUAUCAACACAGGGAUUUAUAAGCUAGAGCAGUAGAGCGGUUUGUGACUGUUUUUCAGCAUGAUGAGGGCUACUAAAUAAGGUAAUAGGUGACCGAGAGUCCCAAGUUGGGUCUUCAAGGCAUGAACACAGAUUUUCUUUCUCACAUCAGGACUUUAGAAUGUGCCAAUGCGUUCUAACAGCAUUAUAGCCCAGGCUUUCUAGGACAUUAUGGCAUGUCUUAACAUUAAGAGUUUAAUUGGUUCAUGAGUAUGUCUCCUGCAUUAUUCCAGUAGCAAUCUACCCCAUCUGCCAUAAUGCCCUCCUUUCUUGUGGAUAGUGUCAGGGAGUUAAAGGACCACUAUAGGCACCCAGCUUAAUGAACUGGUCUGGGUGCCUGGUCCAGCUAGGUUUAACCCUUCUUUUUUUUUUUUCUAUAAACAUAGCAGUUUCAAAGAAACUGCUAUGUUUAUAAUAGGGUUAAUCCGGCCUCUAGUGGCUGUCUCGUUGGCAGCUGCUUCCGCGCUGUGAAAAUCCCAGUGAGAAGACGCCAGCAUCCAUAGGAAAGCAUUGUGAAUGCUUUCCUAUGGACUGGCUGAAUGCUCUUGCCGUGCAUGGGCAUUCAGCCGAAGAGGGGGAGAGGAGGCGGAGUUUGCAGUGGGGGUUGUAAUCUUAUAACCUCCCUACAAAUGGUGUUUUACUCAGGCAUAACACCCAGACAGUACAAACAUAUACGGGAGUGUUGAUUGAUUGAUCAUUGAAGUGAGAAUUUCCAAGAAUUCUAAGGGAAUGUCAAGUUUAAGGCCAAAAUAGCUGGACUGGAAAACUUCUUCAUUUAAGCCAUGCUGGCAGUUGGGCUAUUAAAGUCUAAAAAAAUUAUUCACUUUGAAUUCCUGGCCGUUCCAACUUUAAUGAAUAACCUAAUAAAGUUGCAACCUGACCACCUUUAUUGUGUAUAUUAAAUGUAUACGUGUGCAUAUUUUGAUUGUGGGUGCUAGUAAGAGAUUAUGGUUCCAAUGAAGCUGUACCCAUACAAAUCACUUAUUAUUGAAAUAUGAGUGCAGAGAUCAUGCUCAUUUAUUUCAAUAUAUUAUAGCGUGUAAUUGUAUGUUCGUGGUUGGUCUUCAGCACAUUUAUCAGAGUAAUCAGAACAGCUGCAAUAAAAACUAUUUAAUUUACUCUGGUUAGUAGAUUAAUGGCCUCUUAUCCUUCUUGUACAGGUCACCUGUCUGCAUGAUUUCUUUGGGGAGGAUGAUGUAUUUAUUGCCUGUGGACCAGAGAAAUUUCGAUAUGCCCAAGAUGAUUUUUCUCUUGAUGAAAAUGGUAAGUUCAAGUACUGUACACCCCCAAAAAAGACUUUGUUAAAAAGCAGCACUGUUGGGUUUUUUUUCCAUCUGGUUUUCCAUUUCCUUGUUUCCCCUGUAGUUUAAUGAUUAUACUCCCAUUUUCCAUGUGACUUGGUAUUUGUUAUUGUUUCUUACUGGUGCUGGAUCUCAAUAUUUGGGUGCACCCAUGUUGUUCUCCUCGGUGCAUGAUGUCUGCUGUUUGCUCUUCUGUGAGAUUCGCUUUACUAAUGGAUCUUGGGUAAAUUUGAUUGGCAAUUGAAACGGAACCUUGCAUAAGCUUCCCCCAUUAUCAAGUUGUUUAGUAGUUAGCAAUUUUCCUUAUAUAUGUUAUAAAAACUGAAAAAUAAGAGAUUUAGACAAAUGGAGCUUUGUGGAAACAGAUUAGCUAAUGUGUAUUUUUGUGACAAAGCCACUCUAAUAGUAAAACUAUUAAGCUAAAUAGGCACCCAGACCACUUUAUCUCAAUUAAGCGAUCUGAGUGAUAUGUCCUUCAUAUUUAACCCUGCAACUGAAAACCUUGCCAUUUUGCAAGAAUGUGUUAACAUUGCAGGGUCAACACGCGUCUUUUGGCUAUCUUCCUGACAGCUAUUAGAGGCACUUCCACCUUAAUAGUCGAAUUAAACUUGGCUAUUCAAUCAUUGUCUCAAAGAGACCAUUUGAUUGGUGGAAAGAGGUGUUUUGACGUGCAUGUUUACUAGCUUUCCAGUGUUUGAUGAUCUCAGUCAGGAAUAUGGGUCUUCGGUACAGAGAUCAGUGUGCUAUGGGAUAAAGGUAAGUAAGUCUUACCUUGGGGGCAUCUAAACAAGUAAUGGAACACUAUGGCUUUAGAAAUACGUGUUUUGUGUGUCUCUUUAAGCAGUAUCAUAUGAUCUGUGGGAUAUGUAUGACUAACAUGGCUGUGUCUCUGAUGGGCCCAGCAGUUCCUAAUUACAGCCCUGUCUGUUUUACCACACGUGUCUUCCUUCUGAAGACUAUGUUUAUUUCAUUUAGAAUGAUAACUACUACAUCUGAAGCUCUACUCUUUUUUUUUUAAUUUUUUUUUUUCUUUACAAACCACUACGUGUAAUGUGACUGUUGGGUGACCUUAUGCAUCAGUGGGCUAUGCCAAUUAGUAUUCUGAUGCUGUCCCUACAUUUACUCAGCAAUAUAUUUAAUAAGAAAAACGUGUAGGGAAAAUGUAAGGCUGCCUACAGCCGUGUCUUAAAAAACAAAUCACUAAAACAAAACUAAAAUAGAUUAUUUAACUAUUAAACGGUUACAGAAAUACAAUUCUGGAUUUUUUUAUGCGGUAUAACAGUCUUUAAUUUGUGGUGUGCUCAUUCCACAAGUAAAACCUGGUUUAUCCACUAUAUUUUAUUUGUAAAGCUGCGUUUUGAUGCCUACCUGAUCUGUUAUGGACUCAAACAGUUGUUAGCAUGUCCCCUGCUGUCUAUCCUGAUAAAUUACCACAGGACUGGCUUUAAAUGGACACUAUAAUCACCAAAACUACCACAGAUUAAUGUAGUUGUUCUGGUGUCUAUGGCCUGUCCCAGAAAGCUCUCUGAAAAGGCAGUGUUUACAUUACUUCCUAGUAGCACCUCUAGUUGCAGUCACUCUGAUGGCCACUGGAGAUGCUUCCUAGUCUAGUGCUGCAGUGUGCAUCAUCUACUUUAAGUCUUCACACUCUGCAUGGAUGAGCUAAAUGUACCCCAUAGAGAUUAAUUGAUUCCAUGCAUCCUCUUUGAAGAGAUACUGAUUGGCGCAGUGCUACAUUUUGCCGUACAUGCGCAAUAGUCUCCUAAUGCUUUCCUAUGGAGAUUGAUGAUCUCAGCUAUGAAGACGAGACAGGCGCCGGCAGAAGAGAAUAGGCAAACUUAAAUAAUUUUUACUGCAUUGAGGGGGGGGGGCUGCUCCAACACUAUAAACAGCCACUCCAGCACUAUAGUGUUAGGAACACGUGUUUGUAUUCCUAACAUUAUAGUGUCCUUUCCAGUAAUGCACAUGUAUGAUCAUACAGUGUGGGCUCCAGCCAACUAGUUAUUUUUGGGUAAAUGCAACUCAUCAUAUUUAUAUCCAUUUUGCAUUUAGAAGGUACCAGAUUAUCAUAGUCCAAGACAUGUUGGAAAGAUUUUGAGGAGCUUUAAUGUAGACUAACAGGUGACAUUUUGAAAAACAUUCUGUUGGUUUCCUUGGUGAUUGCUCUUAAUUUCACACUUGACUGCGUAAUAGUAAUCUUUAUAUGUAUGGCAGGAUUAUUUAAUACAUUAACAGGGUUGCAAUACAAAUUUCUAAAUGGGUGGUAAACCUAUCUUUAUUAUUGUUUGAUCCAAGAAGCAAUCGAAAUGCCAUUCUGGAGUCAUGAAGGAUUUUCUUAUCCCAUUUUGUGACAACUAGAAAUUGCUGAAAAUUUGUUUUGUUGUGUUUUUUUUUCUAUUUACUUUUGGAUCAACAGCAAAAACUGAGUUGUUUGAAUGAUUAAACUUGACAUUAAUCUUUAAUCAGCCUAUAUAAUUAUUGUUGUGUAUUGGGGUUUAUGCAGUCCACCUUCCAGUAGAUGGCAGCAUAGUGAAGUUAUGCACUUGUUCUGUUAGUCUCUCGUGUGUGUGUGUGUGUGUGUGUGUGUGUGUACUGAAAUAAAGAGAAGUUCUAUUUUACUACAAUGUCUGAGAGCCAUUUUGUGAAUAUACAACAUGCAAAUACUUUAAAAUUAUAUGUUAUGUUGUAAUGAAUGUUAGUAACUGAAUAAACAAACACUCAGAUGGCUGACAUUCUAACGUGCAAAUAUAAAUGUAUUCCUCGGCAUCUCGCUCCAGAAAACACUAAAAUACAUUUCUGUAACUUGACUCUUUUACUGUAAGUCUGACAUUCGUCAGAUUCUUAGUUUGCUGAAAAUUCAUUCCUGGAGUUCAGUGUGAAAAGUUGACAAUGUGCAGAUAUUACUAAAUCCUUUUGUUCUGCCUAGUCUGCCAUCAAACUUCUUUGCAGGAAAUGUUAACGGUAAGCCUAGAUAUUGUUGUCUGGCAAGACAGGGACCACAGAUUCUCUCAGGGAAUGUUAAUUGCAUAUGAAUCAAACAUCAUACAGAUUGUAGGUAAUCGUUUUAUAUGGAACUCAUGAUGGUGAUGUCUGCAUGAUUCAAGUGAUUCCUCCUCCCCUCUGCCUCCUCCCCCCCCCACAGCAUGGCAUUUUAAAGAUGCAAUACCACGCCUUUAAACCUUACCAAUUGACAUGCUCUUUAUUCAUAAAGCUGGCCAAUAACAUACCACUGUGUGCUCUUAACUCUACAUUAUGCAGUAAGUAGGUGGAAUUUUUGGUCCAGUAGCUUGACCUAUGCAUAGUCGCCUUCUCGGCAUACCCUUUUAAAACCCAUAACCCUCCAAUAAGAUUCAGACACCUUGUUGUGGGAAAAAUUAUUACCGCUUUUAUUUAAAAGAUAACAUAAAUAAUUUAAUGUAAUUGUAAACAUAUUUCAACAUUGCAUAUCCAUCCCCAUUCUUUUUCACAAUUCUACCCUAUAAAAUGACCCACAUAACAAUAACUGAUAACCAUUCGAACAUAUAAUACAAUAGUAUAUAAACCAUUGCCACCGAGAGCAUGAUUUUCCAAUUUUUACAAUGUAGUGGUAUACCAAGAUACACCCUACACCCACCAGAUUCAGAGCUACCAAUAAGCUCGAACCUAUCAAAACCAAUUCCAAUUUAACUGUUUUUGGUGAACUGAAACUAUCCUACAGCUGAACAAACGACCUACACCCCAACUUUUUUUUUUUAUCCACCUCCCGCCCCCAUGACCAAACUGGUACUUAAUACAAAAAAGGGAAGGUGGGACAACAACAGGUAAGUGAGGAUUAGUUAAGAUGGUCCCUAAUCUUAAAUGGCCCCUAUAUAUACUCCCAUAGCCAAAACCCCUCCCCUACUUUCUCCUAGCCCAUCCCAAACAUUACCCAUAGUCUUUGUCUGCCUGUUAGCCAUGUCAAGGCCCAUUGUACUUUGUACACACUGACUGAUCAGAGCAAGAGCGUCAUCAACCUCCCUCCCCUUAGUGUCCAUGAAGCAGGGCAGAGAGGUCAGAGAGUGUAAUUUGAGACUCGUGCAUCCUGCCAGCACACCCUGUGUCUCAGGGAAAUCUGUGUGUUACUUUACAAUAAAUCUGAUGCAGGGAAAAGUGGAACAGAUGGCGGGACACAGCUCCAAAAUCGGGAUAGUCGUGCCUAAAUCAGGACAGUUGGGGGGCAUGUAAGAAUGUCCUAGUAAAUGGAAAAUGAGGAGUCAGAACUUUUCCUCCACUCCAUGUCGUCUAAGGCAAAGAAAAGUACAAUAAGGAUGUGGAAUUCUCUGCCUGAAGAAGUGGUUUUAUCUGAGUCCAUACAGAUGUUCAAACAGCUACUAGAUGCAUACUUGCAAAAACAGAAUAUUCAAGGAUAUAAUUUUUCAAUGUCGGGUAAUAACUGCUUGAUCCAAGGAUAAAUCUGACGGCCAUUCUGGGGUCAAGAAUGAUUUUUUUUUUUUCCCCUAGUUUGUUGCAAAAUUGGAAGUGCUUCAAACAGGUUUUUUUUUUUUUUUGCCUUCUUUUGGAUCAACAGCAAAAAACAAAUGUGAGGAAGGCUGAACUUGAUGGUCGCAAGUCUCUUUUCAGCUAUGUAACUAUGUACAGGUGCCCCAAACCGUCCCAAUUUUAGCAGGACCGUACCCAUUUGAGGUUCUAUCUCACCAUCUCAAUUUAGUUCUCUGGUACACAACAUGCCACUAAAGAUAAGUAUACUGCGAAUGCUUCAUUAGAUACUUAAGCACUGUGCACCAGUACUGGGACCCUGCAGAAAGCACUCCAGCAGAGCUCUCUGGUUCCUGCAAUUAAGGGCCUUGUCAGUCGUUCAAAGGCAUGGUCUAAGGGUGUCACUAGUGUCACACUUCAUGUCACUGGCAUCGACUCCAUUCAGGCGGACACACAUCCUGAUCUGAAAAUCUCCCAAUCUUAGGAUAUAUGUAUGUAUAAAAUGUCAUAUUUGAAGGUACUCUGUCAUAACCAAAAUUCAUGGUUGGUCAACUUCAGAUCAAUACGUACAUCUAAUCAAUGAAUGGUACUUGUAUGCUUUUAAGUCAUACAUUUGUUGUUGAUCAUAUAAGGAGUUAUGUACAAACUUUUUGAAAGUGAUGUAAAAAGGGGCAGAGUCACUAAUAGAAUGUGUUUGCUGGUUCCACACCUUCAUGGUAAUGGUACAUGCAACCACUUUUAGCAUUAAAGUAUCCACCAAGAUACCCUCAAGUUAUCAGGCUCAGGGAGUUGGGCUGAUUAGAUUACCACUACUGCUAUAUGUUUCAAGAAUGUGUUCCCAGAAUUUUUUACUAAACUCAUGUCUCUCCCCACAGAGUGCCGGGUAAUGAAAGGGGGGACUCCAGCUCCCCAAGCCAAGCCCACAUCCAGUUCUCUGAAAAGUGCAGCUAAAAGUCCUGCACCAACACGCCGCAGUAAAUCACCUGCUGAUUCAGGUGAGUAAAUGGUUAGCUACUUGUUUAACACCUGGACUCCCAUAAUACUAAGGUGUCCAUAGGUGAUCAUGCAAAGUUUAUGUUCUAAAAAAAUGGCUUGCAAAAUUAUACCAAAAUUAUUCCUAUUUCUUCAUAUGCACAUGCAGACGGCAAUCUGUGAUCACAAAUUAAAUGUUGCAGAGAAUAAAAUUAACUUUGUUUUUAAAAACAAAGUAGAUAGAUUGAAAUCAUUAAAGGGAUAUUCCUGGCUGUAGGGUACCAAUUCCUGUUUAAUGCGUGCAGGUAAUACGAUAGUAUACAUAUUCAAAGACAAUAAAAUAAAAAGAAUACAACUUUAAAAGAAUACUUGCAUUUGAAGUUUCUGCGUUUAUUACAAAUGAAUAGGUUUUGCAAUUUCUGCAGUGAGCUUGGCACAGGCUCAGCUUACUUUCUACAACAGUGCUAAAAUGAUACCAUUAAUUUUUUUGAUAAAGCAUGGGUUUUUAGGAGUUGUAGUUAAAUUGCAUGUUUACUGUAAAAGUAAAACCGCUGCUGAAAUAAAACUCUGAGAGUAAAAAAAAAAAAAAAAAAUCCCAUAUAACUGUAUGGAGAAAAAUAAUACUUCUUACUAAUCAAGUAAAAGAUUAUUUUAUUUUGAAAUGUCCCUGCAUAACUAAUUUUAACUAUACAUUAUGCCUAGCAUAUCAUGUGGUUUCACCUUUAAUUUCUUUCUAUUCCUUUAAAAAAAAUUCACAACAAAUUCUUACCAUUCAGGUCCUUUUAUAAUUUUUAAAUGUCUGUCACAAACCCAGUUAAUUAAUACAGUGUUGUUGUGUUACAUUUAAUUCACAAUUCUAAAUGUACACGAUUGAACAUACUGUACAUCUAUUAUGCAGUGCUAACACUUACACUGAAAGAUGCCCUUGCCGCACACUGACUUUCAAAGCACAGCAGGAUACUUAGUAAGGGAGGAGUUAAAAUUUAAUCUCAGAGACAAGACAAUCUAAUCAGUGAGGCAUGUUUUCCGGGCUUUAAUUUCAUGCUUCCUUAAUGGCUGGGUUGGACUAGGGAGACAAAAAUAUUUCCACAAAGAGACAGCAAUUAUCUAGUACAAAUACAUCAUGUCAGUCAGGUCCUGACUUCACAUUCUAUUCUCAUGGGCCUGUAAAGAUGGGUAGCUUAAGAACACAGCAGAUGUCAUCUUUAAGUGUAGACUGGAUACUACUGCAAAGGACUUGUGAUAUUUAGUCUGUGGUGGUAGCAAAAUUAUUACAGUUUUAUUCUCAAAGGGCCACUACUUCCAGAGGGCACAGCCAUUCUUAAGAACCCCCAGCUAGUGUUGCCUGUCUUCUAAAAUAAAAUACAGUCUAUGUAUAAUUAAUAGCUGCCUCAAGCUAUAUUUUACAGGUGCAUAGUUGCUAAUAUUUAAAAAAAAACAAUUUCCAAGGGCACUUUGUGGCAAGUAUACACACAGAUAUACAGAGACACGCACACACAUAUAUGGUGGCACACACAGAAACAUAUACACAAUAAUCGUCUAAGGCAAAGGAAAGUUUUUUUUUUGUUUUUUUUUUACUGUAAUAACAAUCAGGAUGUGGAAAUCUCUGCCUGAAGAAGUGGUUUUAUCAGAGCCCAUACAGAUGUUCAAACAGCUACUUGAUGCAUACUUGCAAAAACAGAAUAUUCAAUGAUAUAAUCUUUCAAUGUAGGGUAAUAACUGCUUGAUCCAAGGAUAAAUCUGACUGCCAUUCUGGGGUCAAGAAGGAAUUUUUUUCCUAGCUUGUUGCAAAAUUGUGCUUCAAACUGUUUUUUUUUGCCUUCUUUUGGAUCAACAGCAAAAAACAAAUGUGAGGAAGUCUGAACUCGAUGGACGCAAGUCUCUUUUCAGCUAUGUAACUAUGUAAUAUACACACAGAUACAUUAAGUGAAACACUGCCAUACAUAGAUAUGCACACACUAGCAAACUCACACAAAACAAAUCAUAAAAUAAAGAAAAUACAUAUUUCUAACCACAUUCCUCCAGGCCCUGGUGUACCUACACUGUCUAGAAGACCAUCAGUAGUUGUGCCCAUGGGAUCUGAGACAGUUGUUGAGACUCAUUUUUGCUGGGACAGACUAUUAAAAGUAGACAAAAUAUUUUAAAUUUAACAGCAUGUGCAGUAAAGGAGGGUUACAUUUCAGAACUCUCCUUUACAGGAAGUGUUAGGAAGGCUGUGUAGGUCACCUGAGGGGAGGUGUGACUAGCACUUCUUAAUGAAAUUGAUUAAACUCCUAAAUAGCAGAGAAUUGAGCAGUGAGACUGCACGGGCAUUGUCUAUACACCAAAGCUGCCUCAUUAAGCGAAUGUUGUUUUAUGUCUAUAGUAUCUCCUUAAAAGAACAAAAUGCCCUGCUUAAAUAAACCUUUCAGGAACAGUGUACAGUCAUAACUUAUCUAUAUAAAAGCAUGCAAAAGAUUAUGCCCCAAAAUAUAUAUUGUACCUCCACAGGCUGCAUGGAUGUGACAAUUUUGCCAGUUGUCACCCUUAAAUUUAAUUCGGUGCUUCCAAGUGAGGAAAGAUACCUACGACAUGUAAAACAAACUGCUGUUCAUUCAGGGGUUUUCUGCAAUUCUGUAUGGAUUAAUAGAAGGAAACAUAAAUAGAUUCCACAUACAACCAUAGCUAUAGACUUGCCAAGUAAUUUACUGCUCUAGAGGGAAUCCCACAGAGACUCCAGAAAACUCAUUAAUGGUCACAGGGAGGAAAAGCUGCAAUAUAACCAGUGAAAGAUGGAGACUGACUGACCAGAUGGUUCAAGGUUUAAAAUGACAGAAAUAGCUCCAAUAGCGCAUUAAUAUGAAAUAGAUGGGCCAUUUAUCUCUCUUAAACAUAAUAUGGAAUACUGGGCUUUGCUCUAUGAUAUAUGAUGGUUAUCUCCCCUCUUACAUAAGACGCAGUAGAGAUGCAUGUAUUUAAAUGAUUAUUUGCAGGUAAAGGAUGUAGGCCAUUUUUGUUCUUAUGUAAAAAUGGCACCACAUAAGUUACAUGUUAUUUUUGUAACCAUGAAGAAAAUGUCAAGGGAUUUUUUUUCAUGCACAAGUAAUUUCUAGGCCAUUGUUCUGGUCUUUCCUAUCCCUCCCAGUUCCUCUCUCUUGCAAGAAAAAAUCUGAUCAUAUGUUUAUUUGUUGAGCACAAAUAGGUUGUAGUGACAUAACAUGACAAAGUCCAGACUAUUGAUCUUUAGGGUGUUGGCCAACAAUGUUACUGAAACACUACAAUAAAAACAAGCACACAUAUUUAGUAUCAACAUGGGGACCUACAAAAGACUUUUAGAUUUGCAAUAGUUGGGUUUCUACCUUUUGGCUACCCUUACUCCGCACUGCUACCACCAAUUGAAAUUAAAGGUUAAAUAUUUGGAGAUAAAAGCACUGUUGUAAAAUGGAUGGAUGCAAACAAGCUUCCGAGUUCAAUUUAUUCUGGGAGCACUUAUCCCUCUGUAAUCCGGGGCAGCAGAAAAAGUGCUGGUGUAAUUUAGCAUUGCUGGGUCAUGGAGUUUUCAACAUAUUUUCAUGUAUAGCACCCCUCACCCAGUUGUUACAUCGCAAGAGGCAACAGUGUACUUCUCUCAUUAUUUCCUAAGGGGUAGAACAUUUUCUUUAUACCAGUGAGUGCUAUGAACACUUGUUGUUCCAGAAAAACUCAGCUAUGCACAAUCUUCUGAAUCCAAUUCCCCUAGACAAGUACAUCUUCUCUACAAAAAUACCUUGCUGCUUGGACCAAAGGCAUGUGUCAAAUCCACUACUACAUAUUUUCUUGUAUUGAAAGGGUUAGCAAUACCAAAGCAUGGAAUUUUCUACCAGUGAAAUGAUGCCCGUUGACAUUUUAUUUAGAACUCACCUUUUUUAAACUUUAAAAUGUUUGGAUUGCUAUUGAAUUUCAUUGUUUUUUUUGUUUUCACACUGGUGAUCUUUUUGCUGAAAUGUCAGCAGCUGCCCACAUAAUCUUACAGGCACAGUGCAUUUAACAGAAAGGUAGAAAUACCAUCUUUCGGCUGUCCUCCAUAUAUCUUUCAACCUGUCUCUUUCGGUACAUGUCACAGGCUGAGUCAUUUUUUCGAGACUGUCUAUGUCUGGCCUCCAGCAGGUCAACUCAUGCAUUGCCCAGACUGUAAAUACCAAGAAAUAUAAUAUACUUAGGCAUUGUCCUGGGAUUUGACAUACCGUGGAGCCUAAAAAAAACAGAAUAUAUUUACAGAACAUCAACAUUUGAAAAUGUGUUAUAACAAAUGCUGGGGGAUAUGUAUCUCUUAAAUCUUAAAAUUUAUAGGUAACAAUUUGGUAGAAAAAAAACUGGAUUGUGCUGGCGUCUAAUCUUUAAAUUCUAUUUAUUCCUUAAUUCAUAGCUGCAUUGUAGACUUGCUAAAUGUUUGUUAUGCUCUUAAUGAUCAUUUAUAAAAAGAGACUUUUAUAUACACAUACACAAUCCGCUGUGACAGACCUAUAUCCAUGGGAGGGCCGGCAAGGAUGGAAAUGAGGCAUUUGUCCAUGUGUCACUACUAUAGAGGGGUGGUAGUCUACGGUCUUACACCAUAUGUCUUUGGACUAAAAUAGGAAGAGGUGUUGUGGGAUGUCUGUUGGUGCUGUUCUGCAGCGUGGGCUCUGAGCCAGCUACAUGGUCCAGGCAAAGGUUUCUCUAUGAGAUCUUUGUAUGGACCAGAUGCGGCUCCCAUGAUGUCAAGUGCCAAUCGCAAGUAUAUGCUAUAUACUUUUUUUUUUUUUGUUUUUACUAGUUAGGGGGAUCUAAAGAAUAAUGCUCAAUAUGGCAUUCUUCAUUUUAAAAAGCGGUGUAUAAAACGUGAGCUGUAGUAACCCUUUAAGAGCCAUAUCCAUGCCUCUCUUCACAAACCGUUCCAACUCUGUGAGCCAUUAUGUCCAUGAAAAAAGUUGCUGGAAACAAAAACAUCCCCAGCAUUAAAUGCAGUUUUUUUUAGCCAAGGUACUUAAGCAAUGGAAAAGGGGUACAGUAGACUGCUUUGAUCAUCAGUCUGAUGUCAAAAGUGGGGGGGAAAAAAACACUAGUCUCAUGUUGCCUCUCCACUACCUGUAGAGAUUCACACCUGGGACUUCAGCCCACAAAGCCCAAAAAACAACAUAUCUGUCCUGCCCAAAACAUAGCAGUUCGGCUGGGGGAAGUGGAGGAGACCUCCAACAAACAUACCUGCUAGAUUGGAGAGCUUCAGGCGGCGGUGCACAGCUUACAACAGCAAAGCCUGCAACAUGAGCAACAACUACGUUUCCUCACAAUAGGUUAGUCUUCAAACUAAAAGAAAUUGGUCUAGAUUAAUAUUCUUGUUCUUGGGUAGAACAUUGGCUUAAGGAUAGAGUACAAUGAGUUGUCAUUAAUGGUAAAUUUUCUGCCUUAAGAGGUGGUUUUGUCAGUCUAUACAGAUGUUUAAACUGCAAUUGGAUAAAUACUUGCAAAAACAUAACAUACAGGGAUAUAGUUUCUAAUUAGUGGGGUAAUAGCUGCUUGAUCCAAGGAGACAUCUGACUGCUAUUUUAGGGUCAAGAAGGAUUUUAUUCCUAGUUUGUUGCAAAAUUGGAAGCGCUUCAGACUGGGUUUUUUGCCUUAUUUUGGAUUAACAGCAAAAACAUAUGUGAGGAAAGCUGAACUUGAUGGACGCAAGUCUCUUUUCAGCUAUGUAACUAUGUAACUAGCAACACUGGAAGACAAACGCUGACAAACUGAAAAUUAGAGGUGUUGCGGACUCCGUACCAGAAGCAGAGUUCCCACACUUCACUAGCUGUUUACUCACCGCGCUGCUAAACCCGAAGGCGGCCAGAGCGAUCAUGAUAGACUGCAUCUUCCAGAUACCACGACCACCUAAUGCACCACCUAAUGCCCCCGGAGAUUUGGUAAUCCAGUUUCAAAUCCUAAAAGAUAAAGCUGCGGUCCUUGAAGCCACCAGGGGCCAACCAACUUACCCUUUCAAAUAAAUGGCACUGUCCUUCUAUGUGGACCUCUCAAGUGGGAUGCUUGCAUGGCGCAGGUCCCUACACCACUUCACCAGUCUACUGCAGCGCCACCAUAUUAAAUACCGAUGGGGACCAGCCGCACUCUACACGUCGCAACCGGAGAAAAGUAAUCCAUGACCUACAAGAGGCCACAAAGGCCUUGGGCAAGCUCAACCUUCCUAUGGACUCACUCACACAAUCAGAGAUGCAGCCAAAGCCCCAGAGUUCGUGCCAAGAAGACCGCCAGCGGAACCCUACGCAACAGCUACGACUUGAACCGGGACUCUCACCCACAGCAUUUUCACAGGGACGUUUUCCCCCCACACAAGCCACCACCGCUACCCUUUGGAACACAGCUCAAAUGUGGUGACUUUACUUUUGUGGUGACUUUAAUUAAUAUAUAUAUAUAUAUAUAUAUAUAUAUAAUAUAUAAUCUCCUAACUUGCAUUGCCAUGACAGUAUAUAUGUACUGCGAUGCUUUUAAACAGACAGUUAACGCACUCUUAUCCAGCACCCUGCAGGGCUUAACUUGACCAGCUCAGCAUAGACGGAUGACCCGCAUACAUCUCUAGUAGUGAUGUACCGAACGGUUCGCUGGCGAACAUAGCAUGUUCGCGUUCGCCACGGCGGCGGAACAUAUGCGCGGUUCGACCCGCCCCCUAUUCGUCAUCAUUGAGUAAACUUUGACCCUGUACCUCACAGUCAGCAGACACAUUCCAGCCAAUUAGCAGCACACCCUCCCUAGCAGACCCUCCCACCUCCUGGAAGGCAUCCAUUUUAGAUUCAUUCUCAAGCUGCAUGAUUAGUAAGAGGAGGGAAAGUGUAGCUGCUGUUCAUAAGAUAGGGAAAAGCAUAGCUAGGUUAGGGUUAGGGUAUGCUUUUUUUUGAUUUUUUUUUCUAUGUAAUGUAAUUGCACUUAGUUGUCUGCCACUGCUGCCAGCUUCUGUGUCAGGCUCACAGUGCAUACUGUGCCCAUUUCCCCAGUCAGUGCCACCACUUAGAUCUGGUGACACAAAGCUUGGAUUUAAAAAAACAAAAAACUUUUUUCACUGUUAUAGAUUGAAUAGCAGUUAGUUAUCUUUAAGCAGGUGUGUCAGCUCUACAGCGUGUACUCUGCCAGUACGCUGCCACCUCCUCUACUCCUCCUACUCCAUCCUCUUCCAUAACCUCCUCGGCUUAGUCCUCUUCUGCUGCUGCGUCUUGCUCCACAUCAGCGGAUAGGGGACGUAACAGUGAUUAAACUGAUAACAAUAGUACUAAACACACCACUCCUAUCUGGUGGCACAUUAGAUUGCACGCGCAGUGCCCCAAAUUUGUUGUGAUCUGUGAGUAAGGUAAGCGGUUGUCCAUACAAGUAGGUUGCAGCUUUUUGAGGGCCCACACCACCGCUAUGCACUCCUUUUCAAUGGCAGUGAAUAUACUUCGCUGUGCAAAAGUUUACGGCUUAGAUAAGCCCCGGGUUGUUAGCCACCAUCUGCUCCGACUUGGCUCAAUACUGCUCCCAAUCCAAGCAUAGAAGCGUCUGUAUGGACGAGAAAGUGUUUAGUUGGAUCAGGAGAAGAAAGUACAGGUGAUUUAAUGAGCGCCGUCUUGAGCUGUUGGAAGGCCUGUUCACACUCUGGGGCCCAUACUACUAUCUUGGGGAGGUUUUUACACGUUCCUAUAUAGCACUUACUGGGCUUUAGGGUCAGUACGGACUCCCUAAUCCGGUCUAUUACGGCUCCUAUGUGGGUCAGGUGUUCAGGCCAGGAGCUGCUAAAAAUGUCUAUACCAUCCAAGUAGGUGUGUAUCAGUGUGUAUCAGGGAUCCUUAGGACAGGUGUCAAUCCAUAUCUGCCAAGUGACCCUAUGUUGGGGUAACAUUCCCUAUUCUGAUCUGUGUCAGUGUGUAUCAGGGAUCCUUAGGACGGGUGUCAAUCCAUAUCUGCCAAGUGACCCGAUGUAGGAGGAACAGUCCCUAUUCUGCUCUGUGUCAGUGUGUAUCAGGGAUCCCAAGGACAGGUGUCAAUCCAUAUCUGCCAAGUGACCCUAUGUAAAAAAGGCCUGAUGAGAUGAGCUGCCUUGGGCUAAAAAUGGUCCACACGCUGCUGUAUUUUAGCUCUGAAUGCCUGUUGACUUGCGUGACUUAUCCACCACCAACUAGGGUUCAAGCCGCCAGUGUGUACUUUAUAAAUGGCUUUAUAAAGCAGUGUGUACUUUAUAAAUGGCUCCACCUGCCACCCGUACAGCAACACAGUCUCCAGUUAGGAGGACCAGCCAAGCAUCUUCUUCCAUCUGCCUGUUACAUAAAUUACUGCCGUGUACACGACCACUGAUAGGAGACGCGGAAGGUAUUAAACUGAUAAAAAUAGUACUAAACACACCACUCCUAUCUGGUGUCACAUUAGCUUGACCGCGCAGUGCCCCAAAUUUGCAGUAAGAGGACCGACCAAGCCUCUUCUUCCAUCUCCCUGUUACAAAAAUCAAUGCCGUGUACACGUCCACUGAUAGGAGACGCGGAAGGUAUUAAACUGAUAAAAAUAGUACUAGACACACCACUCCUAUCUGGUGUCACAUUAGCUUGACCGCGCAGUGCCCCAAAUUUAAUGUGAUCUGUGAGUAAGGUAAACGGUUGUCCAUACAAGUAGGUUGCAGCUUUUUGAGGGCCCACACCACCGCCAUGCACUCCUUUUCAAUGGCAGUGAAUAUACUUCGCUGUGCAAAAGUUUACGGGUUAGAUAAAAAUCAAUGCCGUGUACACGUCCACUGAUAGGAGACGCGGAAGGUAUUAAACUGAUCAGAACAAUACUAAACACACCACUCCUUUUUUUUGGUGAGGCUUUACAGGACAGAGUGCUUCUCCACGGGACAUGUUAACUCACAGGCAGCUGGCUCAUCAAGGAACCACAGCAGCUUUCCAUGUACAGGUAAGACACGUGCAGCCGGUAAGGGUUCAGGCUCUUCUUCCUGGAGGAUACGCUGCAAGCCUGUUGAACGAGGUGACCUUGCUCGGGUCCCAGGUGUACGGUUCCUAAAAUGGCUGCCAUAUACACGUCCACUGAUAGGAGACGCGGAAGGUAUUAAACUGAUCAGAACAAUACUAAACACACCACUAAUAAGGUUUCUCUCCUGUAUGGCUCCUCAAAUGAUGCUUAAGAUUAGAAGCGGCUGAAAAGCAUUUCUCACACUCAGAACAAAAAUAUAUUUUUUUAACAUUCUCUCCACUUUGAACUAAAUGACGUUUGGGAAGAGAUUAACAUAAUUAAACACAGGCAGUAAAAAUACAGUUUUUAGCCAUACCCUGUAACUUUAAAACUACACAUCCCAUCUUCAUAAUUACAUAUUUGGAAUCAGCACACUUAAAACAUAAACAUAACCAAAAAUCAGCCAAAUCCAUCCAGGGGUUAAAAAAGUUAGCUGGAGGUCCCUUUAUGACCGACCGCAAGCACAUUUUCCUGCCCAAAACAGUUCCAUAGAUUUGGGCUGUGAGGUCGGUCUAUUUCAGGCUGAAAAAAACGGCUGAAAAAAAGACUAAGUCCCAUCGCCGAAUGGGACUUUAGUCUCUGCAGCUGAAAUAAGGCUGAAAAAUAUGGCUGAAAAAAAGACUAAGUCCCAUCGCUGAAUGGGACAGUCUCUGCAGCUGAAAUAAUUUCCCAUUUACUGAACCAAGUGGGAAAUAGCCAGGCAGGCACAAAGGGUUUGCACCAGGUCUGGGGACACAGGGGACACCGCCUUAAAGGGGCCGUGUCCCCAACAAGUCUGGGGACACGGCCUUAAAGGGGCAGUGUCCCAAUCUUCCUGAUGUCCCAAAAAAGGUGUUUAAAGGGCCAGCACCAGUCACAUAAAGAGUCCAUAAGCCCCAAUAUGCCCACCGACAGUCUUAAAGGGCCAUACACACCAAAUAAAAGUGCAUACAUUUUCACAAUCUCCCAGGGGCCAUAGUCAUGCGGGAGGAGGCUGGCAAAUAGGCUUCUCCACAACCCAGGGAAGCAGGGCAAUUUGCCAUUUAAAGGGCCCGUUACAAAUAGCAGUUUGUAACAAGGUGUCAAUCCAUAUCCGCCAAGUGACCCGAUGUAGGGGGACCAGUCCCUAUUCUGCUCUGUGUCAGUGUGUAUCAGGGAACCUUAGGACAGGUGUCAAUCCAUAUCUGCCAAGUGACCCGAUGUAGGGGAACAGUCCCUAUUCUGCUCUGUGUCAGUGUGUAUCAGGGAUCCUUAGGACAGGUGUCAAUCCAUAUCUGCCAAGUGACCCUAUGUAGGGGGACCAGUCUCUAUUCUGCUCUGUGUCCGUGUGCAUCAGGGGCUCUGAGGACAGGUGUCAAUCCAUAUGUCAAGGUGUCAAUAUGUCAUAUGUCAGGUGUCAAUCCAUAUUGAUUGUGAUUUAGGAAUGUUAGGUGAUUUCUGCCCUUUAUGGAUUAAAACCAGACUGUAUCAACUGUGUAAUUUUCCAUGGGAGUUUUGCCAUGGACCCCCCUCCGGCAUGCCACAGUCCAGGUGUUAGUCCCCUUGAAACAACUUUUCCAUCCCUAUUGUGGCCAGAAAGAGUCCCUGUGUGUUUUAAAAUUCGCCUCCCCAUUGAAGUCAAUGGCGUUUCGGGCGGUUCGCCGGUUCGCGAACAUUUGCGGAAGUUCGCGUUCGCCGUUCGCGAACCGAAAAUUUCGGGUUCGCGACAUCACUAAUCUCUAGCUAGUCCCGGGGCUUAAUACCAGGCACACAACCUAACCGACUAAUAUUACGACAGGUUAUCACACAACAGUGUACAUAUGAGAGAGGGCAGGAAGCCCAGACCUGCUUACAAUAAGCAAAAUAAGUCUACACAUUCACGCCAGAACACACGCAGGCCCAACCCACAUGAUCGCCCAACUUUAGGACAUAGCGACAUAAUCAUAAGCUCUUGACUGACUGACAUCUGUAAAUUGAGCUAAUAUACAAGGAUCUACAUGCACGCAUGCCCACUACAUCUAGCCACCCGAAUUCUUAACCUGUGUUAUGCAAAAGGUUUAUGCUUGUUAUUAAUUAAAAAAAAAAAAAAAUGUGCAAUGUUUAAUCCUGCCACUGUUUUCACUGAGAACUUACCCAAAGUAUUCGCUGUUGUGGCGACACUAAAGCGAUUUGUAUUCACACCUACAACAAAAUAAAGAUUAAAAACAUUUUCAAUAAACCAAAAUCUUCAAAAAAAUAAAUAAAGGUUUGUAUUCCUAAUGCUAAAGUGUUCCUUUAAAUCAAUGAUGUACUUUUGUUUGCAGAGUCUUCUUGCUGCCUGAUUAAAAGUGCAGGAGAAAGGAUUUUGUACAUAAUUUGUCACUUUUUGCUUUGUUUACACAAUCUAUCUUUUAUAUGAAUCAUAUGCCAGACAAUCCGAACACAGCCAAAUCGAACAAUGUGUAUUACCUUGACCCAGUAUGUAAUAGUGAGGGCCGGAACAUAGUUGCACUCAUACGACAUUUUCUGAGUUGAUGUCCACUAUUCCCAGAUGAUCAUGGUAAAAUGCCCGUACUUUGGCAUAGAAGGGCUGUGUAUGUAGGUUUGUUUGGUACUUGUUACUGCAGUCUUGAUCCCAGUAAAUCUUUCAGUAUGUGCUUUAGUUACUACUAUGAAUUGUGGUAAACAAACGUUAAAACCUUUCUAGUUCAGCUAUUGUACAGCAUAGCAGGCUUGGCCUAAAUGUUCAAAAUAUAUACUUUUUUUAGUCCACCAUAGCUCACACUUUAUUGAAUAUACUUAAGUCUACUUAGCUGCUGUGGGAACAUACCCUGCUUCCUAAAGGAAAUUGAGCAAAUGGGAUAUUACUGUAAGGGUUUUAUAAACAUUGCAUUAUUCAGACAACUCAUGUUAACAUACUGUGUGAUUCUCUUCUGUGGCAGCUAAUGGGACAUCAAGCAGUCAGUUGUCCACGCCCAAAUCCAAGCAGUCUCCAAUUUCUACCCCGACCAGUCCAGGAAGUCUUCGCAAACAUAAGGUAUUAUGUUUCCUCUCCAACUACGUAACACUACAUCUUAUUUCAAAGUACUAUCCUAAACCUAAUUAAAUCUUGUGAUGUUUUAUUGAAUUAGGUGUAAGAUUCUGCAAGUUAGAUGCUGAAUAAACCUCUAAAAUUAUUCGCUAUUCAUGUGAUUGGGAUUAAUACUAAAACAGAUUCAACUUGGUUAACUUCAACUCUGCUAAAUUGCCUAAUUGUUCUAAUCUAAAGCAUUGUACAAUAAGGACAGUUAAGAUAUGCAAUUUGCUCACCAUUACAUUAUGCUAUAUUAAUACAUGGCUAUUCACAUGUUGCAUUUAGCAGGGUAUGAGGUAAAGCUUACCCCUUAACCGAACCUCUAACAUCUGAUUAUUGGAUAAAUGGAUAGGGGGUGCAGGCGUGCUCCUGGGAUCCAGCAACAGUUGCACUUUCAGCAAUUUUUUUUUUAUCAUUUAUUUGUAUUAUUCUUUCUAGUUGGUUAGAGGCAAGCUGGAUGUAAAUAGUUUAACAAAAACCUAAUCUCAUCUGAGUUUCAACCAUCUAACGUAAUAACUCUCUAUUUAGUGAAAAAAACUUAACUUAUUAGAAAAAAAGUGUAAUUUUAAAUUAUUUGUUUUAAAUGUUGCUUUCAUCUUUAGUAUUGUUGACUAAUUAUUAUUAGUUGUGUUUUGUUUUGUUUUUUUAAUAUCAUUAUUAAUCUUAUUAUUAGCAUGAGUUUUGGUGGGGUGGAUUUACUACUAUAAUGAAAACAAUCUAUGUGUAAUUAAGGCAUUACAUUAGUUUCAUACUUAUCCGUAGUCUUUCAAAAUCUGAGCCCCCCUUGUUGUUUUGGAGCCUAUCUAUAGAUACACAAAUAUGAACUGUGCCAAAUGUAAGCAGAUGCUAGCUAGCUUGUCAUUGUGCACUUUUUUGCUACACAAUCAUUGAGCUUGCUUUGCAUAAUGUUGAACAAAGCCUACAUUUUUAGAGCUCAUACAGUACCAGUCAAUCUUACUAUAUAUUUGUAAUUCUCCAUUGACUGACACUGGCAUUAGUCAAAGUAGACCUUUUCAUUCAGUACGCUGUAUUGUGUUUGGCAGUAUUUUGUGAACCAUGCACUAAUGGGGCAUUUUUUUUUUUAGCCUGCUCAGCCAUCAAACCAAACCAAAAUGUUGUUUUCCGCAUUCAAGCACGUUCACAUUCAUGAUAUCAUAUGGAGACCUGUUCAGUCUAUAGCAGGAGUAGGCAACCUUUGGCACUUCAGAUGUUUUGGACAGCAUCUCUCAUAAUGCUCUUACAGCCAUAAUGCUUGCAUAACAUCUGUGGAGAUGUAGUCCACAACAUCUGGAGGGCCGAAGGUUGCCUAUCCGUGGUCUAAUGCUAUGGACCAUAUGUUUCCACAUUUAACUUUUUGUCUACACAACAUAACUACACAUUCUAUGUAUAAAAAGAGAAUUAAUUAUACUGAUAAAGUUUAAAUGUGAAAAAAUAUCAUGGUUUAACAAUUGUAGUUUAACAGCUGGUAGUCCAAGGGGACCUCUCCAGUGAUAUGCAAUAAGUGCAAGAAGUACAAUACCCAAGAGCUGUAAUAACAUUUUAAUAAAUGCUGACUACACAUAGUUAUGUAAAUUCGAAAAAAUCAAUAGCAAUUCUUAUUAGGAAAACAUUUUAGCAUGAGAUUGGUCUUGUGACUCGUCUAAAUGUACUAGUGUGUCAGACAUGAUUGAUCAUGAUGAGAAUAUGAUAAGAGGGUCAGUUAACCACAAUUCUUAAUACACACAAGAUGCAUGAUACAUAUAUCAAAGACCAACAGUGGUUUGAAAUAGUUGUAGAAUUUGCUUUGAUAAUGAAUACCCACUCUAUUUAAACUGUCCAUGUACUCUUGUCUGCCUUGGCAGAAAUCGCUUUAAGCCUCUUAUGGUCAGAAGACCACAACAGUACAGUCCACAGAGAAACAUACUUAAAGGCAGUGUUCCACUUCCCAUAUUAUCCUUGCUGUAAUUAAUGAACUCCUUCAUUGAUUACCCUCUGCCAACAUGCUUGUUACUAAAUACAGAUUAAGGAACAGCACACACAUGAAAAUACAGUACCACUACUUCUCAAUACCCCAAUAUAAAUGCGUCCUACACUCAUUUCAACGAUGGAGACAAAUAGUGCUAGUGCUAAAUGUGCAUAUAAAUAAUCUGUUGUAAGAGCAUUGUGAAUAUACAUAAUGGAAAAUGAAUGUGAUAAAGACAAUUAAAAGAAAUAGUGUCAAAGCUAAACAAAGCGAAAGUGCUUUGAGAUAGAUCUAUAGAUAUCUAGAUAGAUAGAUAUAUAUAUAUAUAUAUAUAUAUAUCUAUCUAUCUAGAUAUCUAUAGAUCUAUCUCAAAGCACUUUCGCUUUGUUUAGCUUUGACACUAUUUAGGUUGUGUGUUUUCUUAGUUUUUUGUAAACAAGCCAUAAAAUGGUCUUCAUAUAAGCUUCAUACUCUGAAAUGUAGUAUCAUGCCCUAUACAAUGCAUACCAUACAUCUGCUCUACACUAAUUAAAAUUAUGAUUAAAGUGACAUUACUAUCCAAAGGUUGCCUUUAAAGGGGCAUCUAAAGCCAGGGGUUCUGGCGGAGUACUAAACACAAAAGCAAUCAGAUCUGGUCCAAAUAUACAUAGUGAAAAUUUAUUUAUAUAUAAUAUUGGGGUAUUGCGAAAUAGUGGUGGACUUAACAUAAAAUGGCCAUAUUGUGGAACUGAAUCCUCAUAUUUGUUUACAGAGAUAGGUGAUUUUAAGUAGUCUUCGAAAAUGUAACACUGUAUUUUUAUGUGUGUAUUCUUAAUCUGUAUUUUGUAUAAUUUUUUUACCUCUAAGGCAGCACCAUUAUUGAGAAGUACAUGUGCCCCCAAUUACCCUUUGAUUAAACAUGCUUGUUACUGACAGGAAAAACUUUACAUAUAUAUGCUAUUGAAAUCUGUUUAGUAAAAUUAAAUGGUGAGGAUACUUUUUCAGGUACCAUUUGAGAUGCAUGGUUAGUCUAUACUCGUUCAUAAUAUUGGUGGGUUAAUCAAGUAAAGUCCGAAUGGCCCUCCACUAAAAGGGGCAAAAUCAUUCUUCUGCAUUCUAGGCCAUUCAGAUUGUAAAAUAAUGAAAUUGUUCAUGCAAUUUAACAAAGUCCAGAUUUUAUAAUUCAGGCCCUGACUGGGCCUAUUUUUAGUGUAGAUUUCAGCCUGGCCAAACACCGCCAACCUUGGCAAUGGCUGAAAUCGGGCCCGAAUCCUGCAAAUGUGGCAUGGAUGCUACAAAUUGGGCCCAGAUCUAAAAAUAAAAUCUGAACAAAAUGAUUGCUGGCAGAACUAGCAGCUAGCAGCAAAUCGCUAAAUAACAGUCAGUGCCAAGAGGGUAAUUAUGUGGCGCCUGGUCACUUCUUGCUAGCCGUACAUCCAUCCAAAUAAUAAAAAAAAAAAUAGGCGGAACUGAUGCCCUCCCAAGUCCCUAUCCUUGGAUGGCAGGUGGGGCCCAAAUUAAUUAAAAAAUGGAAGGGGUGGAGAUGCCAUAGUCCACCACACCCACAAAUAUUGGAAUUGCCAACUUCCUCUGGUGGCUAGUGGUCUCCAAUCCCCUAGCCUUUAACCAAUAAAAAUAGAUAACCCUAUUUACCCUCCUCAUCCAAAUAAUAGUGGGGGAACAAUUAAACUUGCACCUGUUUAAAAGAAUAUUAGACUUGAAGUCUUCUAUUUAUUCUUAUAUUCAGCCCCAGAAAAGCCCAAAUAAAAAUCCAUUAUCUCGCAGUUCAAUGGAUUAUGAUAAAAUAAAAAGUCUGACCACAAAAAAAAAUGGCAGAAAUAUUAAAAAGAUUGCACCACAAUUAAAUUAAUCAAUUUUCACUCAUAGAGGGUUCCGCAUAUGUCGGCUAUUGUAAAGCAUGGGAAAUCUUCUUACACUAUGCAAUAUGAGGAAGAGCACUAUGAUUGGUUGAUUAGUAAGCCAAACAGUCAGAGCACUCUGACAGCUCCCACUAUUUCCUCUCCCCUGAAUAUUAUAAUUAUAGACCCCAACUGCCACCAGUUGGUGGGGGUCGGUGGGACUAGGUCCCUUUCUUGAAUAGAACUGCCAUCCGAAUUUGCAGCAUUCAGUCAGUGCUACCAGCGAGCAAGUAGUAAUUAAAUUUAUCAUUUACUUGCAUAUGAGAAUGAUAGCAAUACCUUUUGAAUACUUAUAUCUAAUACAUACAAAUGUCUCAUGUGAAUGAAAAUAUUGUCAUUUCUGUUUUAACAUCUGUCUUAUAGUUUUAUGUAAACACAAAUGUGCAUGUAUGUGCCUGAACAGUCCAUCUUUAUCUGACAUUGAAAAUUUAAUUAUAGGCAGCUAUAUUUUUUCUUUUUGAUGAUAUGCGAUAAGUACUAUCCUCACUAGCAUAUUUUAGGUUGUGUGUUUUCUUUGUUUUUUGUAAACAAGCCAUAAAAUGGUCUUCAUAUAAGCUUCAUACUCUGAAAUGUAUUUAUUUUUUAACUCAUUCCUUUUUAUCUUUUUUCUUUUUACAGGACCUGUACCUUCCCCUCUCUCUGGAUGACUCUGACUCCCUUGGUGAUUCCAUGUAAAAGGCUACAGUAUAACAUGUCCCAGUUCGUAGGACCGCAUAGUGGAUAGAAGCAGACCGGGCACAUUGGUGCUUUCUUAACUAAGGAUACAGUUACAGCUUUCACUGUUACAUUUUUAUAAUUAUUUCUGUCAUUUAUUGUUUGUGCCAUAAAUCCAUGUGACCCAAUCUGGCAAGGGUGAUAAACAUUUGUUUUAUAGUGAUGAAGCAGGCUUCAAAUUUAUGUUUAUGCAACGUGUGUCAUUUUUUGAGUUUUUUGUUACACAACAUUGUGCUCUACAAGCUGAUGACAGUGUUAUCGUUAACAACAUCUAUAACACAAAUAGCUGGUUAAGUUUAGUAAGUGAAAGAAAAACUUAACAGUAAAGUACACAUGUAAGUGUAAUGGGGAAUGUUUAGUGUGUAGAUUAUACUGCUGGUUAUGUGUGUAAUUUUGUAUUCUAUUGAAGGUAACUAAACGGAUUACCUUUUUGUUAAUUUAUAAAUCCUAAUAAUAAUUAAAUUGAAAUUUGUUGCAAGGUCUUUAAAGAAAGUCUCUUUAUAUCAUAACUUGGGUGAGAUAUAGUAUAGGCACCAUUCCAUAAAAGGUACAUAUACGACUAGCUGUAAAAAUAUCAGAUAAAUCAAAUAGGGGUUGAAAUUCAAAAGUCAGAUGAUGUUUGGGUGAAUUUGGUCGGUAGCAAAAAGUUGAAUUGUUAGAACCAUUCUAAAAUUAACUGCAGAUUUAUGGAAACAUCAGCUGCUAAUUUGAAUGUUUUUUGUUUCAUUCAAGAUAGUGCAUUUUUUAAUUCGUAAUAUUAUUUUUCUGUUUGUGAAUUUUAAGAAUAAUUAUAGCAGAUUUCAAUAUGAAAUAUUGAUAUGGAUGAAUCAAUUCAGCUGCCAGUUGAUUCUACUUUUACUGAAUUGUGCCUUAAACUGUAUGUCACCUUGAAACACCAAGGCUUUUCUUGUGAUUUUAUCAUGGGGAUUUUAAUAGAUUUUCUUUUUUAACAAAUGUCAAGGUUGAAAAUGGUGUUCUGAAUCACACUAAACGCAUCACACUCUCUGUACCAUGGAGAGUCUGAAACAGAAAUGUUUGUCCAAUUUGCAGAGUUAAAAGGGUUAAUGAACUAUUUUACUCAGUACCAACUUUGUUGGUUCUAGUGGUAGACAAAACAGGUUAAUAUUUGAUUAGUUACAUCUAGUAAUGUGUCCAGUGACAGAUUUAGAGAGAAUACUGCAGAUCACUUAAGGGUUGUUCAAGCUAUUUCUACUGAUCUGGAACCAUAUGGUCACCUUAUUUAUUUUUACAAGGCAAUUUCAGUUCUCCUCCUCCAAUUGUCAUGCCCUAUCAUGUUUUAUUAUGCUCCAGUUUCUUGUUUAGCCCCACGCCAAAGAAAAGAAAAAUCCAAUUUAAAGAGCAGAUGGUUGAAUUAUUUGAAACAAAUUUGAAAGUUAUUAAUCAGUAGAUGAUCAUGAUUAAUAUAAUUGGGUAUUUAAAUCUGGCCUGUAAAAUUGGUAUUUAUUAAUCUUUCAAUCCUUUCCAAACCAGUUCAGUGAUAACAUUUGUAUUUAAUUUGUAUUUGUGGAUGAUACCAUUGGAGGUAAUAUUUAGUAGUAAUUCCACUAUAGUAAGAAGUGGUAAUUGAAAUGACUAUACAAGUCAGCCUAUUCUAUGUAUGCCUCGAAGUAUUGUCAUACAUUGAAAUAUAACUGGCCACAGAUUGCUUAAUCAAAUUAAUCUUUGGAGCCGUGGAGCAAAAGGUUCUGUUAUGCAUCAUUAUUAGUCAGAGGGCCCAGACUUAUGAAAUACAGCUCUCUGCUUAUUGUGGAUUCAUAGAACUCUAGAAUUGACAACCCUGUCUCUCUGGUAAUAUGGUGAAUCUAAUCACCAAAGCACUAUUUAAUCAGGAGAGAGAUUUUGUAUAGAAAUGCUUGCACUGAAAUUAACUGCACACAUUAACACUUAUAAUUGAGUUCGCGUGUUUUAGGGAAGGCACACAAAGUAUAUAUUUGCUAAUAAAAUUACUAUCAAAUGUGUAGAUCAAGAGAAACCUGUUAUGUAAAAUUGUAUGACCAUGCCCCAUAUUUACAGUCAUUGUGUGCUUAUUUAUUGGUUUGCAUGGAUGCAGUGAAAUUAAAUAUGGGCCAAGACAGAAGGACAGAUCUACUAUAUUUGAAACCCUCUUUCUAUUUGAUCCAUGCAUUUGUUUUAAUUUUGAUAGCCUGAAAUAGAGAUAAAUAUGCUCUGAAAGCUGAGUUUUUCAGCUUGAUCUGUCUGUGCCAUAUCUAAAAUGUGGCCUAUUAAUGAAACUGGGGGGAGGGGGGAGAAACAGGUGGUUUUUAAUCGGAAACUGUAUGCAAGUAAAAAGUUAAUCUACAAUAAUCCUGUAUUUCAGCUUUUAUCUUUACUAAAUUAUAUUUCUUUUGUAAUAUCCAGCCCUGAAAACACUGUGAUACUGUGUUUUAAUUUCUAUGUUUUAUAUCAAUAAAUAACACUUUUUAUUAUUGUCACUUCUAAAAGUAGAUUUAUAGGAACCUACUUUUAUAAAGACCUCGUUUUCAACUUUACAAACUUUAGAAAAUAUGACAACAACUCUGGGACAAGCAACCGAUUUACACAGCAUUUAUUUACAGAAUUAAGAAAGAAAUACACUUUUUUUUUUUUUUUUUUAACAAACAUUUUGAUAUGGUUUUUGUAAAAACUUAAGACUUGUGUUUCUGUACAUUAGAUUAAUUUAUUUGUACUGCUUGUAUUGUACUAUUAACAUAUAUACAGUCCGGUAAAUAUUAUAAAUCUGUUUUUCAGUCAUAUUAGAUGUGGUUUCUUACUAAUGCCAGUCAUUAUAUAGUACUCUUUUUAUACUAUAGGGAUGCUAUAUCUAUGUUUCAAGUUCCUAUAUGGAAGAACAUUUUAUAACAUUUGAUUUUUUUUAAUAAUCAUAUAAAGGCUGCCAUAUUUGAUAAGAUUGCAGUGUAUUUAAAACUGAAUGCAAUUGUUUUUGUUUUGUUUUUUCCCAGUAGCCUAGGGGAAGCAAUUUUUGAUUACACUCUUAACUUCCUGUUGUGCACUGCUUCAGGUCCUGCUCAGGCAAUACACAAAAAACUAGGUGCAAAGUAAAAUUAACCCCCUCUCCCCAAUCCAGUAAAAAUAACUGUUGCUGUUUCUAAAUAGCUAAGGGUAGUAAACCAGUUGCAUGUAUUUUUUUUUCUUCACACCGGGAAAAUCUUUUUCUUUUUUUUUCUUUAACAGUUUUCAAGGAAAAAAAAAAAUCACACUCUUUUGCUUUUAUCUUUUAAACAAAAUGAUUUUGGUAAAUUAAUACAUUUGCAUUAGGCUGUAUAAACAUCAGUUGGCAUGGGAACAAUAAACAGAUCUGUGUCAAUGUAUCAUCUGAGGGAGGAGUUUAUUUUCAGUGAUAAAAAUGGCUUUAGACAGACUGUAUAAAUAUUUCUGUCUUUCUCUAAUUGAAUUAUAAUGUUACCUAAAUGUCUGACACAUUUGAUCAACAUCAAGUAAUAUUUACUUGAUGGUGAUAAAAUAUGUCAGUAUUGCAUCAGAAAUCUUUUUAUUAGGGGGAAGGGAGUUAUUUUCGUUAAACAUAUUAAGUUGAGCCGGGGUUGCCAUGAUCGUUCUCACCUUGAUAAUAGAACUAUUAACUUCUUAAUGACAAGUCAGAGAACUAAUUAAUGUUAUGUACCAUUUACACCCUGCUUGAUAUGUCUCAAUGUAUAUUUACAUAAUAAACAAUUUCGUACAAUGCAUGGCAGUGUCACAGUUAAGGUGGAAAACAUGAAAAUGAUCAUGAAAUUCAACAAACUACCCAUUAAAUUAAUUUAAAAAACAAACAAACAUGAUGGCACUAGACAUAAUGAACAUGGCUCACUGAAUUUGGUAAACACACUUAUCACACACCUAGAGCAGAUUAUAGAAACAAAACAGAAGACUAAUGCCAGAUGACAUUGUGUCGGUCAAAAUAAGAAAAUUAGGGUAAUGUAUAAGGAAACCUCAUCUAUAUACGAACACACUGUACUAAUUCUGCUAAUAAAUAUUGAUGAUAUUGUGAUCCAAAACUCUCAUCCACCCUUAAAGUUGAUCCAGAGCUCUAAAUCACACUGACAUUUUUAUUAACUUACUUUUGGAUUACAAGAGUACAAAGAUGCUAAAUUAGCAAUAUGUGGCUAGAACUAAAUUUUACUACAUUAAAAAAGGCACAAACCAUUGCACUUUUUUUCUUAAACUAUUUAUGGACUGAAAUGUGAUAAGGUAAAUUUAGGUCCACUUUUUUCAAACUGUACAUGAAUUUAAAUUUAUGGUGCAAAGUGCCUUGAAUCAUUGAAGGCUACGUCUAAGCACUAUACCUACUAUAUCGUGCUGCAGUGGUUAUGGUGAAGAGUAACUGGAUGCCAUGUGGAUGUAAUCUGUCAAACGGUUACAGAAUGGUUUCACAUAAACUGUGUUUGCUUCCAGUCCUUCCAGUGAGUUUUGAUCUGAUAAAUCAUAAGUUCAUAGUUAUGCAUUAUCUUAUCAACUUACAAUAGAUUUGUACAAUACUCAUUGUUGAGACCCAGCAGCUGGCACCUGUUAUGGGUUGGUAUAAUAAUGCAGUAGUGUAUUUUUUUUUUAAACAGACCAAUUUAGACCAGCAGAACCACAGGAGCUUGACUCUGCAAAGUAAAUGUGAAAACAUUUGAACGUUUUGACUGAUUACCACCGGAUGUCCCUCGGCACCAUAACUACUAUAACAACGUGUCCUGUUAAUCCUGUUUUCAGUUGUUUUCUUUUAUUAACAGAACAUGCUACUAUAGUUCAUUGUAAUGUGCUCUUGUUAAAAUGGAAUCUAGUUUGUUGUUCGAUUUCUACAUCUAUAAAUCUCUUUUAAUAAUAUAAUAAAACAUAUAAAUGCCAGUUUCAAAUAUUUUCCCACUUUAAGGCGUUGUUACAAUUGCUUGUGGCUUUUGUUAUCAUAAUUAUAGGUCACUGGUACCUUUUAGUGAAAAUCCCCACUAAUGAUUUGCUUUUUGGCUUCUGUCACUCAAUUAAUUUAGUCAUUUCUUUCAUGGGCCAGUUAACGUAAUAGGCCUCAAAUUCUCUGCUUCACCUAACAUGUCAGGUUAAGUAGACGUUUCUUGACAAGACACCGCUUUGCAUAGAAAGCCUCAAAGAAUUUUUUUUCUUUGGCCAGUGAGAAUCAAAAUGAUGAAUGUCACAACACAAAAAGAUAGGCUUGUACAAGUAAAAAAAGAAAAGAAAUGACGCAUCUGGACUUAAGCUUAAAUGCAAGUACAUCUUAUGAUGACUUUACAGACAUUAUUUUAAGGCAAACAUGCGAAAAUAUGGGAUUUCAACACUGCAGUAAAUAUCAAUUUUAUGCCUCUCUUAUUCUAAUGGUUCUCAAAAGGUUUAAAUAGGAUUUGUGGUUGACAAAAUAUGGAAUGGCUGUAUUUACUAACAGGAGUAUUUACUAAAGUGAGAACUGGCAGAAAGUAAGAGUGAAUUUUAAAUUUAAGGCCAAAAUAGCAAAUAAUAAAACAGAAUUGAAUACUUUCUCCAAGUCUGCUAUGUUUUUCAUGACCACUUUUUUUUUUUUUUUAUCCAAUAGAUUGAAAUUCACUUUAAAUUGCUAACAAUUCACGCUUCGGUGAAUAACCUUGUAAAUGUGAAACUGGAUUUUAAACUUUUGUUAAUUUAGCUUUAAUUGUGCAGUUGUCAACUGGUUUCCCACCCCACCCAAAAAAUUACAAGAGAGCGCGCACUUUCAAAGAACAAACACAAAAUAUAAUCACAAAAAUAAAAAUUAAGCAAAAGGGUGCUCACUAGUGAUGUCCCGAACGGUUCGCCGCGGACUCAUCAUUGAGUAAACUUUGACCCUGUACCUCACAUUCAGCAGACACAUUCCAGCCAAUCAGCAGCAGACCCUCCCUCCCAGACACUCCCACCUCCUGGACAGCUCACUAAGAAUGCAGCUUCACAAUGAAUGUAAAAUGGAUUCUGUCCAGGAGGUGGGAGGGUCUAGGAAGGAGGGUCUGCUGCUGAUUGGCUGGUAUGUGUUUGCUGACUGUGAGGUACAGGGUCAAAGUUUAUGUUUAUGUUCGCCGUCCGUGGCGAACCGUUCGGCACAUCACUAGUGCUCACUCAACGACUCUAUUCCAUAUAGAGUCUAAAAGUACCAUGAAUCAAACAAAACUGUGGAGCACAGCCAAUAAAAGUAUAAACCAACUCUAUUAUGCAAACAAAAUUAAAUGUUAUCCAAAAAAUCAAGGCAUAUACAGAAUAUACCUGUUAAGCUAGAUAUCUAAAUACAAUAAUCAGUAACAUAUACAUAAAUCACAUUUGUCAGACCCAAAAUCAUACUUAUUAACAAUCCUAACAAUCAAUCUAAGGCACGGAAUACCCAAAUAGGUACACGAUACGUACAGACUCAAGUUCUUGCAAAUCUUUUCCACACCAUCUCCAUCAUCACUCUGUGUAAUCCUUAUCUGUUCAGUCAAAUGAAAUGCUUCUCCUAGAGUUGGACCUUUUGUGAUUGUGCCAAUCACCUUCCUUUGAUAGAGAAGCAUUGGAUACAAUUGAGUCUAACCAAAUGGCAGCUGGAGCAAGACAGAAGUAGAAUUGCAAAAGACAUAUAACAUAAUGUAAGGAGGAGUCAGAAAGGGAAGAUGGAAGAGAGGGCUGUCAUUAGGAAAGGAGGGGGAAAAUGUCUGUUGAGACGCAUAGUUGCUUGCCUACAGGGAAGAAGUUCAUUACGCCUGUUGUCAGCACGCACUUUUUUAUUGCUAUACAUUUGAUAGGCUAGCAGGACACAGUAUCGUUUAAGAGUUUGCAGCACUUGUAGUCACUAGGCCUAAAACAGUUUUCCAUUUCCCAUAUUAAACUUGCCAUUAUAUAAUAAGACCAGAUUUCUGUCAUUGGAAAGCAAGUGAAGUCAUAGGAAAAAGUCUUCUGUGAUGGUAGCCAUUUUUUGACUGGGAGCUUGCUAAAAAUUUUAAAUAGAUGCACAAACAUGUUUUAGACUCCUAAUCAAAGUUAUUACACCUGCAAGUAAUUGGGUAUUAUAGCCUAAAAAAAAAAUUGUGUUACACAUUUUUGUACUAGACAAUGGUCAACAUAUACCUAAGCCAUUGAUUAAUACUAAAACCAAGCUGACUUUUCAAUUAAAAAAUCUCAUAUUCUGAACCAUGACGCCAAAAUUACCUUUAAAUGGCUGGAGGGUGGGUCUGCUUGCAUGGUGAAAAAUAACUGAUAGCAGUAAUGUUUGCUUACUAUAUUCACAUUACCUAGCAGAGGCUGAUGAUACGAGUCAAUACAAACUUUACUAAGGCUAGAAUUUAUAUUCUGAGCAGGGCUCAAACUUGACGUCCUAUGCCACUAGAUAGGCCUAAAGGUUACUUAUCAAUGCAAAGGUCCAUGGCACAUUAAUUAAGAGUGAAUUUCAACUUGCCAUGGGCUUGUGAAGAGUAGAAAUAUUGAGCCGUUUGUAAGGGUAUAAUUUACAUUUAAUCUGAGAGGAAACAAAUGUAAAGAUUUAUUUUCUUGUACUUAGAAGUAGUCCUAAUGGUUACAAUUAUUGCAAUACAAUAAGAGUGGAUCAGACAAAUAAGGGGAACGUUAAAGUACAAGGACACCACACAUUAAUCCUAACUGUGCAUUUCUCUCUUCCCAGGCACUCAUAGGGUUAACAAGGUAAAGGACACUCUCACAAGGUUAACAUGUUAAAUGCAUGCCUAUUGCAGUAAGUAAAUACAAUUAUACUGUUCAUGCCACACCUCCCAACUGUCCCAGAUCUGAAAGGACAGUCCCAGCUAAGCACCUUGACCUGCUUUUUCUCUGGUUUCUGUAGUAAACUGCAGUAACAAAGUCUCCCUUGGAAAAUAUCUUAAUAAUAUUAUUAUAUUUGUUAUAAAGAACAGAUUUGUAAUCUGGAUUGACAAUAUGACAAAAAUAUAGUUAUUGUUACAAACAUGCUGAUGCAAAAGAGAAAGAUGAUAAACCUCAAAUGAACUAUGAGAGAUUUUAGUGUGAUAUUUUCUAAAUUCUUGAAUAAUGGCAAGGUUGGGUAGAAUAAAGCCAUUGCUAUUAAACUGAACAGAGUUUUAUAUGUUUUGCAAUAAUUUUCCAUCUGUCCCUUAAAGAGACUCUUGUCGGCCCAUUUAAUUCUAAAGAUUACGCCUGACAUACCGCCAGAAGAAUAUACAAAGGGUUAUGCACUAAAAUGAGAAAUCAAAGUAAAUUUUAGUUUUAAGGUUAAAAUGGACAAACUAUGCUUUCAUUUUGACUACUCUGACGUUAACUUUGAAAUUCGUUUUGAAUUCUCAAUUGAGUAAAUAGCCCUCACAAAGUUACACAUCAUUAUUGAAGUUGCUGAUUUUCACAUUUUGCACCAGUCACUAAAUUACUAUAUAGUAAGUUAUUUUAAGGUAGCUGAAAAGCCUCCAUUAGUCCAGACAAACCUCUGAGUAUUUUCGUUAUAUAAUGCCAGUUUAGUAGGAUAAAUUCCUGUGCCAUAUUAUUGUUCAACUGUAUUUAACCAACCUGCCAAAUUAUAUUAAGGAUGUUUAUUGAAACCCCAUUACAGCUUUAGCAGAAUUAUAAGAUGACACACAUUAUACAUAUCUAUAGAGGGUACAAUUUGGUCAAAAUGUGUAAUGAUUUAUCAGAUUUUCAAAAUAUAGUGUUAAGUUUCAAUGUAAUACUUUAUUCUUAUGGUAGCUAUAUAGACAACUUCCUUGUUUCUGAUACAUGUCAGUUUCUAUACAAGGUCCAUGAUUUUAAAAUAAGAGAUUAGAUGUAUGCUUGGAGAUAUGGUGUUCUAAGUGCAAGAGACUGUAGAUACAAGUACAGUUAUGUUCUUAAAAUACCCUUAAAGGCUCAAGAUUUAGUUUUUUUCUAAUAAGUAAACUUUUUAUUACAAUGGUGUUUUUUUGUUUUUAAAUCAUAUAAUGAUAUACCCUAGAAUUCAGAAUAGUGGGUAUUCCAUCUGGGUUUUAAAAUUGUAAGAAUCUGAAAAUUGUUAGCUGAGCAUUUGUAGUGAUUGUCAUUGUCUAAGUACAUAGGUCAAUAUUUUACCUACUGGCUACAAGAAAUAGGAUGCAUUGCAAACCCUCUGUUAUUGAUAGGGUUUAGCUAUUAACUUGCCACGACAAGUCACUUUAUAUAAUUUUCAAUAUUGUUGAUACAUAUGUUUAGAAACUUUGUUCAUUGGAUAAUUGUAUGCUUGGCUUCCCCUUGCAGGGUGCAAAGGGGUUUGCCAAAAAGGGGUGAGGUAUUUUGGAUAAAGGAUUAUGUGUACUGAAUGUUUUCGGCAUUCACUAAAAGUACUUACUAACCCUUGGAGCGUCAGUGGUGUGCAAUACUUUGAUUGUAAAAGCUUAUCGGAACCAGCUGUGAUGAUAGUCACAGAAGCGUCACAAUACUGUGCAGCAAAAGAGGGCCAAAAACAUAAUGAAACAUUUAAUGCGAUACCCUUGGCUAUUUAUCUGGGAUAAAAGCCAGGCACAUAAUGGUUUUACUUACUGAGCAUUAAUGCAAGUUGUGUCUCCUUUUUUAUCAUGUGUAUAAAGACUGUUUUUAAAGAAAACAUUUUUAUACUGUAUUUGAUCUUAUUUUAGUUUUGAUAAAGCACUGUUCAGUGGAUGUAUACUGGCUCUGUCUUGCACAGAGCUUAAUAAGAAUGAAUGGAACGUGGUAACUAAGUGAGGACUAAGGAUCUUUUGGAAACACUGCCGUAUAAGUUUAAAAAAGGAUCAUGUACUAAAAAUAUACAAAAUUCCCUUCACCAGUUCUUGCAUUUUUAACAAGUUUUUUUGGUUAUAGCCCAUUAGAAAUAUUAGCGCAAUUUAACCUUAUACCAAUGAGUAUGUCAUAACAAAAUAUCCAAAUUCUAGGAUAUGUAGUGGUCUGGGCACAAUCCAGCUGUUUCUAGAAUGUUAAAUAAAGUUAAAUAAUUACAGCAAGUUUUUUUUCUCCCAAUUAUUAACUGACAAACCAUUUAAUCUGCAUUUUUUCCUAUACCAUAUUUAAGAAAAUAAAAUGUCAACAAUGCAAAACUAGAAUUAAAAAAAACAAUUACAUGUAUUUAGAAAUGUGAAUUAGUCAUUGCUUUAAACUGAGACCUAAACUAUAUACUGCAGGAUGGAACUGUGGUUUUUUAAUAUAUUAAGUCUCUUUUUAAAAAUAUAUGUUGACCUAUAUAGUGUAAAUAACAACCCAAUUUUAAUAUGUAUACGAUAUGUCCUGGGAAAUAACUAUAAAUUAGUCAGUCAGUUUUCCCAAUCAAUAUCCCAUCACUAUCCGCUUAAAUAUGCAUUGCUAUAUGUAUUACUGAACCCACUGGAUUUUUAAAAAGGGGCCGAUUGGAAUAUUUUCAGAACUGGUGAAUUAUGGAAGGGUUCACUCAUGCCGUCUUCACUCUAUCAUGUUGUAAUAUAGCUCAGCUUGAAGCCAAUGAUUUCUUGCUUAAUGUAUACAGCACAUGCAUGAUCUUUGAUAAUUAUGCCUCAUUUGUGGUGAGUUCCUUAGCUUUUUUGUAAUUCCUAAACUACCAGGUGUAAUUUCCAAUGCACUGCAGAGCAAUGCAUUGGGGGUUCCAAUUGGGAUUUUAGUACUUAACCAUGCCAUCAACUGUACAGCAAAGCUCUUUAUUGAUGUUUAAACAAAUGAUGUUAAGCAUAGUUGUAUUUAGGAUUCAAGUACUUAGUGGAAUAGUGGAUGUAAUUUUAGAAGAUGUAGAUUGUUCGUUAACAAGACUUUUGGGGUGCAUGCGUGGACAUAUUUUGAUACUGGAAAAUUAUAGGGAUUCAACGUCUCUAUUCCUUAACUGUCAUAAGAUAUGGGUUAAUAUAGGCUGUUACACUUGCCAAGUUGUCUUAGGAAACUAGAUUAUAGUCUAAACUGAGAUAAAUUGCAGUGUUGAGCUAUAUUAUGUAAAUAAAUCCAUGUGGCUACUUGCCUAAGCUAUGAGAACAAGUUGUGGCAUAGAACCUCUGAAAAGGGUGUGCUGGGCGGGUUGGUUGAAAGGAAAUUGGUGGGUGAAAGUAUGAUAAAAGCAACUAAAAAUAGCAGGGGCUUAAAGUAUGUUAAAUAUAAAUUCAACAUACAUUUGCUAUAUGGGCCCUAUAAACAGAUGAAGUUCAAGGGCUACUGUCAUAUGUGAAAACAUUACAAUUGCUGGAAGUGCAAAGCCCCUCUUAGCUACACAAAGUCGUAGAGGUGCUUUGUUAAAUAAUGUGUUUCUCACAAGCCUAGCACUCAGUGUGAUUAAGUCAAGCGUUUCAGUUGUCUUUCUUUAAAAUUGGAAAUCUCAAUGACCGUUUUUCUCUUCAACAAUCUAGACAACUAUUAAUAACAAAAAAAUCCGGUAUUCUCAUAAAACGCUUCGUUUUUUGGGGAGGGGGAGCCAUUGGCAUAGGUAAUUUGCAGGUGAAAUGAUAUCUAAAAGGCAGAUUUCUCCUACAAUAUAAAUAUGUAAACAUAUGCAUAACUACAGAAUGAUCCCUGUUUCUCAAGCCCUCCAUGUACUUGUGUUCUUGAGCAGUGGUAGCCCUGAUCCAUUUGUUACAGUUUCCAAACUCGAUGGUUGUUCACCAAUCUUUAUCCAGCUACAAAAUGGCUGAGGAUCAUGGGAAUUGUUUGGCAUAACUUGGAAGGUAGACAUAGGCUAAGAAAUGGGAUAUCCAGUCUUGUGACUGCAGCAGUUGGCUGUCAGAGGAUUUCUGGAAUUGUAGCUUCACACACGUGGAGGGCCAAGGGCCAAAUGGUGCUGCUCUAGAAUAUGCUAAUCACAAGAAACAGUAGGUAGUUUUGAACUGGCACCACAUCAGCUAUGGACAAAUCUACAACAGAUGGUAUGCCAGAGGAGUCUUAUUUCUUUUUCUGACACUGCCCAACAGUUCAAAUUAUUUUCAAUGAAAAACAAAAAUAUCAAUUAUCACAGGAGAAAUCUGUAUUCCAUUCCUUUUAAGUGAUGUGGGCUAAGAUCCUGAAACUGGACUUUGAAUAUGUAUUUAUUGUUCCAUUUCUUACAUCAGUACAAAGAGAUACACUACAACAGUGUUUAAACACCUGACAAAUAACUGAAUGCAAUGUUCAUUAGUGUUAUCAUUAUAGACAUUUUAGACCGUUUAAUGCUAUAAGAAAUUGUCUGUGUCUAUCAAGAUGAAAUUAAAUUAUGUCUAAAAUAUUGUUGCUUUAUACAUUCCUUACAAAAAUUCUCAAGUGCCACAAAAUAAUUUUUUAUUUGAAAGUAUUGCCAAAUUAAAUGGGAAGUUGUUCACCAUGGUAAUAUUAAAAUAGCCAGAAUGGUAACAAUAGUUACAAUAGUUUAAAAGGGCUUUUUUAGAUUGGUUUAAGAUGGAUGACCAAUUCCAGCCAUAGUUAAGUUCUACAACCAAGUGGGACACAUUAAAGUAGACAAUGGGAGGCCUUACCUCUCAACAAUAGAGGCUAUAACUCUAAAAAUCAAGUUCCAAUGCAAAUAUUUAUCUACACAUAUAUAUAUUUUUUAAUUGAGCACAAAAAACGUUUGGUUUGCAAUCAGCUAUACUUUAGCAAGGGUAGGCAACCAUCGGCACUACAGAUAUUGUGGACUACAUGUCCUCUGUUGCUUUGCAAGCAUUAUGGUUGUAAGAGCAUUAUGGGUGAUGUAGUAAACAGCAUCAGGGGUUGCCUACCCUGUGUUAGUAUGUAUCCAACUGGGAGGAAUUUCCUAUGAGAAACUAUUUACCUAACGACUUUCAUAACCUUCUGGCUGAUUUUGUCACACGUUUACCACACAUGUUUGGACAUAAAUUGGUCCAAUAGUGGAGUCCUCCUUUUUAAAAGCAUAACAUGUAUUCUCAGCCCUUUAUCUUUUAUCCCAGUGCUGACAGAGAAGAUAUGUACUAAGGCAUCUAAUGUAAAAAUAAAAGAUGAACAAAUUUAAAAUAAGAAGUGAAAGACUCGCAAUAAAUUAGUGUGUUCAUUUCAUCUUAGAGCUAAGAAUUAGGAAGGCGUUCAGCUGUGUGUUUUUAUUGCAAAGCCUUCAUGAAUGUUGCGUGGCUAACUUAUUGCCAAUAAUGUAAUGCUGUUUUUGAAAUGGAUACAAUAAAUAGGGAAUCACUGUAUGUGUGUCUGUGCGAAACUGAUGCCACAAGUCGCUAAGAAUAUACAGGAAUCGAACUGUGGUUAAAUUAGUUAACAUGAGUGGAUCCAAUAUGUUACAGUGUUGCUCCAGUUUUGCAACCAUGAACCUCCUAUAUUAAAACCUCAGGCACACCUCUCACUCUACUUAGUACAUACAUUAGUACCAUUUUCGUACAACCACUAUGACUCCUUCCUUUGACCUAUGCACCAUUGUAAUCUGCUUUCAAGUCCUCACAAACUAAUCAAAUCUUUCUUACUGUUUGGUACUGUUCAGCAGAGAUUUUCUCCUUUUAUAGUUUUUUUCUAUUGAUAUUUGUCUUUUACUCAUAAUCAUGUACAUUUGCAAAAUGUGUGUAAUCUCAUUUACAAAAAAAAUAAAAUUUGGUUUAAAUA